GAGCAUAAAGCCGCGGUGCCUCAGCCCGGAGCACACGACGGCAGCAGCAGAGAGACUUUCUGCCGGGCCUCCGGGGGGGACUUUGGAUUCUCCUGCUGUUUCCAAAGAAAAGGGAGGAUCGGCUGCAUGAAGGCUCGGUAGCCACUGGGGGAACUACCAUCACCACCUUUUCCUCCUCCUCCACCACCACCACCACCACCUCCCUCCUCCCCGCAAAGGUCCUGCAUGUCUAACAUUUAGACAUGUUCAGCUUUGUGGAUUCAAGGACUCUAGUGCUCCUAGCAGCCACGCAAGUCAUUUUAUUAGCAGUUGUCAAAUGUCAGGAUGAGGAUAUACGUAAGUUGCACCGUUCUUCUUCUCCAUCUUCUUCUUCUCCUGCUGCUGCUCCUCCUCCUCCUUCUGAAAGAGGGCGAAAAGAAAACCUAUCCGGAUGAGGUGGGGAAAUAACAGGGAGGGAAGAGGUGUUUAAAAAGAAAGAUCUGGAGCAAAGACCGAGAGUUUGAGGGUUUGCACAAUUAAACUUUCUGUUCCGAGUUGGCCUCCCUGUGCUUGGAUUUCUCUCCUUUGCUCACCAGAUUCUUUCCUUCCCAUAAAAAGCUUCUCUCCAUCAUCUCCUUUGGUAUGAGAUACUGAUAUGCUUGUUGAGGGGGAGGCUGCACUGUGGUGCCUGCUUGGUUGAGAAGAGAGCUCCACUUACCACAAUCCCAGGGUUUCCCCAUUUCUUCUGCCAUUGGCCUUUCUGGGAGAGGGGUGACGUGGGGGAUAAGGUUACUUAAAGAGCCGGCCAAACCAUUAUAUUCCACCCAGGACUCCAUUCCCCACAACCCCCCUAAGUCAGAAAGACAGAGCUCACCCGAAAGUGGUGGAAAUGCACUUUCUGCCUGUGGCGGCCGCGAAAGAGUUAACUGAAUGUGGUGGCGAUGGGUUCAAAGGGGGAUCCAGACAAAAGAGAACAUUGGGGUUAGACAAGCAAGACUCUUUGCCUUCUCCCCCCCUUUUUUCCUUUUUUUACAAAGAAAGAUCUUUGUGCAGAAAAAAUCUGUCCUCCCCUUUUGCUCCCUCCCCCAAUUCAGUUAGGGAUGUGGAGUAAGGUGCAGAUGGAGAUCCCAGGGAAUUUGAUAGCUAACAGAUUUUUUUGUUGUUGUUGAAAGGAGCAGAAGGGAAAAUUCCCCCCCAACCCAAGAGGCCACCUGAAGGGUGCAAAGCAUUCCAGAGACACAUCAGUCUAGUUUGCUCUGUUCUCUCCAUCUCUCUCCCCCUCUCCUACCUCCCCCCCCAAUAUAUGCAUGAACAGCACAUGCAUGCAAAAUUUAAACCCAGGGAAAAAAUGGUUUCUCUUAAAUUAGGUGGUGGAAGAUACAGUAGUUUCUUCCUUGUGGCAAUGUCCUUUCCCUGCUCCCCCCAUUCACAUUGCAUAUGCCGUAUUUUUUGCACCAUAACACUCACUUUUUUCCUCCUAGAAAGUAAGGGGAAAUGUCUGUGCGAGUUAUGGAGGAAAUGCCUACGGGUGGCAUGCCUACGGAUUUUCCUCCUCUAAAAACUACGUGCAUGUUAUGGUCGGGUGCGUGUUAUAGAGCGAAAAAUACGGUAUAUAUUAGAAUAUAUAUAUAUUCUAAUGAAUUACAAAAUAAUCGCAAAAUGUGAUACUACGAAAGACAGCAACCAUACAGUCAGGGCUGUCCCUUCCCCCCUCCCCAGAAAGCUUUUGUUGUCUGGGAUAUUAUUCAGGGAUGGAAGAUGGAAACUUUAUUAGGUAGAAAGAACUUUUUUUCUUUUUUAAAAAAAAGCUCAUUUCUUUGGGUAGGUUCCCUAUUGCUCGAAUUCCACGCCUGCCUCCGUAUGCUCCAGACUGUAAAUCAAUUUCAGGGAAUAGAGCUCGAAAAGCAGGGUGAGGGUGGAGGGAGGCCUCUUGCUUUGGAUCACAGGCCAUGCUUUAUUUUUCUCAGCUCGAGCUUCCAGAAAAUGAAGGGGGGAAAAGACAGGGGGAGGCCAAGGAGUUGAAUUCCUUUUUGCUCAUGUGGAGCAAAUCUCUGCAGUUGAGUUUUCCAAGUUAGUAGCAGAAAGGUCCAGUUGCGGGAGGUGGGGCCGUGUACCUGGUAGGGGCAGCCAAGCAGCGGUGGUGUCACCAGUUCUGUUUUUUUCCCAUUCAUCCUCCGUGAGAAGAUUACUGGUAAGGCUCUGCCCCAUGACCAGCCUCCCCUAGAAAGGGUUCUGGGUUCAGCCAUGAGCUGGGGUGCCCCGUGGAGAGUUGUCCUUGACCAUCUCUUUGGUAGGUGCUGUGUUAUGUCAGUCAGGUACCCUUGCUUCUCUUUAAAGUUUAGACAAUUGUGAUCAGCUGGCCUGACUGCACAGCAGUGCAGCUUAGCACAUCCAUUUCCCCUUCAUUGUGUCCAGCAAUUUCAGGUCAAGCGUUGAAUUUCAGAGGUGUGUGGGCAAGUAAGGGAGCGCAGAUAUCGCCCUUUACCUUUUUAAAAAGGACCUAUUGUUGCAUUCUUAUGAGUUAAGGAGAGAGUGGAUUUGCCUAUAGCGUUGCUUUUUCACUCACUGUUACCUUAGCACGCCUUUUGGGAGUCUCGUCUUGUAUUUAUGUCUUUUAUUUUAUUUUUAAAGUGUGCUCCCAGGUCAGGGAGCGAGCUCAAUUCCCGCUCUAUGAACAUUUGUUUGCCUUUGGCGGCAAUAGCUUCCAGAUGCUGAAAUGCUGCCCAUAUUUAUUUAAACUAGUCCCUAACUGAGCCAUGUGAAUCGCGCUCUGUGUGCACUCGAGAAAAGCCCCAUUCAUGAGUGCGUGGGUCCCUUGGGCUCCUGCAGGCUCCCCCUACUCAGGGCACAAUAAGCCCCCUGUCAUUUUGCUGGUGCUGUCAAGCCUUCACUAGGAUGUGUUUUAGAAAGUGGGGUGAGGGGGUGGGGAAGAGGAAAGCAUGUGCCAAAGGGGCACAUUUUUAAUGGGUUUCUAGUGACCUCUUCCCUACCACGAUCAUUUCUAUUUAAGUCUCCUAAUGGGGGAUAAACAUGGUCAGUUCUUCUGAUUAGAGCACCGGGGUUUCUGCCAUCUAUUACUCGUGCCUUCCAGUUCCAAAAUGCACCCCCCCCUUGCCAACUUCAAGAUCUCACAUCAAUUUUGUCUACUGCUGCUUAAAAAAAACCUAAACCACUCACUCCUUUUUAAUGGGAAAAACAGCUUUAGUCCUCUUCUGCACAUACAGAGAGUCAGAUAGGGUCGUUGCUCUUUCUUAGGCGCACUCUGCUGUCUGUGUUCCAGAUGAGAAGCAUUUUAAAAGGGUCUCUAGCAUCACCCCUUCCCCACGAUUGCCAGGUGGCGGCAGUUUCCAUUUUGGCCAGAGGUUACAAACCUGAAUCGACUAUGUGGCCUAGUAUAACGCUGUUCUGACUAAGAAAUGGCCGAUCGGUUUGAAUUUCUUGCACACCAGAAGUGCACCCAAGAAUUCAAGCUGCAGAGCUAGUAGUGCCAGACCAAGCUCAAGCAUGUAGGCCUUCGGGAGACUUUUUAAACACCAGAUUUUUUUUGUUUGGGACGCUUGUUCUCCUCUGUAUCCCCAUCAUCUGCCAAUUCAGCAUUCUUGCUGCUGUGGACAGAGGUGUGUAUGACAACUGUUAAAAGAUGCGCUGAAGUUGAGGCCGAGGCAGAAUUGGGCCUGGAAUUUGCCAGGUGCCCUCUCUGAAAGUGGCGUUCCACACGCUGUGCAUCCAGGCAGAGUGGCACAGCGGGCAGAGUGUUUCACACUGUGGCAGAGCCAGGUUCAAAAUCCUGUUCAUCUCUCAGAGAGGCAACUAGGGGGCGAGUAGCUAUGACCCUUGCCUAGCCCUUACCUCACUGAGAAUUACCUCACAAAGGGUUUGUUGUGAGGAGCAAGCAAAGUAAAGCUAUGUCCUGCCUGGAGCUCCAGAGAUCUUAUAGGAAGAAAACCUCCAUGAUUCUACAGCAGGGGUGCAGAAGAAGGUGCCCUGCAGACAUUGUUGGACUACGACUCCCAUCAUCCUUUAUCACCAUAAGGGGCCAUGCUAGUUUGGGCUGUUGAGAAGGCCACAGGCUCCCCAUCCCUGUUCUGUAGUGUCCUGGUAAAGGCUCUCAAACCAGCAUUGUGAGAACUGAGGAGUCUUUGUGUGUUUGUAUUUGUGUGUGUGUGUGUGUGUGUGAGAGAGAGAGAGAGAGCAGAUUACUAAGCCCUUCCUUUUUUUUUUGCUUCUGGAUAACACUGCCAAAAUAUCAUAAAUCUGGGGAAGAUGGAGAGAUGUCCUUGAAUGGAGCCAGUCUGGAACAGAAGCGGCCACCUUUGUGUUCAUUAUUUAGGAUUGCUAUAACCAAUGCUGAUGUUAUUACCCUGUUUCUUUCUCUCUCCCCUCCUUUCUGGUUCUUUUUCCCUUUUCCCUUUUUUUGACUCUUUUGUCCCCCUACCCUACCCUGCUUUUUCCCUCCCCUUCUGGCACAGAGGAGGCAGGCAGCUGUGUACAGAAUGGGCAGAGGUAUAGUGAUAAAGAUGUGUGGAAACCUGAGCGCUGCCGGAUCUGUGUCUGUGAUACUGGGACUAUCCUCUGCGACAACAUAAUCUGCGAAGAACCGAGAGACUGUCCCAACCCUGAGAUAGGCUUCGGAGAGUGUUGCCCCACCUGCCCAACUGACCAGCCUGCCGCCAGUGGUCGUAAUUUAUUUAUUUCCAUUCCAUAUAAAUAAAUUACUUGAGAGAUAAUAGCAAAAAAAAAAAAGGGGGGGGGAUGUUUCCUAAAGGCCAUGGAUGCAAACCACAAAAAGCUUUGCAGCAUCCAUGGCAACUUCUAGGAAAGGCUACUUCUCAUAGUUGGUAAAGCAGUUUCAGGUGCAGAAAAUACGUCUUAUCUUAUUUGAGUCAUAGUUUAUGUGAAGGAACUUAGAUGGGUAGCAGUAUUGACAAAAGAUUAACUUGUCCAUGUAAGCAAGCCCAUAAAAUAGGUAGCCCAUAGUUGUUUACUUAGCAGAGUGUAUCUGUGUUUGUGACACACUGAUGGGCUAAAAGGAAAAAAAAAUCUGCCACUUUACAAAACAUUUCCUGUCUGGUCCCCUGGAGAAAAGUUUCACUCCUUAGAAGUGACCAGAUAAAUGGUUUAUUUUUAUUUUUAAAAGGCUGGUCUGGUAAAGUACCAGAUCCUCAGACAUGCAGCCUUGAAUCAAGCUUUUCUGUGGCCCACUUGCCAUCACUGUAUAUAUUUUUGUGAGCACGAAGGAAAUGAGAAGAGCAUUGCAGUGCUUAAGUAUAUGAUACUGUGUCUUCUCCCCAACUGCACCGUGUUUAGCUGUGAUUUCAGUGUCAGAAAUUACAGGGUGAGCUGGACAAGGAUAGUUCCUUUACAGUUUCACUCAGAUGAGAAAGGUCUCAUUAAACCACCAAAUUAAACCUUUCCCCCCUUAAUGGGGUCUUUUAAACGUGAGUUGUCCCAUCCUAAACACAUUAGGGGCAUGUAAAGCUCCACUUAAAUCAGUGGGAUUUGCACAAACUUUAUUGUGUGCAAUCCAGAGAACGCUAAAUACAGUAGUGAUAAUAAGAAGGUUGAUGGUAAAUUAUAGUGCUUUAAAAUAAGUGCCUCCAGUACAUUCCCCCCCCACAGUUAUAAUGCACCUAAGUCCUACUGAAAUCAAUGGAAUUUGAGCAUUUCUUAAUCCCAUUAAUGUCAACGUGACUUUGGCAUGCCUGCUUUUUCAGGAUUGCACCCAUUCUGCAUUGCUCUUCAGCCAUUUCCAUUUCAUGUGCUGGCCAGAGAUGUGAAAAAACCUCUUGCAGAGUGUAGGCUUUGGAGCUAGUAGGAGUGAAACGCUAUCCUCAUUUUUGGGGAACCAGCUGCAGUGUAAAACUAUGGAAGAUGUUGGCAGAUACACCCCCAACCAUGUUUUACUCCCUCUACUCUUGCAGCCCCUUGAUGCUACUGCCUUAAGGGACUCUGAGAUUUUAUUUUAUUUUUUAAAAAAGUGGUCUCAGAACCAGCAGCUCAAGAUUUAGCCUUGUGAGAAAAUAGACAGUCAGGAAGCGAGGGGGUGGGGGCUAGCUUUCAUACCUGAGAUAUUGGGGGUGAUUAAUAGUGCUUUGCUAUGUCUCAAAAGUGCUGCCCAGGAGGCAUGGUUAGCAAAGUGACUGUGAUUUUUAGUUGGUGCAAGGAAAGAAUCCAGCAUUAUUUCAGGUUCCAAAAACGGUGUUCUUUUUGUAUGUGUGUGUAAUGUGACCGCCUUUGCUCUGUCCCAGGAGUCAUGUUACAAUUAGAAGUGGCCUUUUUUAACCCUUUUACCUUUGAGGCUCCUCUACUUCAAAAAGUAAAACAAAUGACAGUGUGAGGCAGCCAGAAUGAGUAAAGGGUUGAGCCUUGCAAAAGUUAACUGUGUCCCUUCCGCAAUGUUUAUUUGCUGUUAAGCUGAAUGUGGCUUUUAACUUCUGCAUUUUGUGUCACUCUUGCUUUUUUAAAAAAAUGAAACAAAACAUGAAAAGCAUGCUUUCCUCUAAAACUUGUUGUUCUGUGCACAUUUGCGAUGGCUUAACAGAUUGAUCCUAAUCAUGCUUGAUUGGUGACGAGUCCAAAUGAUUCGUAAUUUCGGUGAGGAUUUUCUUCCAAGGAAGUGAGCUUAGGUUUGGAAUCUGUCUCACAUCUCUCAGUGAGAUUUGCAGCUGCACCCAGGGCACAUUUGUUUGGAAGAAACUCCCACUAAGUUCUGUAGGACUUAGUCCCAAAUAUGUCUGCAUAGGAUUGCAGCCUUAGGCAUGCGUACCUGUGUGCAGGAUCAUGGCCGAAUGUGCGCUGCUGCUGCUGCUGCUUUGAUAAACAGAACACUUAAUUCCAGUGGGGCAAAAUGGAAUUAAACUGAGUGCUCCUGCAGUAUGGCUUUGAACAUGCAGCGAUUGGUUUGGAAUCCUAUUAUUCCGUCUGUGCUUUCCUGCUCUGCCACUUUGCAUGGGGCUUUUGUUCCAAGUGUAAAAGUCCUGUGCCUAUAAUUUUCCUGGGGCAGCAGUAUCUCCAGCACAGCGGAUGGGUUUAGAAAAGCACAGCAUCUCCUCACCACCACCAUCGAGUCACAGAGCCUCUUCCCUUAUCUUCCUGCCCCCCCCCUUGUCUUAUUGUGUGCAUCUCAUGCGUACGGCUGAAGGUACUAUAAUGCUCAUAUGAUUUAUGGCUACAUGGUUCUGAUGCUUUCUUUCUCUCCCCUCCCCCCCCCCGUUUUUUCUUAACAGGGCAACCUGGCCCCAAGGUGAGGCAACUGAAUGCUUUAUUUAAUUGCCCCCCAGGGGGUGCCAAAUUUUACUUGUGGCGUCAGCUCCUGUUGCCUUUGACAGCUAUCUGACCUGUAGAUUUCUUUCAUAGUUUCAGUAUUUUGACUCUUGCCUUUGCUUUUCUUAAAAAGGUGGCGUAUCAGUGGAGGGCAUUAACAGGGCAAUAAUUCUUACUGCUUAAGAUGUCCUAAAAUGAUUUGCCUGCUGAUUUCUGCAUAUCGAGAUGCUGUCUAAGGCACAGGAACAUGUCAAGUCGGCUGCCCUGUCAGUCCCUUGCUGCACACAUUCAUUUGGCAUAUAGAAUGUACCUCAUUUCCUGUCCCCCGCGAAGAACAGAAGGAAAUCUGGAGAAGCCAGUGGAGCUACUGCAACAGAUGGUUAUUGUGAAUUAUUGCAGAGCCGAGCUGUCUCAUGGGCAUGAAAUGUGAACUGCAGUUCUCAUAUCCCAGACCUAGUGAAAAAGCCGAAAUGUUUCCUUAACUUAAAAGCAAUGAAUACUUCCAUUGACUUAAAUAAGGCCAUUCAAAACUUAGGCUAAGUUUAUGCAUACCUCUUGUGCAAAAUUGGGGCCCAGAUGUUCUUUACCCCUUUCAAGUACACAGGCCUGCUUACAGUUGCACAGUGUUUCAGGCAGGGAGUCUAGAUAGAAUGUCAACAUUGUGCAUGAGUUGAACACAGGGCAUCAUUUGUGUGUAGGGGAAGCCUGGCUUUGGUGUUUUGUUCCGUUGUCCUGUUAAACCUUGUGCACACUUUGCAUUUUGCAGGGACAAAAAGGAGAACCUGGCGAUAUUAAAGAUGUAAGUGCUACACUUUCUGUGUCCACCUUCCUCAUCCCUUGAAUGCUGUCAAAACAAAAUGGGCUUCCAACAUAACCAGCUUUUUCUCUCUCUCUUUCUCGCUCUUUCCUGUCCAGGUUGUAGGACCAAGAGGACCCCCUGGACCACAGGUAGGGAACUGAGCUCCUCUGCUACAAUAUUUUAAUGUUUUGGAGGAAAAUGUUCACCAAAAUAUCUAACUGAGUCUCUUGUCUCCACCUGCUUUAGGGACCUUCAGGUGAACAAGGACCAAGGGGAGAACGCGGAGAUAAAGGAGAGAAGGUAAUGCCAACUUCUCACACAUUGGGCAGAGGAUUAAGAUUGAGAUCCUAUGCCAUAGCUGUCAACAUUUCCCUUUUUUAAAGGGAAAUUCCCUUAUUCCAAAUAGGAUUCCUCGCAAGAAGAGGGAAAAGUUGACAGCUAUGUCCUAUGCAUGCGUUCCAGGGAGCGAGUCCCUUUGUACACCAUGGGACUUACUCUCCAGGAAACAUGUAUAGGAUUGCAUUGUACAUCACGACUGAAAGCACCUGACUUCCGUUCUCAAGUCUUGGCUUUGCUAGUUUUUAAAAUAUCAAACCUGUCAUAUCUUCAAGUCAGGGGCAUCUUGAUGGUGUUGAUUUUGGAAGGUUAGUUGUAGAGGGUACAAGAUGAGCACUUAAUAGUCUGCUUUUUGUGCUUAGGUGAGUCAGGGAGUAAGGUUUCAGUAUUUUUUCAAACGAGAAUGAGUGAUGAAAUGGUUAGUGUUGGAUUAGGACUGGGAAGAACUGGGUUCAAGUUCCCCUCACCCAUGAAACUUACUGCCUGACCUUUGACCAGUUGCUAUCAUUCAGUCUAACAUUCCUCAUAAGGUUUUUGUGGUGGUAAAAUUUUGGGGGGAGAGGCGGGAGUGGAGCAUGGUGGGAGAGGAUCGUCAGUGCCACCCUGAGCAGUGUACCUGGAGUAUUAAAUAUAAGAUUUGUACCUGUGAGAUUAAAGCAUACUGUUGUGUGCAGUCUUGUAAACCAAUCUGCAAAAGUUGCAUGCCCGCACAGUUGCUUUACUGCCUCACCUUCCCACAGACAACUAUGACGGCUCUUUGUGGUACGUCGAAGGUCUGAAGCAGAAAUAAAUGCAACUCGUUUCUGAAUUCAUAAGAGCUUUCCUGCCUUGUCGCCUGGAAACAAUGCUUGCUCGCCAUAGGCAACUAGGCAAAUAUUUUUGGAGGAAUUCAUCAUUGUGCUAUGCUGAUCAUUCCAUCACUGCAAGGCGGAACAAUUCCGCCUCUUCUCUCCACCCUAGGGAGGAAGUACAGUAGUACCUUGUUUUGAGUCCGCCCUGUUUAGGGUCCUUUUCGUCCAACAUAUGCGGCAAACCCGGAAGUACUGGAAUGGGUUACUUCCGGGUUUGCUGCUUGCGCGUGCACAGAAGUGCUAAAUCGCGCUUCGCGCAUGCGCAGAGCAGCACUUUGUCAAGCGUUCCUUUCGUCGAGCGUCCGGGGCUGUAGUAUUCUUUUAUACAUCUUUGUUCCUUGGCUGUCUCUGUUGAAUGGAUAGGGCCAUCCCCAGCAUGUGAAACAAGUCCCUGUGCGCAUCACAUUUUUGGUCGGAGAACAUGUUUGUAUUUUAGGGUGACUCAAUAGGCCCAUAGUUUUCAGGUCAUGAGAAGUAAUAGUUCAACUUUGCUCUGUGCCAGCCUCAUCUAAACUACUGCACCCAAUGUUGGGUAUGUUAAGAAGGAGGUAGACAAAUUGGAAAUGGGUUCAGAGGAUGGCAGCAAAGGUGAUGAGGGGGUGGAAAUCACAUAGAGGGAGGCAAAGGGUUGUUCUCUGUUGCCCCAAAGGGCAAGACUAGGGUCACAUCUGCACUAUACAUUUAAAGCAGCAUCAUACCACUUUAAAACAGUCAAGGCUUCUCCCAAAGAAUCAUGGGAACUGUGGCUUGUUAAGGGUGCUAGGAGAUCCCUGUUCACCUCACAGGGCCUACAGAUCCUCAGAGUUCCCUGGGAAGAACAAUUGACUGUUAAACCACUCUGCAAUCUAAUAGGAUUAUGUUACAGGGGAGUAGAUUCUGCUAAUGGUCACAGCAGUCUGACAGUGGAACCAGCUCCAGGUUCGGUAGGUGGGCUCUCUCUUGUUGGAGAUAUUCCUGCAGAGGCAGGAGAGACACCUGUCAGGUAGUGAGAGGGGCUCUAGCUUUGAAUUCAGUGUAUUGGGCAGGGGCUUAAACUAGAAGUUUCUAAAAUCAGUCUUUUUCAAUUUUAAAGAAGAAAGGAGCUUCCCAAAGCAGUUUACGCAAAUGCACACAACCGAAGGAUCCGUUAGGGCCAUCUCCUGCAUCCUAAAUAGUUUUUUCCCUAGAAAAUCUGGCUGUUGUGCGAUCAUAAGUAUACACAGGCCACAGAUUGCUAAAGCAGAGCAGUAGCAUGUACUGGCAUCACUGCUGAGCAUUUUUACAUUUGUGAGCGUAACAAUGAUUUGGAGUGGGCUGUUAAUACACAGAUGAAAUUAACAGAGAAGACUUAGCAAUAUUUUAAGUCCACAAUCCUAUGAACCCUCAGGCCAACUCGGUGAGAUUUACUUUUGAGUAGACGUGUCUAGAUUCGGACUGUAUGAGAUGCAUGAUACCAGUUAUGCGGGUUAAUUGAACCGUGUGCCGUUGCCGUUUUAAAACAUGAUUUUCCCUGUGUAAUCUCGGAUGAGAUGAUAUAGUGGUUUAUGAUCUGACUUGCUUGGGACGUUUUUCUUCCUUUUUAAAAAUAGGGUGCUCCUGGACCACGUGGCAGAGAUGGCGAACCUGGUACACCUGGCAACCCCGGGCCUCCUGGACCUCCUGGACCUCCAGGUCCCCCUGGCCUUGGUGGAGUGAGUAUCCUCUGCUUGAUUCACACCCCCCCCCACACACACAAACACACACACAUUUCAUGUGUGGUUACAGAAUGAAAAGAGCUCUUUCACUGUGCUACCUACCAAGAAUUCCUGGUGUUCUAACUCUGCAAUAAGCCUUAAUUCAGUUCAGCAUGCAUAAUAUGCUACCUAAAAAAAUGCCACAUAUUCAGAAUACAACAGACUGCUGGGUUUUCAAUGCCUAGAUUGCCUUCUUUGGCCAUUAGAGUUGUGGUUUUCAAACCUUGUUCUGGGAGGGUCCUCUGGAAAUACCCCCUUCCCCACAAUAACAUGCGUUUCUGCAACAAGUCAGAAUCCCCUUCACUGCCAAGCUUAUUUUGCCAGAAGUCAUCUGCAAGGGAGUGUUGGGUAUUCUCUAGAGAAACUCCACCACUAUCUCUGAGUGGUGUGAGAUUCCAGGGGUUCCAGGCAUUUACCCAGGCAUUUGUGUUUCCUUUCAAAUGAGGUACAGUGGAGCUUGUAGUGUCUUUAUUUUAUUUUUUAUUUUAUUUUUUAUUUAUACCCCACCCUUCCCGGUUCAAAAACCGGGCUCAGGGUGGCUAACAACAAAUUUAAAACACUUAAUUAUAAUAGCAGCGUAAAAUACAGUAUAAAAACAUGAAUAACAAUAAAAUUCAAAAAUCAGAUAAUCCCCAGGGCUAGCUGGCUGAAUUGGUCCUACUUGGGCCAGCGAGGAGGCCAGGGGAGAAUUAGCUGUGGGGUCUCAAAGCGGGUGAUCUUCAUAAAAGGGGGAGGGGCAAGGAAGAGAAAGGAAAUAAAAAAUCAGGCUGAAUUCAAAUUAAAGGCCAGGUGGAAUUGCUCUGUCUUACAGACCCGACAGAAGGAGGUUAAAUCCUGAAGGGCCCUAGUCUCAUGGGACAGAGCAUUCCACCGGGUCGGAGCCAUGACUGAAAAGGCCCUGGCCCUGGUGGAGGAUAGUCUGACUUCCUUAGGGCCUCGGACCUCUAAACUAUGGUCAUUCAUGGACCUUAAGGUCCUCUGCGGGGCAUACCAGGAGAGGCAGUCCCAUAGUUACAAGGGCCUUAUGGCAUAUGCUUUAUUUAAACAUAUGUACAACCUGAGCCUAUGAUGGAGGGGUUCACAGCAUUGACACCCCAAGUGGGUCUUGCUUCUCCAUAGCCACAGAAAUCAGGCAUCUCUUUCUUUCAUAGGCUUCAGCCUGCUUCUUCCUCCAGGUUCUAGCUUACCCUUAUACAACUCAAUUCUGGCCUUUGUCUUUUCUAACAAAUAGUGAGUUGAGGGAGCCCCUCCAUUUGUCUGGCACAGAGCCACUUCCUUUGAUACUUUAAUGACCUAUAUUUAUAGGGCCAUUAUAUAUAUAAAAAAACACUUUUCUGGCUAUUCCAGCAAUUUGAAUCCUUCCUCAGAUUUUAACACUGGAUCUAGGAAUUAGAAGAGUCUUGGCAUACAGCCCACUCCUCCGGCCCCCCGACACAUAGCAAUACAUUCUCAGUUCAUGCAAGACGGACAGUUUUCUCAACAGGCUGGGCUAUGGCUUUUUUCUGUGAGAUGUCAUAGAAUACUUUUUAAUGCACUGGUGGUCUAUGGCAGGGGCAUAGAUAAUUUCAUAGGAGAUCAUAGAAUCAUGGACUUGUAGAGUUGGAAGGGACCCCAAGGGUCAUCUAGUCCAACCCCCUACAAUGCAGGAAUCAAAUGCAGAUCAGUUGAUUUGGAAAAGGUUCCCUCAAGGUAGAAAACUACUGUGCUAGAGGAGGAUCAUCAGGGCUCACCACUGUCUAUAGACUUGGAUCAACAGCCCAGUAUAGAAUUAGAUGUUCGUAGGCCCUAUUUCCAUACUCCAUUGUGGGUCCAAAAUACAUUUGUAAAUUUCUCCGCAAAGCACCUUAAAUUCAUUCCUAGUUAAUUACACCCAACUUGCCUAGGCAACUCUAGUUCUGAGGGCCAUUAGGUGGCCUUUACUAGACCCAGCAGAUUAAUGGCUACACCAACCAGUUAUGUCUAUUUCAGGGAAAUUUUUGGAACUGUAAUUUUCAGCUGGGGAAGCCAGUUAGCAAUGGGUUGCAGUGACAGUGUUGCUAGGGCUGAGCAGGUUUUGAUUUUGUGUCAGGUUAUGAAACGAUCAGGAGAGUGGCAGGUCUGGACAAAGGCAGACAUUCCAUUAGUGCAUUUCCUUAAGGUUGUAUUUCAGAGUCACUAAAUCCUAUACCCUCUUAGCUGGGAAGAAGUCUCAGGGAACUUAGUGGUGCUAGACUACAACUCCCAUCAUCCCCAGCCAGCUUGGCUAGUACAGUGGUAUCUUGGGUAAAGAACUUAAUUCGUUCUGGAGGUCCGUUCUUAACCUGAAACUGUUCUUAACCUGAGGUACCAUUUUAGCUAAUGGGGCCUCCCACUGCCACUGUGCUGCCGCGGUACGAUUUCUGUUCUCAUCCUGAAGCAAAGUUCUUAACCCGAGGUACUAUUUAUGGGUUAGUGGAGUCUGUAACCUGAAAUGUCUGUAACCUGAAGUAUCUGUAACCCGAGGUACCACUGUAGUCAGAAAUGAUGGGAUUUGUAGUCAAAUAUCUGCAGGCCCAUGUUUGAGGAACACUACACUAACAUAGUUUAAUGACUGUAUAUAUAUUUUUUGCAACCCACACUUGAUUGCUAUUAGGGACGUGUAAACAAUAUCAAAUAUAGGCAUACUGGAGGAUAUUAAUGUGUAGAAUGUGUAGAAUGUUCUUUGAUUGAAUUAACCAACCCUGAUUUUUGAAUGUUACUCCACACAUAGGACACACUCACCAAGUCAUAUUCCUUUACUCCAGGUUCAUAUAGGGUAGCCAACAAUACACAUUCUUUACUGAGUCACUACUAGUAAACAUUAGAGUUGCUACUCUGUAUGGAAACACCCACCGAAAAGAGUGGAAAACGUCCAUUCUUCCCAUUCCCUUCAGUCUUUUGUGGACAGGGUGGUAGAGUUAAAAUGUUUUAGGAAGUAACUGAUCUUGAGGUUGUACCUUUGGACAGAGGCGUAGCGUGGGGGGGUGUCCGUGGGGGUCCGUGGCUCUGAGUACAAUUUCAUGAGGUGGCAGCAGGCUCCUUCAUCAAAGCCUGGCUGUGAGUGAGAAGGAGCUGAGGCUUGGCUGGGCACUUGUGCCCGGCUGCAGCUCGGCCCCGGGUCAGGCCUGACCCGGGGUAGGAGAGCAGGAGAAUGGGCGCCAACACUGCCACCCACCCUCCUCAGCUGCCGUGCACCUUGCACCCGGCUCCGCCACUGGGUCAAACUGGUGGGCAUACGCUCCGGCACUGCCUUUGGACAUGCAUCCUUGUACAGAGGUGUAUUCAAUGGUUUCAUAAUAGGAUUAAUAAAUAAAUCUGAUGGGGUUGUUCUGCUCUCCUCAGAAUGCAUUGUUGUUGUUGUUUAGUCGUGUCCGACUCUUUGUGACCCCAUGGACCAGAGCACGCCAGGCACUCCUGUCUUCUGCUGCCUCCCGCAGUUUGGUCAAACUCAUGCUGGUAGCUUCGAGAACACUGUCCAACCAUCUCGUCCUCUGUCGUUCCCUUCUCCUUGUGCCCUCCAUCUUUCCCAACAUCAGGGUCUUUUCCAGGAGUCUUCUCUUCUCAUGAGGUGGCCAAAGUAUUGGAGCCUCAGCUUCACGAUCUGUCCUUCCAGUGAGCACUCAAGGCUGAUUUCCUUCAGAAUGGAUAGGUUUGAUCUUCUUGCAGUCCAUGGGACUCUCAAGAGUCUCCUCCAGCACCAUAAUUCAAGAGCAUCAGUUCUUCGGCGAUCAGCCUUCUUUAUGGUCCAGCUCUCACUUCCAUACAUCACUACUGGGAAAACCAUAGCUUUAACUAUACGGACCUUUGCUGGCAAGGUGAUGUCUCUUUAGAAUGUAUAACAGUGCUUUUUUGGAGCUAGGUUUGACCUGUCGGUGUCCAUUUUUAAGCUACACUUUCUAAUUAUUCCAAGUGCACUUGAAUAUUGUUUAGAUUCAGUGAUGUAGCUCUGUGUUCCAGACACCCUGUCUCUAGAUAUAAUGAACAAUGUUUUGUGUUUUUGAUAACUUGUUGGAAAGUUUGUGUACCACAAAGUUGAUUUCUAUCCUUGCAGACCCCCCGCUUGUUUACUGUCGUGGAAAACACCAAAACAAUGACUUGAUAAUAGGGUGGGCAAAAAAAUACAACUUUCUACUUAGAAAACCCCCUUCCUUUUUCUCUCCAGAUGAAAUUCCGCCUAAAAAUAUCACCCUAUGUCUGGAAUUAUAGUCCCCCAGGGAGAGUAAAAAAAUGUAAAACGAGCUUGCCCUAAUUUCUUCCUCUGUGAUGUGGGCAUGCUUGCCCAUCAGAUACUAUGGGAAACUCUGGACUUUUCAAAAGACUUCUUGUAUUCCUCAUUGUGUGAAUGUUCUCCGUCAGAUCACAUCACGUUCCACUGAAACUGACCACAUUCUCUCUGUGCUUUAUCUUUGCAGAACUUUGCUGCUCAGAUGGCUGGAGGAUUUGACGAGAAAGCAGGCGGCGCUCAGAUGGGAGUGAUGCAAGGACCAAUGGUAAGGACCACAGGAGAGUCCCCUGGUCGUUUGAGCUCAUGUGUGCGCGACAAAUGUAUAUUGCAGGGGUGGGUAUGCUGUGACUCUCCAGAUAUUGUUGGACUACAACCCAGCCAGCACAGCCAAUGAUCAGCAACAAUGGGAGUUGCCCAACUUUUUAGACUAGUGGGCGCUAGACACAAAAUGGCUGCCACGGAGGGAGUGUGACUUAACACAAAAUUAGCAAGGCAGCCACUCCUGGCAAUCUUAUGCUUACCGUGGAAAGUCCUGCUGGCCCUGAUUGUGGAGAUCUCUCUCUCUUACACACACACACACACACAGACACACAGAUGCUGUUGCUGUCUAAUAACAACCAGAAGCAUUCCUCAGUAUCAUGAAAGAUAUACAAGGUAGUUACACCAUUUUCAUUGCACAGAAAUUGCUUAGAAAGUACCUGCAUAUUUCACCUCAUAACUUUCUUUCUCGAAGGGCUAGAGCUCUUUUAAAAAUGAAAGCUCAAAGUCUCGGGCACCUGCCCAGGGGUGCCACUGGAAGCCUUCUGGUUUGGCAAUUUCUGACGUAGAAGUCCAUUGGUUCCUCACCCAAGAUAUAUCUGGUGUAUUGGUUUUAUGGCAGCUGGCUGCCAUGGGAUGAUGUUCCAUGAAGAAUCCUGGCAAUUGUAGUCAGUGGCGUAACAUGGGUUGCCAGUGCCCGGAGCCCAUGCAGAGGAGGUGGAUGGAAGGCAGGGAAAUGGACGGAGUACGCAUGUGCAUACUAACAGCAUCUGCGUCACCCAGGAGAUUACAGCCACGGAAAUAACAAAAGAGCCGUUCCGUUGUCUAGAGAGGUCACUUCCUGGUUCACAUGGAGAAGCCAUCAGCGGCAAAAGUGUGAGGCAGCACCAGGUGCUGAAAUUUUGCGCCCGUAACAAAUUUGCACCUAGGGCAACCGCCCUGUGGCCCCUCCCAUACUAUGUCACUGAUUGUAGUUUAGUGAUGGUGAGAACGGUCUGUUAAGAGACUUUUAGCUCCACUCGCACAAUGGUAUUUUCCUAGGUUCUCUGCAGACAGUGCCCACCUACAGGGUUUUGAGGCUCUCAGGCAAGACCCAGGGCUUCAUUGGGCCUUAGCCUGAAAAUGGUGGGUGCCUUGGGGCUUCUUGGGUGGCUGCCCCAUACAAAAUGGUGGCACUGUUGAGUAGCGCUGAUGGUGGAUGUAAUGGUUCUAGGGGUUGCUCGUGCGUAAACCGUUGCUUAUCUCCCCGGCUGGGUGCAAACACCUGGCUGGGUUGCCUAAGUGAACCUUUUCUGUCCGGACAGCCACUCACCCGUGGCUGACUCAGUCGCUGGCAGAAUCCAUCAGUGGGCGUUUCUUAAACUUCUUCCAGCAAAGAAGCUCUUUGACGCCUAGUCUCCUCCUACUCUCUCUGCGCGAAAGCCUUCUGCGCAAGGAGGGCGUGGGCAGCGGAGGACCCCUACUCUCCCCGCUGGUCCCAGGCAAGGAGUCAUGGGACCGCCUCACCACUUCCCCCAUCUGCCCCCCUUCUCCACUGGUGCUACGCUGAUUCUCUUCCCCAGAAGAUGGGCUGCUUCUCCCAAUCCCUGGACGCUCUCUGGAAUCCCUCUGGCUUUUGCUCUCUCCCUCCGGCACUGAUGGCAGUUCCUUGACAGUGGAUCAUCUAUUGGUCCUGUAAACUUGGCAAAUGCUACCCUCUGGAGCCAGUCUAUCUGGGGAGGGGGAAUUGUCAUGUUCAGUUGAUCAGAGAUUGGCCUAGUAAACUGAGAUAGGUGUGAGCUUCAGGGACCUGCACACAGCCGUGUCACUCCUUCCUUCGCGUGAGUGAUGAAACAAGAAGCUAUAGAUAAGCAUAGCUUCAGGUCAUGUCCGAGCCAGGACUACGGUUAAUGACUUCCAAGCUAGCCAGGCUUCAGAAACCAUCUUCGAAUGAUGGCUUUACAUUUUGGCUUGUGUGAAAGCCGUUAACCCCAGUUUCCUCGUUCAGAUGUAGUAGGAAGCUGUGGUUAACUGCAGCUUCCUGCGUUAUGCCGGUGUCUGAGACUUAUUCAUAAUAUUGGCUUUUUAAGACAACAUUUGAUUGUUGGAAUGUGACCAACUACUAAUGCAUAUUAUAUUUAUGUUAAUUACUACAUUUCUAUCCCACUGUUCCUCUAAGGAGCUCAAGGUAGCACACAUGCCUCUUCCUCUCCCCUCUAUUUUAACCUCAGCCACAACCCUCAAGGUCCCCUGUGAUCUUUGUGGCCAUGUGUGGAUUUGAACCCGAUCCUAGUCCAGCACACUUAACCGCCACACCUGCUUUCUGUUAAACCUGUGAGGGAUAUGUGCUGUAGGCUAGGCCGAGAGCCUCGUUUUACAUUAGAAAAUGCUUGACAGAAGAUGCAUUUUGCAGAACAAAACAGAGAAAUUACGAAAGACAUCAGUGAGACCAGUCAGAGUUCAGCCAUCUUGAGAACUAGGUAUGAUGUACACCUGGGCCAUAAUCCUUAGCACAUUUUGGGGUUGAGUUGCAUUGAAAGUGGUGGGACUUCCAAUGAGUAAAUGUUACAGGAGCCCUUCCAAAUGGCCCUAAAUUUGUAGAUCUGGUAUGGUGCUGUGUGUGUUUGAUUCCUCACCUCUGCUCCAGACAUUCAGAGUGUUUUAUAGCCCAUAUUAGCUUCUCUGACUGAAGGCUACAGUAAAACAGACAAGCAGACACCCCAUGUGCCAUUUAGGCUCUCCCAAGGUACAAUUUGAAGCCACGUGAGGCCGCCACUUAGGUUUGGUCAUACGAGCCCCACGUACAGUGCCUUGGGUUCUGUGAUGGAAGGAAAGUGGGAUAUAUAAAUGUUAAGAAAAGUAAAUAAAAUGUUCCAAGGUAACACUGACACCGUGUGUAUAGAUCUAUCGAUAGAUAGCUAGAUAACAUUUUAUUAUUACAGUGGUGCCUCGCAAGACGAAAUUAAUUCGUUCCGCGAGUUUUGUCGUCUUGCGCUUUUUUUCGUCUUGCGAAGCACGGUGUUGGGAAAGUUUUGGAAAAGCUUCAAAAAUCACCAAAGUCUUUAAAAACCUCAAAAAAAGGCUACCACACCGCGUUCUAUGAGUUGCUCCUCGAAGUCAAGUCGCAACUGUAUUAACGGUGUUAAGAAAAAGGAAACAAACUUGCAAGACGUUUCCGUCUUGCGAAGCAAGCCCAUAGGGAAAAUCGUCUUGCAAAGCAGCUCAAAAAACAAAAAAUCCUUUUGUCUAGCGAGCUUUUUGUCUUGCGAGGCAUUCGUCUUGCGAGGUACCACUGUAUUUGAUUUUUAAAAUUUAUUUUAAAAAAAUCUCUUCGGAUACUUUCAGAAGGAUGCUCAAGAUGGUUUGCAUAAAAUAAUACAUUACAAUAGGGAAGGGGAAACUUGUGACCCACUGGAUUGUUGUUGGACUCCCACAGCCAUCAGCACCAAACAGCAUGGUCAAUGGUCAGGGAUGAUGGGAGUUGUAGUCCAGCAACAUCUGCAGGGCCACUUGUUCCUGAUCCCUGCACUGCAAUAAUACUGGGACUGUUUCUGUCCCCUUAAAAUAGGGUAGCUGAGUCACCAGCAUAGCUGCAUUUGGCCCAAAGGAGCUACAGCUUUUGCUUGCAGCACCUCAACCAGCAUAGUUUUAUUGAAGCCCAUAGAGUCCAAUGCAUUCCUGAUGUUAAGCCCGAGUGAUGCCAUCAAAUCUCAUCGCCACCACCUUCCUUUGUACCCAGAGUUCCAGAAAACCAAUUAAUUUCAUUGCCUAACUUACUUUAUAAACGUUUGUUGACCUGCUAUUCCAAGAUUGUUCAAGCAAGCCGCUUUAACGGAAAGGCUGACUUCUAAAGAGAGAGAGAGAGAAAAGGUCUUUGGGCCUUUGCAUCGCUUGCCAGAACUUCCCAAGCCAUGUGCCAAAAGAGUUGAAACAGAUGAUUAUGGACAGGGAAGUAAUAGAGAGAUUUGUUUUAAGGGGCUGGGUCACUGUUGCACUUGGACCGAGAGCUGAAGUAUGCAAAGACAGACAGCAGCUACUGUUCUUCAAGAUCCCACAAGACUUCCAGCAGGAAAUUUCUACUCUCUAGCAUUUCUUGGCAAGCAGUAAAUGAAAUUCGGGCUUAGUAAACAUGGACAGUUUCCAAGGGAAAGCGUGUGUGUGUGUGUGUGUGUGUGUGUGUGUGUGUGUGUUUUCACUGCCGAAUGACUUCUAUAAAUACAAAUAGCCCUGGAUGCUACAAAGAAAGAGAGGGAGAAUUAAAGAAGCAGCAGCCAUUGAAGAAGCCCUGCUCUGGUUCUUAAUGCCUGUACAGCCAGGGCCUAGUGUAUCUCUUGUGCUGGGGUUGUAUCUUCCUUUCUUUUUGGGAGGGUAACGAUUGCUUAAUUUAUUUAUUUUUUCUAUUAUAGGGACCUAUGGGACCACGAGGCCCUCCGGGACCCCCAGGAUCUCCUGUAAGUAUCAAAACCUUUCAACUCUUUUUUGGAUGAUCUCUCAUGUUUGGAAGAAAAAAAUGAGGCAGAUGGAAGAAUUUCCCAAGGGGACCACUAUGUAUCUGUGCUCUUCUUUUCAGGGCCCUCAAGGAUUUCAAGGCAGCCCUGGUGAACCUGGUGAACCUGGUACUGGCGUGAGUAUCUAGGAAGUGCGCAUGUUUGUGGCACAAUUCAUGCUCUCGUGUUUUCCUCCUUUCCCUCUUGCCACGAUGCACCUGCAAAUCCCCUCUUUACUUCUGGGAUCCUCAACGUCCUGAGAAAGCCUGUCUAUAAAGUAUCAAUCAAAAGCUCUUAGCUUAGGGGUUCUCAAAAAGUAAGGGCACGAGCAAACUGAAAAGAUUUAUUGAGCUUUGCAGUUGAAGUCAGGUCUAACAGUUAUCCCAUGGAGAGACUUUGCACCUUUUCAGUUGUGCGGGAAUGACUAAGGGUGGACAUGAUGGGGUUUUAGUGGAUUGGAGAGGAACAUAAAAAAAGAUAAGAAGAGGCAUGUUUGAUCAGGUUAAAACCCCGUCUAGUCCAGCAUCCUAUUCUUGCAGUGGACAACCAGAUACCUCUAUAGCAGUUUUUCCCAACCUUGGGUGUCCAGCUGCUUUUGGACCACAGAACUGACCGAGCAGGGAGAAAAGGACAAGUGCUCGGCCAUGGGCAGUUUAAAUAGCCUGUGCCACGCCCCCGGACCGUCCGGAUUGGACGGCCUAGGGAUGACGUGGCCGAGGAUUAACCAAUGGCACAGGGGCUAUCCUGCCCCACACGUGUGGGGAGGGCUUGCUCCCAGCCCACAAUGUCAUCUCCCCGGGAACGGGAAAUGGCUUUCCCAUCAUCCCUGACUGCUGGUCUUGCUAGCUAGGAGUGAUGGGAGUCGUAGUCCAAAAACAGCUGGAGACCUAAGGUUGGGAAACAUGACACUCUUCCCCACUUGUGAUUCACAGAAACUGGUAUGGAGAGGAAUAUUGCCUCUGAUAUUGAAGGUACUGCCUCUCUCAUCACAGUCCAUCAUACCCACGGUGCCUCACUCUGAGGACAGACCAGAACAGAUGUUCUGGAGAGCCCCACAGGGGUCCCACCAGCUGUGGGUGGGCAAUAGGGAGAUAUCUGGUUUUCAACAUCGUGAUAUAUCACCAGCUAAACAUCCCAAUAUACUGAUAUGUCACAGUGUCUGAAAUAAGGAUGGAACUAUGUAGAGGCAUUGGCUGGCUUCACAGUUUUCCCCACGUUGUGAUUUGUACAUAGCACACACACAUCGUGAUUCACGUUAUAUUGCCAGGUCAAAAAUUAUAAAACCAAUAUCACGAUAUGGACUUCGAACCAGUUUUGGACGAUAUAUCUCCCAACCCUACUGGAAAGCUAGCCAGGUAGACAUAUGAUGGCUGAUCUGUGUAUGAUCUGGUUCCCUUCUGAUCUGCCGCCUAAGGCAUGUGGCUCAGCAUGGCUCAUGACCCUGGUGCCAGCCUGUUGCUGUUUUUUAAUCAAUGUUCUCAUUGGAAAUGUAUUCUAAUUUAAAGAAUAUUAUUGUUGUUAUUAUCAUCAUCACUUGCUAAAUUUUCGUACCGACCUUCAUCCGAGAAUCACAGGGCAGUUUGCAAUGUAAAAACACAAAAAUGCAUACCAUAGUAACAAACAAAGACAAUAGCUCCUACCUGAAUAUAUCCACCAGGUGAGAGGCUUUGAUUGACUGCAGCAAAUGUACUUGAACCCUAGGACUUGGCCCACCACUGUUAACCAUAUGGUGUGCUCAGGGUAGUAGCUGGCCACUUAUGUGCAGCGACCAGUGGACUUAGGUGUCCAGCAUUGUGAAGACUGCAGAGUGGGUUUCCUAUUUUAGUAGUUUCCAGGCUCAGGUGUAGAAAGGGGUGGAAAUUGUUCAUGAGCAUUCUUCCCACGGAUCCAGCAGAUUAAAAAGUCAUUGAUGUAGCUUAGGCAGCAAAGAGCAGCUUAAAAGGUUCCAAGUUGGCCUACGAACUUGUUGGCAUAAGCGAAUAGACAUAGCAGUUAUUCUGUAUCAUUGUGGAUUGUGACCCUCCGUCUAUCUCUGAGUGGGAUGUUGGUCCACAGGGCUAAUGCAUCUAUAGUUGCUAGGAUAUUGUUUUCUGGGAGAGCAUCAAUCGAUAGUGGUUUCCGUAGGAAGUCUGUGGUGUCCUACAAUUAACCCAGGGUUCUAAUGUACUUCUACAUUGCGUAUGAGAACAAUGUCGUGGUGGGAGACAGCCUGAUUUGCAGGAACAAGAAGUGAUCCUUGACAUGUGUCUGCUACUGAAUAUGUUAGCUGUGUAUAAGAAUGGGGAAGAAGUUCACCUCCAUUUGCAUUUAAAAGCAAAUCUGUAUUGUGCUAUCUCCCUAUUAAGAGACGUAGGUGGCGCUGUGGUCUAAACCACAGAGGCUAGGGAUUGCCGAUCAGAAGGUUGGCGGUUCGAAUCUCUGCGAUGGGGUGAGCUCCCAUUGUUCGGUCCCAGCUCCUGCCCACCUAGCAGUUCGAAAGCACGUCAAGUGCAAGUAGAUAAAUAGGUACCGCUCCGGCGGGAAGGUAAACGGCGUUUCCGUGCACUGCUCUGGUUCACCAGAAGCAGCUUAGUCAUGACCCAGAAGCUGUCUGCGGACAAACGCCGGCUCCCUUGGCCUAUAGGGCAAGAUGAGCGCCGCAACCCCAGAGUCGUCUGCGACUGGACCUAACGGUCGGGGGUACCUUUACCUUUAUCUCCCUGUUACACUCAAUAUUCCUGGUUGCCACUCCUGGGGGUGGAGAAGUGUAGGGAGAAUACAUGGGUGAGUCUCAGUAGUGAUGGUACGAUGUGCUGCCUACUGUGGUGGAGAUGGGUGGGGGUGAGGCACUGGUGAGGUCAGCGCAGUGCAAAUGUGCUGGCAGGAGCGCUGGAUUGCCUUUACCAGCACAUUUGCACCACACCGACCUCACAGUUGCCCCAGCCCUCUCCAUCUCAGCAUGCAGUAACUGCACAAUCAGAGGGAGGUCAGGGAUGCAGAGCAGCCUCACUGUGCCAUCCACUAUCUGAUUUUUGUCACAGCGAUGGAACUUGACGUGACGCUGCCGCUUCGAUCAGCAGCUCUGUGUUGAGCAGUCAGGGCCGGCCCUAUCAUUAGGCAGUGUGGGGCAGAUGUGUGGUGUUGCAAAACAGCAGCAAGUUGUUACAUAAUGGUGCUAUUAUUGCAUUUUUACUAUCAAGGAAGGGGAAGAGGCACUUGUGGGAUUUUCUGCCCUAGAUUUCUUCCCCACACCUUGAUAAAGAACAUUUCUUUAUUGCUGGGAAUCUAUUACAUACUGUCCAGAGCAGAUGCUACCACCAUCUGUUUGCCAACUGGGAUUCUCCAGUACUGUACCAUGCAAAGUGUGAAGCAGCUCUCUCUGACGCUGAAGAUGUGCUAUGUGACAUUUUGCCCAUGUAUUGGAUAACUUACAGGUCACUUUGUAUAGACCAGGCAUGGCCAAACUUGGCCCUCUAGGUGUUUUGGGAUUACUAUUCUCCAUCAUCCCUGACCACUGGUCCUGCUAGCUAGGGAUGAUGGGAGUUGUAGUCCCAAAACAUCUGGUGGGCCAAGUUUGGCCAUGCCUGGUAUAGAUAUAGAUAUAUUCUCUGGUGUGCCCUUUUUAUCUGAUGAGGUCCUGUCUGAGUGCACUAGCAGUUCAGAAAGGAAACUGGCAAGGUAACAAAUAGAUAGGCCUUCUUUGUGGUGGCACCUUGUCUGGACAGUAUGUUAGGUAGGAAGGUUUAUGAACCCUGAUCCGUCAUGAGUAUGCCCUCAUGUCCUGCCUGUGGGAUUCCCAGAGGCAUCUGGUUGGCCGCAGUAGAAACAGGAUGAUGAACUACAAGGUAGGCUUUUGGCCUUUGUGGUUUUAGAAAGAUGGAUAAAGUUUUUAAAAACUUUAUUUCAGAUUGCUUUUGGCGGCAACCAUCUGAUUUGCUUGUUCUUAAGUUUGUGUUUAUUCUUAGCUGUUUGUGGCUUUUUCAUACCUUGUUGUUUAAAAAAAUUAGGGAUUUUUUUGGUGGGAUGACUGUUUUAAUGAAUUUUUAUCAAAUAUUACCUUGAGUGGCAGCUGUCUGUCUGUGUGUGUGUGUGUGUGGUGUCAUCAAGCUUCAGUAGGAACAGACAGUGACACAGAGUAGUGGAAUCUAACUGUGUAUUUUACUAUAAAACAUAAUUAAGGCCUUGAGCCUCCAAAAAUGGUCAGUUUUCUUAUCAUUAAUGCAAAAAAACAACUCCUACAAUUAUUAACUCUUCCCUCACCUAGUACUUUUGAGUAGGCAUUACUACAUUACUGAUGAUCUGGAUUUUUCUUUUCAAAAAUAAAAUAAAGCUACUGUUUACUUUUUCUGAACGCUUUUAAGCCACUUUGGGUACAUCUUAAUGGAGAGAGUUGGAUAUAAGUGAGAUUAACAUAUCUUCAAAGUGGCUUUAUAAACUUCAUUUGAGGAAAAAGCAAGCAAUAAAAUGACACACUAAAGAACAAAACCUAGCACUGGGAAUGGCAGUUUAAAGCAAUAGCAAAAUCAGCUGUGAAGUAGGGCACAAUUUAAAGACCUUUAAAGAUGUCUUCUUGAAACAGCAUCAUUUUCAGCCUUUGUUUAAAAAAUGGGGAUGAAGGCAUGUCCUCCUGUGGGAGACCAUUCCACAAUCUGGUACCAUACCUGAAAUAGCAAGGUAUUUCUUUCUUUAUUAAUUUUGUAUCCCGCCCUUGCUCCCAAAGAAGUCCAGACUGACCAAUGAUUCUAUCUGGUGGGAUAGGGUAGAAUAGUAAAAUAGUAAAAUGUUUAUAUUGGGCUGAUUUCUGCUGGUGGCUAGAACUAUGAUUUCAGAGUUUUUGGAGGCUCAUGGAAAAAAGAGCGCAGCAAUGAGCCCUCUUUAACCAGUGUGUUGUGUGUGUGAGACUCAGGAGCUGCCGAAGUUGACUUUUGCCAAUUUUUAAAAAGCAUAUUCUAACUGUCUGGGGUGUAAUUAAAAUACAGCUUAACUGUACUUCAUAUCAGUGCUUCUCAGGAACAUUAUCUGCGCAUCCUGCGCACAAUGCCAGGGGCCUUGUUGCAUGUUCUGUUAAAUCACUGUUGAGUGCUUUAUGCAUUAAGUUGUAAGGAGUUGCCGUGAGCCUUAAUCUCUCACACACUCCACCUUUUUUCAGGGCAGCCACCAAUUUCAAGCUCCCCUUCUACCCUAGAAUCCCAUAACCUGAUGCACAGCAGCCACCGUGCUGCAGUACAGAUCCCCGUGCCACCCUAAAGAUCUACGUGGUUCCCUGUGUGGUUACCCCGGCCCAGCCCGGCCCGGUACAGACUACUCCCCCACCCUGGCCCUGGCUACCUACACUACUGCAGCCUUCCCUCUGGUCCUCCCAUGUUGCUGGGAGGAGGAGUCUGGUAGGGUUUAGUUUUCUGAUUCCUACAAAGCCUGGCUUGUCUUGAAACAUACCAGGUUUGUUUUCAGCCGCAGUCCCUGGCUUGUAUGCAACAAUUCAGGUCUUGUGGGAACUGAAAUGAGCUGUAUGGGAGGAGGAGAAGGGGCAGUCGUGAGCCCAAGGCUCACGGCACAUCCGUCUUGCUUGUGCAAAUAACACUAAACCAUGGUUUAGUGUUAUUUGCACAAGCACUGCCUUUUGCCAGUCAUGAAAUUGAGAUUAGUUCCCUAACAGGGAUGCACUGCAUGUGUGCGAAGGGGGAAAAAACCCCAACGCUUUUGUCAUUCUAAUUGUGAAUGCAAUAUGAUAACUAGAAACCCUAGUUAAGAGUGGGGGUGAAGCAAAAGGCAUAUGGUGCCUUCUUUUAGAAGCUUCCUCAAGUUUCUGACCUGUGCUGUUGGCCACUGGAACUGACCAUCAGCUUUGCCAUGGGUUGGCAAAUGACAUGCUUUGGAUCCUUUGCUCUGCCUGCUGAGGAAUAUAAUGAAUGGAAGAGAAUGAAUAUAUGAAUGAAAAGUGAGGGAGAUGAAUGAAGUGUUCUGCCUGCCUCCUGAACUUUUCCCCCAAGGGAAUGUGGCCCUUGAACCCCCCAAAAGGGUGUCCCAUUCCUGAACUUUGCAGUGGUGUAUUAGCAGCCACAUGUCAUGGAAAUCCCUCUUUUUUUAAAAUACAUUUUUAUUAGUUUUUAACAUAUUAAUUAUCAUUCAUACAACAAAACUUCUCAUCUUAUACAAUAAUUUUUGGACUUCCGUCAACACCUCUGAUGAUUUUCCGUUCUUAUCGCUUAUUAUGCAUUUCUUAAUUUCAUAUUACCUUUAAUUAUCUUUAACUAACAAUUCUCCUGAUUGUCUUUUUUGCAAUAUUUCAAAUAAUUCACCUUACAAAACUUCUUGCAAACCUACUAGCGUAACCUGUUCAUCAUAAUUACUUUUCAAAUAAUCCGUGAAUUGGGGAGUCCACAGUUACAGAAAGGAUGGAUCCCUACGUAUACUGUCAACAUAUUCACCUUGUUAAGACUCCCUAGCCACUAACGGGUGUCAGCAGGUGGCGUAGAAUAUACAAGAGGCUGUAUCUCAGACUUCUAAUAUAUUUUGUUUUCCCUCCCCCUCUCUCUAGGGUCCAAUGGGUCCCCGUGGGCCACCUGGGCCACCCGGAAAACCUGGCGAUGAUGUGAGUAUCCUAUCUCUUGACAUCUGCCCAUCAUGAUGAGCAGCUUAGCACAUACAUAGCAGAACUGAGGAGUUUGCUGCAAAAGUUAAUGCUAAAGUGAAAUACAAAACAGUUGACGUUUUAAGGCACAGAGUGUUUAUGUCUCAUCCUCUAACUAACACACACACACACAAUCACUCAGGCUAAUGUGGAAGUCAUUCUCAGAAUGUGGGUCCUAAUAUACAGCCAAAAUAGCACAUUCUGCACACAAGAGGAAAGGUAUCAAGUAGGAAAACUCAAGGUUUGCAAAAGUAUUUUAAAAAACCUGAGGCAAAGAAACACUACAGAUUUAAAAUGGUUUAACAGUCAUUGCUUCAUAGUUGGGAAUUCUGGGAGCUGUAGUUCUGUGAUACGGGGCUUGUAAUUUCUUACAGACUUCUCAGCAUUCUCUUCAGACUACAAUUCCAAGGAUUCUUUGAAGGGCUUGUUAAACUGGUAUAAAAUGGGCAUGCCCUUUGUAACAGGAUUGGGGGCUUUUUACUGUAAUGAGAAGGUCAUAUUUUGUUGCCUGAGUUACUGAAGGUGAUUUGACCAGGGUAAAUCUGAAUCUAGAAGGGCAGCUUUGGGCGGGGGGGAUAUAUGUCAAGGGAGAUAUAAAACAAAAGAACUGAAACUACUUGUGCUGUUUUCUUGUGGGCUUUGUUGGGUAGCUGCUGCUAAGUAGGGAGUUUUUUACUUAUAUCAUUUAUUUGAACCAACUAUUUUUAAUGGACGCGGGUGGCGCUGUGGGUUAAACCACAGAGCCUAGGAAUUGCAGAUCAGAAGGUCGGCGGUUCAAAUCCCCACGACGGGGUGAGCUCCUGUUGCUCAGUCCCUGCUCCUGCCAACCUAGCAGUUCGAAAGCGCAUCAAAGUGCAAGUAGAUAAAUAGGUACCGCUCCGGCGGGAAGGUAACCGGCGUUUCCGUGCGCUGCUCUGGUUCGCCAGAAGCGGCUUAGUCAUGCUGGCUGUAUGCCGGCUCCCUCGGCCAAUAAAGCGAGAUGAGUGCCACAACCCCAGAGUCGGUCGCAACUGGACCUAAUGGUCAGGGGUCCCUUUACCUUUACCUUUACCUAUUUUUAAUGCAGAUUUCUAAUCUGCUAUUAUGUCAGGGGCAGAGAACCUUUUUUGCCCUCCAGAGGCUGCUGAACUACAUCUCCCAUCAGCCCCCGCAAGCAUGGCCGAUAGUCAAGGCUGAUGGGAGCUGAAAGGCCAAAAGUUCCCUGCUCAGCCUGGUGUCCCAAGAUGUUCUUGGACUGCAUCUCUCAUCAUAACAACCAUUCCGUUCCGGAAGUCCGUUUGACUUGCAAAAUGUUUGGAAAGCAAGGCGCGGCUUCCGAUUGGCUGCAGGAGGUUCCUCCAGCCAAUCGGAAGCCGCAUUAGACAUUUGGGUUCCAAAGAACGUUCGCAAACCGGAACACUCACUUCUGGGUUUGCGGCGUUUGGGAGCCAAAACAUUCAAGUCGUAAGGCAUGUGGGAUCCAAGGUACAACUGUAGUUUUUGUUGGAGACAGAACAGCAAACUAGGAAGUACCAUGGAGUUAACACAGCAGCUUUAAGUUAUUCAAUUUUGAUGUCUUCUUCUGACCUUGACUUUUGUAUAAAUGUCAUCCUUUUCUUAAAGGGUAUGUUUUAACCACUUGAUCACUUUUGUCUCUUUCAGGGUGAAUCUGGCAAACCUGGCAAAUCGGGAGAGCGUGGGCCACCUGGCCCUCAGGUAUGGCUUUGUCCAGCAUAUCUCAGAUAUCUGUGCACAUACAACCGGAUAAAGAAAUGCAGCAGAAUGCACUUUUAUUCUGAGAGUACAUUUAGUUGACAUAAACAGUCACAGUUUUGGAGGAAAUAUUCUGUGGUUUUGGAUGAAGGGAUCUCCUUACUCUUCCUGACGAUGAGCUUAGAAUUUCAGGAUUCUCCUCCGCCUUGAUUAAAAAUAAAAAUAGUAUGAUGGAUUUCUGGCUUAGGCUACUGGAUAAAUGUGGGAGUCUCUGCUGAAUUUGACUUUGAAACCACCCUGGCUCUCAGGUUGUUUAGAGAGCCAGAGAAUAACUCACUCCUGUAGCUCCUUGCCACAUGCUGGUGACCAAGACUUUUAUUGCAUUUAGAAACGGAUUGCAAACAAAAUUAUCAGUGUUGAGCAACAUUAAGACCCACAAGACCAAAUUCUGUAUCUCAUUAAAAACUAAAUUCUCCAAUCUGUCUACGUUAUUCAAAUUAAAUAAAUCAAUGUUUAUUUUACGUUUUUAUGAAUUUUAUUCUGCUUCUGCUAGCCAUUGAAACUCUGCUCCCUGAUCCCUAGAAAAUUCUCCCCUGCCAUCAUUGCCUGAGCACUUUGAAGCCCAACUCUGUAGCCAUAAGAAACAUGUUUUAAAAGAAACAUUGGUCUGCAUAUGGUUAUUCUGCUCUGCAUACCGAGACUUGCGUAAAGGGUUAAUCACCCCACUGUUAUUAUCUCACCUGGGGUAUUAAGUACCGUAUUUUUCGCUCUAUAAGACACACCAGACCACAAGACGCACCUAGUUUUUGGAGGAGGAAAAUAAGAAAAAAAUAUUCUGAAUCUCAGAUGCCAGAACAGCAAGAGGGAUCGCUGCGCAGUGAAAGCAGCAAUCCCUCUUGCUGUUCUGGCUUCUGUGAUAGCUGGGCAGCCUGCAUUCGCUCCAUAAGACACACACACACACACACACACAUUUCCCCUUACUUUUUAGAAGGGAAAAAUGAGUCUUAUAGAGCAAAAAAUACGGUAACUUUUCUCCUGGAGGAACAAGAUAAGCUGGUGACAGCAAAGGCUGCAAUUUUUUUAGCUACUACCAUUAAAAUAAGGCCCACAGUUUUGUUCUCUGAGGUUUAAAUUGUAUACUUUUUAACAUUUUUGUUUUGUUUGGCAAUUUUAUCUGAUCUGUUCUAUGCCAUAUAUAUUUGGACUUUUGUAUACAAAUUGCAACAGCAAAUAUCUAUAUAUCUUCGAAGCCUAUGUUUGCAGCCGUAGGAAGCUUGGUUUAAAACAAAAUUCUAAAUUCUGUGGCUAGUGUGGAAUUGCACAAACCUAUCUGCAGAUGGUAUUAAUUUGAGACUGGGCUGUGUGUGGAGAAAAGGUUAGGGCAUGCUUGAAACUUGGCAGUCAGUACAGGUGUCAUGAAUUGGCAUUAUGAUGUCAGCAAUUUUGCUUGCCUUCCCAUUUAAGAGGGUCACUGAAUCAAAGCCUGCUGAAAAGUGGGAGUAACUGAUGGGGAACAGAGAGCUUUACAUUCUGAGUAUAGAUAGAGAUGGAAUAAAGGGCUAAAGAAGCCACAGCUUAACAUGAACUAGUUGGUUUUGCUUCCUGUUUCCAUACUCUAGUGCAGACUUAUCAAUGUAUGCCUUUUGGAUAGGUCUUCCUUCAAUGUAAAUGGCUGAUAGGCCAGAAACUUGGCCCUUUAGCUUCUGCAGUGAGCUGUUCAGUAUUCCAGCUUUUGUGCAGUUAUCAGCAUCUGUUUGAGAAACUUUAUUUAUUUACCUGAAUUGAUCUCUCGUUGACUCCUAGGGUGCUCGAGGUUUCCCUGGGACCCCAGGUCUUCCCGGCGUAAAAGGUCACAGAGUAAGUAUGCAAGCAUUAAAUAGGUUGGAUUUUUAGUAAAAGUCUCUGCCAAGGAUAUGCAAUGAAACUUCUUCAUGAUUUCCUCUCUCUUUCUAGGGUUAUCCUGGAUUAGAUGGUUCCAAGGGAGAAGCUGGCGCUGCAGGUGCUAAGGUAAGGGACAUUAGAUUUUAGUAGCCAUGGGCACCUAUGGCUUUCCCAUGCCUUCCACCCCAACCAAUGAAUACCGUUUUAGUUCUUCUAAAUAUUGUCAAGGUCCCUUUGCAACCUCAAGUAACUUCCAGUCAACGCCCCCUUACCAAGUUUCAGACUGUAGGCACUUCCAGGCUAUCACUAUUUUCAGGUGAGAUUCAAUCACAUCUUUGCAAAUUCAAGGUGUGCAGUUGAAGCUGACUGAGAGCUUAUAUUCCUUUAAAACAGAAGUCCUGCACAUCAAAACCAAUGUAAAUUUGCUUGCCAGGGUGAAAUGAACAGUUCUUAAGUGAAUUUACAGUGUACAGUUUUAAAAUUUCCCUGUAGACUUUUCAAAGUAAAGUACACUGUAUCCCCCCCCCAAAAGAAAUCAUGACAGAUAGACCAAUUGAUCUAGAUGUGUCAGGAAAAGAAAACGCUUUGUGUUAAAAAUCCGUUCUCCAGGGAUAAAACGGUGCAAUCCAAAGAGAGCAGGAUUUUCAAAGCAGGGAGCUGUUUUGGUUUUCAGCAGCACCCAAGAAAGCGGAUGCUGAAAAUGACCAUGUUUUCUUAGCACCCAAGUGCAUAAUUAGCAGAUUGCUGUUUUCCUGUAGUAAUUAAGCACGCAGUAUUUAACAGCAAUGAACAGCCGUAGUCUGUCACUACCCUUGUCUCCGCCAACUGGUAUCUCUUUUGCUAACUGCUGUUGUGGCAUCAUGGAUGCCCACUGCACAUGAUAUCUCUAAGCUUCCUAGUCUACCUGCGCCCCCUGCGCCACCCCCCCCAUGUCUAGGAGCCUAAGACAAGAAGGAGUGGGAGAAGCUAUAUGAGGAUUCCUAACUGUAACUUAGGACCUUUCCACUUUUUAUAGUAGAUGCUCAUUUCAUUGCAUGGCAUCUAGAGGUCUUCCCUUUCUGCAGCCAGCAAGUAUCACAAGAACUUGGAGGACUUUGCACUCGGCUUUGUAUGGGUGCUGAAACUGAGUAGGCUCCUUACAGUUGUGCAGCCUCCUCUUUGGCAGCAAUAGUUCAUCCCACUCUAUUCCACCUCUGCCUUUCUGCCAUAAAUGGGGUUGCCAGUUGAGAUGCAUCUGCAGGAAACUGUUUGCCAUUGAUACAGUUGUACGGUGGUACCUUGGUUCUCGAACCGCUUAGUUGCUGAACAAAUCGGCUCCCGAACGCCGCAAACCCGGAAGUGAGUGUUCCAGUUUGUGAACGUUUUUCGGAAGCCAAACAUCCAACGCGGCUCCUGUGGCUUCCGCUUGGGUGCAGGAAGCUCCUGCGGCCAAUCGGAAGCUGUGCCUUGGUUUUCGAAAAGUUUUGAGAGUCCAGAAUGUAUUAAGUUUGAGAACCAAGGUACCACUGUAUGUGCUAGUGGAGUGCCCUCUAGUGUUUAACGAAGUGGAAUGGCAAUGAGAAUUGUUUCCACAGCAUCCAGGGCACUUCCAGACCAUCACUCUUUUCAAACGCAGACCAGCAAAUUCAGGUUGCCAACAAACCACGACGAAUGCUCAUUAAAUAACCUGUGUUGUCAUCACAAACAAAUCAGAAUAAAGAGGUCAUUUGGAAGCUCCUUCAGAGUCUCAUCUCCCACCCCUGAUCCACACAGGUGUGGAGUUUGGUAGCAAAGACAAGUUUUGCUUCCAUAAUUACCAUGGUCUCUCUUACUCUAGGGUGAAGCUGGCGCUGCUGGAGAAGCUGGGUCACCUGGUCCGAUGGUGAGUAUCCACUGCUCAACUUAUUUUUAAUCAGUAAUAACAGCACUCUUAGCCCUGCAGGGUGGGCAUUGCCUAUUUGUAUUUGAAUUAUUAUUAUUAUUAUUAUUAUUAUUAUUAUUAUUAUUAUAAUUUAUACCCCGCCCACCUGGCUGGGUUUCCCCAGCCACUCUGGGUGGCUCCCAACAGAAUAUUAUUAAUAAUAAAGCGACAACAUCAAACAUUAAAAACUUCCCUAAACAGGGCUGCCUUUAGAUGUCUUCUAAAAGUCAGAUAGUUGUUUAUUUCCUUGACAUCUGAUGGGAGGGCGUUCCACAGGGCAGGCGCCACUACCAAGAAGGCCCUCUGCCUGAUUCCCUGUAACUUGGCUUCUCGCAAUGAGGGAACCACCAGAAGGCCCUUGGGGCUGGACCUUGGGGCUGAAUGAUGGGGGUGGAGAAGCUUCUUCAGGUAUACUGGGCCGAAGCCGUUUAGGGCUUUAAAGGUCAGCACCAACACUUUGAAUUGUGCUUGGAAAUAGUCCUGAGAGUUUGUGCAACUUAAAUGUACAUAUUCAAGACCUCCCUGGAAUUCGCGGUGAAUUGUGCCAGCUUCACAUGUGACUCCACAGUCAGUCAGCGGGAAGGUAAAUGGCGUUUCCUUGCGCUGCUCUGGUUUCACCAGAAGUGGCUUAGUCAUGCUGGCCACAUGACCCAGAAAAACUGUCUGCGGACAAGCGCCGGCUCCCUCAGCCUAUAGAGCGAGAUGAGCACGCAACCACAGAGUCAUUCGCGACUGGACUUAACUGUCAGGGGUCCUUUACCUUUACCUUUUACCACUAGACCCUACUGCAACCCUUUUAACUGUUACACCACACUGUCGUGCUGAUGAGCAUUUCACUAGCCAUAAUGUUGAAAAGUAGGUGUGGGUUAAACCACAGAGCCUAGGACUUGCCGAUCAGAAGGUUGGCGGUUCGAAUCCCCGCAAUGAGGUGAGCUCCCAUUGCUCGGUCCUUACUCCUGCCAACCUAGCAGUUCGGAAGCACGUCAAAGUGCAAGUAGAUAAAUAGGUACCGCUCUGGCGGGAAGGUAAACGGUGUUUCUGUGCGCUGCUCUGGUUCGCCAGAAGCGGCUUAGUCAUGCUGGCCACAUGACCCGGAAGCUGUAUGCCGGCUCCCUGGGCCAAUAAAGCGAGAUGAGCACCACAACCCCAGAGUCGGGCACGACUGGACCUAAUGGUCAGGGGUCCCUUUACCUUUACCUUAGGUUCCUUCGCACUCAGAAGUCUGCAGUCUGGAAAAUUAGGAUGUGAUGAUGAUGCCCUUCUCACAUUUGUUAUUGUUAUUUCCCAGGGUCCCCGGGGUCUUCCAGGCGAGAGAGGACGUCCUGGCCCAUCCGGUGCUGCGGUGAGUAUCAGCAUUCACUUGAACGCUGCAAGUCCUGUAUCUUGGAAAUGUUGCUAGUGCAGGAAAAAUGUACACACCCGUGACUUCAGUGGAAAACCUCCUGCCCCUUGCGACCUCCCCCUACCCCAUUUGUCAUGGCCUACCACGUAAUGAUGGCAUGAGAUUUCUUUGCCCUUUUCUGUAUACAGUGGUGCCCCGCAAGACGAAUGCCUCGCAAGACGGAAAACCCGCUAGACGAAAGGGUUUUCCGUUUUGGAGGUGCUUCGCAAAACGAAUUUCCUAUGUGCUUGCUUCGCAAGACGAAAAUGUCUUGCGAGUUCCUGCGGGGUUUUUCCUUCCCCCCUUUUCCCAAGCCGCUAAACUGCUUAUCAGCUGAUGGCUAAGCCGCUUAUCAGCUGAUCUUUAAGCCGCUUAACAGCUGAUGCUAAGCCGCUUAUCAGCUGAUCUUUAAGCCGCUUAACAGCUGAUGCUAAGCUGCUUAUCAGCUGAUCGUUAAGCCGCUUAUCAGCUGAUCGUUAAGCCGCUUAUCAGCUGAUCUUUAAGCCGGCUAAGCCGCUAAUACUGUAGCGCUAAGCCGCUAAACCUCUAAUGGGUUUGCUUCGCAAGACGAAAAAACCCGCAAGAUGAAGAGACUCGCGGAACGGAUUCUUUUCGUCUUGCGAGGCACCACUGUACUUGCUGUGGCUUUUGGUUGUUGAACAUCUGGAGGCAGAGGUAGCUGGUGCCUAUUGGGCCUGGUAGGGCAGAAGGCAAGGAGGCCAACAGUAGGAGGCGCUAUAGCCAGCGGCAGGCAGAGUCAGUUAGCUGUAGUUUCCUCCCCAUCCACCUCCCAGCUGAGUUCUGCUACAGCAGCUCUAAGGAGGAGGAAACAGAAAGCCAGGGCCAAGGUUGGUGGGGCAGUGCCCCAUUUGCCCUAAUGGACUAGUCUCCAAUGCCUGGAGGGCAUGAGUUGGCAAAGGCUGUUUAAGUUGCUGUGCCCUAAGAUGCAUGGUAAUGGUCUUUUGCCCGCCAGCCAGCUGAUUUUUACUGCAGUGGGCAUCUCACGAAAGAUGGCAGUGGGCAUCUCCCUAAAGGACAUGGCAUGCUUUAUUAUGUCGACCGUGGAGGAGAGAAGCAGAAAGCAGCCUCUGAUUAGUAGCACCGAAUGGGGGCUAAUGUCUAGUUUGAAUCCAGCUUGCUGCGGGGGGGGGGGGGGGACCCAACUUUUGUUUUGUUAAGUGCAGAAUUUCUUCUACACAAAUGGCUGUGAACAUGCUGGUGGGGAUCUAGCAUGGGAAUUCAGGGGCUUUAACCCUUUGCCCCCUGCUGGGGUCCCAAUCCGGAAUGUCCCCAUCCACAUAGCUGCUGUUUGCUUUGCAGAGAAACUUGCAUUUGCUUAAAUGGGAUCUUUUUUCCUAUGCAAAUAGAGGCAGCGGUGGGGAACUGUGGCCCUUGGACUACAACUCCCAUCAUCCCUGACCCUCGACCUUGCUAGCUGGGGCUGAUGGGAGCCAGAGUCCAACAACAUUUGAAGGUUCACAGGUUCCCCAUUCAUGCUGUAAAGUUGUAGGAAAGUGCUAAUGCUUUUCAAAGGGUAGGAAGUAAACUGGAGUUGCCAUCUAGGGGUUGGUCCAGAAGCUGCAGCUGAUUCAGAAACCUGAGACCGGGUUAUUGAUUGGAGCACCUGGGUGCACACAUAUUACACCUGUGCUGAGGUGCAACUUUUUGUAUGCCUUGGACACCGGUCAGCUAUUGGGCCACGUUCAUCAUACUGUUGUUAACUUAGUCCUGAGUUAUUCAGAACUUUAUAUGUUAAGUCAAAGACUGUCAGACCACUUAGAUCAGUGAUGGCCAAACUUGGCCCUCCAGCUGUUUGGGGACUACCAUUCCCAUCAUCCCUGACCACUGGUCCUGUUAGCUAGGGAUGAUGGGAGUUGUAGUCCCAAAACAGUUGGAGGGCCAAGUUUGGCCAUCAUUGACUUAGAUCAUCUGGAAAAAUUCUACACUCUACAGAAUAUCAUAGGAAAUCAGACUGAAAAGCAGGUAUUUUCUGCUGUUACCCCUGUACUGUGGAAUGCCCUUCUCUCUGCCAUACGUGAAGCAGCAGACACCAGUGGCUUCAGAUGUCUUGUGUCAAUUUAUUUUUUCCCUGAGUCAUAAGACCGGACCCUGUUUUACAUAUCCAAGCCUUCUGAAUUUCUAUUUUAUUCAUUGCCAUGAGCUUUUAUGUUUUUUUAUAUUGCUGUUUGACUGGUUUUAGGUUGCAUUUUUGUUUUACUGGUAUAUAGCUUGUUUUUUUACAUGCUACACCAUUUAGAGAUUUUUGGACUAUUAAGCAGUAUAUAAAUGCUUUAAAAUAAAUAACACUAAACCUUGUAACCUGGGCAUCAGGUGGAGCGGAUAGUGUGGCAGGGAGCCUCCACUCAUAGAAUUGUAGAGUUGGAAGGGACCACGAGGGCCAUCUAGUCCAACCCCCUGCAAUGCAGGAAUCUUUUUGCCCAACAUGGGGCUCGAACCCACAACCCCAGGAUUAAGAAUCUCAUUCUCUACCAACUGAGCUAUGUCCCGCUCACUUGACCUCUGGUUGGUGAUGUUGCUGCUGCUUACUUUGGGAGUGGGGAGAGGGUGAUGGAUGAGGUGGUGGUGGUGAGAUCAGCGCAGUGCAAGUGCACCGGCAGAGCCCAUCUGGUGCUCCUAUUGGUGAGCUUCCGUCGUGCUGACCUCGCUGCUACCUCGCCCCUCGCUCUCCAGCUCCGGAUAAGCAGUAAUAACAUGACGGACUGGAGGUCAGAUGAGUGGCUAAGGCAGGAGCCGAAACAGCUCCUCCUGCCCAUAUGUUGCAUGAUUCUGUCACCCAGACAGUUCCUCAAAUCUGUAGGUGUGCCAUAUGCACAAUGCCAUACAGUGCCAGGAAGUGGAAGAGGAAGCAGAAGGAACUGUGGCUGCCUCUUCUCCCACUUGCUUCCACUGUAAAUCUAAAGUUCAGCAUCAGGUAUAAGAGAGGUCACAACCCUAGAGGCCAUGUUUAGACCAGAGUUUCCCAAACUUGGGUCUCUGGCUGUUGUUGGACUACAACUCCUAUCAUCCCUGAGCACUGGUCCUGCUAGCUAGAGGUGAUAGGAGUUGUAGUCCAACAACAGCUGGAGAUCCAAGCUUGGGAAACUCUGGUUUAGAUGCUCAGAUUCAAAAUUCAGGGGGUUUGGCUAAACUGGAAAGAUUAGUGUAUUGAUUGGAUCAUGGGGGGAAAUGUGGAUGCUGAGAAAUAUCACACCGGUAGUGUUUGGUGCUGCUCACCUGACCUCCCUCCAGCUGAGUCGCUACUACAUACAGUGGUACCUCAGGUUACAUACGCUUCAGGUUACAGACUCCGCUAACCCAGACAUAUUACAUCUGGUUAAGAACUUUGCGGCGGCAGCAGGAGGCCCCAUUAGCUAAAGUGGUGCUUCAGGUUAAGAACAGUUUCAGGUUAAGAACAGACCUCCAGAAUGAAUUAAGUACUUAACCCGAGGUACCACUGUACUGGGAUCAAGAGGAGCAAGAGGGUGGCGAGGUCAGUGCGGCGCAAACACUCCAAAGCCAAUCUUGCUGUCUUGCCAGCAUGUUAGCCCUGUACUGACCUUGCUGCUAUGUCCCCCUCUCCAUCCUGGUAUGCAGCAGCGACCCAGUUGGUGGGAGGUUAGGUGAGUAGCGCAGCCAUCCACUGCUGUGUCACACCCUCCUUAGCAAAACUAUGUGAACAUCCACAUGUUUGUUGAUUCACUUUGCUUUUGUCCUGCGCUUCAAGAAGCUCAGGGAGUUGUGUCCUACACGGCUUCCCUCUUUUUAUUCUCCCAGCUACUCCGCAUGAUAGAUCAGGCUGAGAGUUAAUUACUGAUCCUGUGUCAACCCAUAAGCUGUGCGGUUGCAUGGCUAUUUGAACCUGGGUCUUUUGUGAAGCAAAGCUAACAGGCAUGACUGUGCUCAGUUUACCAAACUAGCAAGCCAGAGACAUCGUGCCUGGGCCUAUUUCCAGCAUUCCAUUCUACAUCUCCAGAGAUUUCAGCCUUCACUUGAUACUGUAAUAAACCUAGCGUGAAAUUCCCUCUGGCUGUUUAUUGAACAAAUGUCAAAGCCCCCAUAGGGCUGGCUGUGAAGCUCAGCGGGAGCGUUUUAGCUCAAAGAUCCAGUCUUCAUAUUCCUUACAGAUUCAGAUAGUUGAGAGAAUUAAGGAGAUAAAGUAACGAAGACGGUUUAACAGCCUUGAAGUAACCAGGUUUAACUUAGCAACUCUAAACAUAUUCAGUGAGCACCCAUUAGAAGGAAUCGGCUCCCCUUUCUGCCUCAAAGUGUCAGCCAGACUCCAAUUAGUGGGGAAGAGGAAAACAAUUUAUCCAAUUACAAUUGCAGAGAGGAGGAGAGGAAGGAGAUGGCCUGUUGCCUGAGUGGAUGUCUGCUCCUGUUGUGUUGGGUCUCACAUAAAAAUGGCAUUAAUCCAGAGGAAUACACAUAGCCAACUUCCUAUAUGCAGUGAAGCUCUUCUCUCCCCCCCCCACUCCAAAUAGCAGCCUUGUGCACUGUUUGACAAGCUAUUUCUGUCUGUUUGUAACUUCAUUGGGGAGGGGGAGCGCAAAAGUGGUUCUUGAAACAGGCACAGCAGGGGCGGGAGUGAAAAGCUUCUGUGUGCAGACAAAAGUUAUCUUGAACAUCUGAGUAAGCAGUGUGAGUCACAGAUUUAAUUUCUAGCAAAGCUUUUCCAUAGGAAGAAUUAUGCCACAUUAACUAUCCCAUCAAAGGGACGCAGGUGGUGCUGUGGGUUAAACCACAGAGCCUAGGAUUGCCGAUCAGAAGGUUGGUGGUUCGAAUCCUCGCAAUGGGGUGAGCUCCCGUUGCUCGGUCCCUGCUCCUGCCAACCUAGCAGUUCAAAAGCACGUCAGAGUGCAAGUAGAUAAAUAGGUACCGCUCCGGCGGGAAGGUAAACAGCGUUUCCGUGCGCUGCUCUGGUUCGCCAGAAGCGGCUUAGUCAUGCUGGCCACAUGACCCGGAAGCUGUACGCCGGCUCCCUCGACCAAUAAAACGAGAUGAGCGCCGCAACCCCAGAGUCGGUCACGACUGGACCAAAUGGUCAGGGGUCCCUUUACCUUAACUAUCCCAUCAUGUUGUAUCUCAACCAAGAAGGCUCUGUCAUAGAAAAAAGACCUAAAACUUCAUCACAUGCACGCAGUUAUUUGUUUAUUACGUUUGUAUCCUGCCGUUCCCUGCAAGUGAGCGCAGGGUUGCAAAUGUCUGUCGGACAGUAAGAGCUGUUCGACAGUGGAAUUUGCUGCCAAGGAGUGUGGUGGAGUCUCCUUCUUUGGAGGUCUUUAAGCAGAGGCUUGACAACCAUAUGUCAGGAGUGCUCUGAUUGUGUUUCAUGCUUGGCAGGGGGUUGGGCUCGAUGGCCCUUGUGGUCUCUUCCAACUCUAUGAUUCUAUGAUUCUAUGAUUCUAUGAAUGUCAUGGCAGCAAACUCAUCCUCCAUUGCCCUCAUUGGUUCUCUGUCUUAUGAACAGGACAGGGGGUGGCAGGUAGGCUUGUCUUGCUAUCCUUCACCUCCUUCUCCACCUACUCUAGAUUGCUGGAACUUGACUUUGUUCUGCAUUAAACUAAGGGGCAGUGGGGGGAAAUGCAGCCGCAGACCAUGGAGGUGGGAAUAAACCCACCAGGUUGAUGCUUGCAAUGAAACACUGCAUAAAUUCCUGGUGAAUUGGGAAGGUAGUAACUUUAGCUGGAGGGAUGCGGGUGGCGCUGUUGGUUAAACCACAGAGCCUAGGAUUGCCGAUCAGAAGGUUGGCAAUUCGAAUCCCCGCAAUGGGGUGAGCUCCCAUUGCUCGGUACCUGCUCCUGCCAACCUAGCAGUUUGAAAGCACCUCAAAGUGCAAGUAGAUAAAUAGGUACCGCUCUGGCGGGAAGGUAAACGGCGUUUCCGUGUGCUGCUCUGGUUCGCCAGAAGCGACUUAGUCAUGCUGGCCACAUGACCCGGAAGCUGUACGCCGGCUCCCUCAGCCAAUAAAGUGAAAUGAGCGCUGCAACCCCAGAGUCGGUCACGACUGGACCUAAUGGUCAGGGGUCCCUUUACCUUUUUAUGCACAACGCAAAGCCUUUUCUGAUGCUCAUUCACCAGAGGUGACUGCAGGCACUAUUCUAAAAAAUGUGCUUAAUUGGCAUCUAUAAUUCUUUGCCGCACCUUUGAUGGUUAGUGGGGCCUGUACCCCUUUACUCUAUUAUUUUAUUUCUGGAUUUAUGUUUUGAUUUUUGUAUUUUGUCGCUUUGAUUUGCUUUCAGUUAUGUUUUUCCUGCAUUAUAAACACGUGUAAACUUGUGUUUGUUUAUAUGCAUGUUAACAGCAGAAAACAUUCUGUUCAAGCUCUAAUUGAAUCGUCAAAAAAUGUCCUUUUUAAAUUCCAUUGCCAUUUAACUCCUACAUAUUUCACCCCUUUAUGCUCAUGUUUGUGUAAACCUGCCACCUGAGGAUUCCAUUUCAUACAUCUGGAGUCCAGUCCACAAGGCUCUCUGCAUAAUACAUAUUAGUCCUUAAGGUGACCAAAGACUCUUGGUUGUUUUCACAGCAGCAGACUAGUUAGUGCAUUUAUGUCUCCUGAUACAGUCCUAUGCAGUGGCUUCUAUAUGUUCUACAAGAUAGAUUUACCCAGGGCUCCAAUUCCAUUUGGUGGCAUAAUUAGGAGCGCAGCUGCAAUGCUAUUUGAUAACACUUACUUUUCUGACUCAUGAUCUCUUUGUCCCCACAGGGUGCUCGUGGUAACGAUGGUCUCCCUGGUCCAGCUGGUCCACCCGUAAGUAAACUGCUUUUUGAAAGAUUAUAAAUUGCUUUUUAAAAGAUUAUAAAUUGCUUUUUAAAAGAUUGCUGAACAUGCAUUUAUUUUUAGGUUUUUUUCUGCUAAAAUAGAAACUUACGAAUUGGAUAUGUUAUUACUGAAAUACUAAAUAGUUCUAAAAUUAUUAUUUUUUAAAAAAGAAUUCCUGUUCUCCCCUAAAUUCUGUGUCUUUUUUGUAAAAAAAGACAUAGACUUUACAAAAAAAAAGUGGGGAGGCAAAAGACAGCUGGCAUGUAUAUGUUCUGCAAAAGACUUUCAGGCAUAAGGGGCCAUUACAUAACUUGUAUGGCUGUCAUGAAAGCUAUGGAGGCUACAUAAUUAAAAUAACUCUGUCCUCCUUUUCUCAAACUUAUUGAAACCCUUUUCUCUUUUUUUCAGGGACCUGUCGGCCCCGCUGGAGCUCCAGGUUUCCCAGGUGCACCGGGUGCAAAGGUAAGUAGCACUUCAAGGCCGAAUGAGUGUGUUUGCAGCCGCUGGCUUGUUAUGACACACACACACACAAAAUGAUUUUUCUAAGCAACUGUGAAAGGCUCUCCUCCCAGAGGCCACUGAGUAUUUUGCUCCUUUUAUCGCUUUGGAAAGAGGCCUGAAGCCUUUCGUCAGGUCUGCCUGCUUGCAAAGUAAGGAGAAGGUGGAAAGAUUGACAGCCCCCAAGAAAAAGCAGCCUGUGGAUACAUGUCUGUGAACAUCUGUGUGAGAGGAAAGGAGACUAGGAAAAGGAGUUUCAGAAGGUCUGGGAAAGGCCUGGAUAGAAAUCAACAUAUAGGCAAUUGUGAAGGAAAAUGAAAGCUGAGUAUGUGGAGAGAAGCACAAGUUAUAGGAGUAAUGUUGCAGAAAGUGUAAUCCUAAAACAACACUCCUGUUUGCACUCGUCUUGUUAAAUCUUGACAGAUUAACUGCCUGUAGAUCCCUUUGAAAAAUGGCAUGUGUGAAUUGUUCUUUGAAUGCAUUGCUUCGACAGAAAACCGAAUUACACUGAAGCAGUUUAGGCUUCUAAUCCAUCAUUCCCUGGAGAUUUACCUACUUUUUUGUGAACCAUUAUUUAGCGCUGUGAAAAUAGGGAAAACCCAGUGACCCCAAAACAAACCCAUUGCAAGGAAAUCACACAGGGUAUAUGUGCAUCAUGCCCAGAGGGCUGUGUAAUUUCCAAGGCUGUCAGAAAUACCAUUCUGCUAUUAGUGAAACCAUUUGAGAUGGGGGCUAGUGUAAAGUUUGUUAAUUCCCUGGAGGCAAAAUGCUUGUAUAUUGCUUUAAACUAGGAGCAGGGGUGCCAUUUCAGAGUACUUUAGGAGCAAGAAGAGCUUUGGGUUGGAGGGGAGCAAUAUUCUCAGCACAGCUUAAAGGCUCAGGUAUAUUAAUGAUGAAAAGCACAACCAUAUGCAACCAUAUGCAUAUCUACACUGAGUUCAGUGGGACAAACUCAGGUGUAUAUGUGUAGGUUUGCAACCUAAACUGAUGUGUUAAGAGAGCGUAGGUCCAAAAGUCACUUCUUCUUGCAAAGGGAUUUCUGUUGUUCCUCUGCUUUCCUUACACAGGACUGUAUUUACUACAGAGUAGUCAAUAGUAGUCAAUAUGUAUCAGGGACACGGGUGGUGCAGUGGUCUAAACCACUGAGCCUAGGGCUUGCCGAUCAGAAGGUCGGCGGUUCGAAUCCCCGUGACGGGGUGAGCUCCCAGCUCCUGCCAACCUAGCACUUCGAAAGCACGCCAAAGUGCAAGUAGAUAAAUAGGUACUGCUCCAGCGGGAAGGUAAACGGUGUUUCCGUGUGCUGCUCUCGUUCGCCAGAAGCAGCUUAGUCAUGCUGGCCACAUGACCCGGAAAAACUGUCUGCUGACAAAUGUCAGCUCCCUCGGCCAGUAAAGCGAGAUGAGCGCCACAACCCUAGUCGUCCGCGACUGGACUUAAUGGUCAGGGGUCCCUUUACCUUUACCUUAGUCAAUAUGUGGAACUAGUAAGCUUCCAUAAUAAGUCACAUGUGGUCUGAAAAACAUGUUGAGAAGUCCCCCCCGGCCUCUCUUGCCCAUGAUUGACUUUGAUUUGAGGACAUACAAGGAAUAUAUCUGGUCUUGGAUGUUAUCAAAGAAACGUUGGCAACUGAAUGCCUCGUCACUCCCACAUUCAGCUGGCGGUGUUUAUUGUAUGAUUUGUUCUUAUUCUUCUUUCUGUGGGUUUUUUUUUGCCUGUGCACGCUCCCCUUCAAAUGUUACAAGAAGCCACACUGCCUGAUUUAAGUAAUGAGUGCACCUAGCACAGGGUUCAGCAACCUUUUUCAGCUGUGGACCGGUCCACCAUUCCUCAGACCAUGUGGUGGGCCGGACUAUAUUUUUGGGGGGAAGUGAACGAAUUCCUAUGCCCCACAAAUAACCCAGAGAUGCAUUUUAAAUAAAAGGACACAUUCUACUCAUGUAAAAACACGCUGAUUCCCGGACCGUCCACGGGCCAGAUUUAGAAGGCAAUUGGGCCGCAUCUGGCCCCCGGGCCUUAGUUUGCCUACCGUUGGCCUAGCACCUAGCAGUGCUUGUUUUGAUGAUGUUUGAAGCCCUUCUUGGUUAAAAUGCCACCUGGGCAAGAGAUAUCGUGGCAGUCAAAUUCCGAUUGCAUUUUGCCAUGGUCGUGAAAGGAGCUCAGGUUUUGUCCAAAGGGUCAAGUCAAGCGGGGGGGGGGGGCUGCUGUGUUUCUCCUCUGUCUGUGGCAUGAGUGGUAUGCGCUUCACAAUCUCCAGACAGCAUAUCGGGUUUCCUUAAUGGUGGGGCCUUUUAGGGUAAGGUGGACAAGAGGGAGAUGGGAGAGAGAGUCCUUUGGGAAUUCCCAUUACUACUGGUGAGAAUGGGUUUGGGUUGCUAAUCUCCCUGAGGACUGGUUUCUAUGGUAACCAGACAGUGAAGAGGCAGUAGGGGAGAGGGAGAAUGAGGCCAUUUGUGGGAUAUCUGACAGCGGGCCUUCAAUCAUAAUCAGCGUCCUCAUUAUAAAAAGAUGAUGUGGGGAGCCUUCUGAAGAGGAGGGUCGCGCAUUAGUAAGAUGCGCAAAGCAAGAGAAAGAGCAGAGCACAAGUGUUCCACAAGGAAUAGCUAUUUUCACAGAGGGUGCUUCUGAGAGCACCUAAGGCAGGAAUCAAUACUGAACAAAAUAAAAAUAAAUAGAGUGAAAAGUAAAGGAAGGAGCUGUCCAUCUUCUGUACAGUUCAGUGAACUCUUCAUCCUCGUAACAAUAGCAAGAGAUAGCAUGUAGUGGUGGCCACUUAAAACCGGCUCCCCAUAAUAAUAAUAAUGAUGAUGAUGAUAAUAAUAAUAAUAAUAAUUUAUUAUUUAUACCCCGCCCAUCUGGCUGGGUUUCCCCAGCCACUCUGGGCGGCUUCCAACAGAACACUAAAAUACAGUAACCUAUUAAACAUUAAUAGCUUCCCUAAACAGGUCUGCCUUCAGAUGUCUUCUAAAAGUUUGGUAGUUAUUUUUCUCUUUGACAUCUGGUGGGAGGUCAUACUCUGGUUUCUCUUCAGAUCGUAUAAAUCUUUCGACAUCUGGUGGGAGGUCGUUCCACAGGGCGGGUGCCACUACCGAGAAGGCCCUCUGCCUGGUUCCCUGUAACUUGGCUUCUCGUAGCGAGGGAACCGCCAGAAGGCCCUCGGAGCUGGACCUCAGUGUCCGGGCAGAACGAUGAAGGUGGAGACACUCCUUCAGGUAUACUGGACCGAGGCCGUUUAAGGCUUUAAAGGCCAGCACCAACACUUUGAAUUGUGCUCGGAAACGUACUGAGAGCCAGUGUAGGUCUUUCAAGACCGGUGUUAUAUGGUCUCGGCGGCCGCUCCCAGUCACCAAUCUAGCUGCCGCAUUCUGGAUUAGUUGUAGUUUCCGGGUCACCUUCAAAGGUAGCCCCACGUAGAGCACAUUGCAGUAGUCCAAGCGGGAGAUAACUAGAGCAUGCACCACUCCCCAUUAAUAUGGAGUCCCAAUGGUGUAAAAUCUAGAAAUGCAGAAAGGUGGAAAAGAAAGUGUCAGGCCCCAAGGACACAUAGCUCAAAGACUGAGAGCGUUAGGCAGGCUUCUUGGACAAUAGAAAUCAGGAUCUGAUUUCUUUCCGCAGGGCCUGUAGGACAGAGUUGUUCUGCCUGGCCUUUGGCUUGGAGCCAAUUUGAUUCCCUCCCUCUCUUUCUUUUUUCUUUUCCUUCUCCCUCUGCGAUGAGGCUACAUUUUAAUAUUUUAAUGUUUCAAUAUUUUAAUGUUGUAUUUUUUAAUUUUGUUUUUAAGUUGUAAUCUUUUAACUUGUUUUUAUUAUUGCUUGUAAGCCGCUCUGAGCCCGGCCUUGGCUGGGGAAGGCGGGGUAUAAAUAAAAAUUAUUAUUAUUAUUUAUUAUUAUUAAUAGCCCAGCAUUUGACGGUCACCAUAAGUUAUGAAGCAUCCGGGUCUACUUGUGGCAUCCUAGUGGAUGCUUUGUCAUGUUUCCCUUUGACCUCUUAAUGUUCCUUCUCAUAUUUGUGCAGGGUGAAGCUGGCCCCACUGGCGCUCGUGGCCCUGAGGGCGCCCAAGGCUCUCGUGGUGAAUCUGGAACCCCCGGCUCCCCUGGACCAGCGGGAGCUCCUGUAAGUACCUGUUUCUUCCGGCGAGAACCAGAAUUUCCAGGGGGGCAUGGAGAUGGUUUAGCUCUAUUAGGGCAUCAUUAAAAGAUUACCACAUCCUUUCCUUCUGAGGCCCCCUAACUCAAAGGUGGCUAACCUUUCUCAAGCUGAGGGCCAUAUUGAAGUUGUGGGUCAAACUCAAGCUGAGGGCCCUUCAGAAGUUGUGGGUCAAACUGGGCAUGGCCAAAGUGUAAAACAUGGCUGUGACCAAAAGCAUUACCGUGGUACCUCUAGUUGUGAACGGGAUCCGUUCCAGAGGCCCGUUCGCAACCUGAAAAGAACGGAACCCGUGUCUGUGUGUCUGCGCACGCUCUGGUCGAGAUUCGCCGCUUCUGUGCAUGCGUGUGAUGUCAUUUUGCGCAUCUGCGUGAGUGGCGAAACCUGGAAGUAACCCGUUCUGUUACUUCCGGGUCGCCGCAAGACGCAACCUGAAAACGUGCAACCUGAAGCAAACAUAACAUGAGGUAUGACUGUAAUUUUGUUUUCAGAAACAAAUUUGGGUGCCCUGGGGGCAUGCCAUAACAACAUUUUCACAUCACAGAACCACAGCAGGGGAGCAGGGGGGAUGCCCAGUUUAAAAUGUUAUGAUUUUAAAAGAAGUAUUACUGUUAUUUUUAUAAAUGGCAGAGGGGAGGUAGCACACGAAACCUUUCAACUGAAGGUCUGUGCUGUCAACGAACAGCAUGGUGGUGCUUUGAAGCCCAGACUGUCAGCUGGUUGUCACUUCAAAGUGCCAUGCAUACCACAUGUUGUGCAAAUGGGUCACCUGAUGUCAUUAGGUGACCGACAGCUGGGCUGGCCAGAUCCAGUUAUUCAUGCUGCACUACAGUGUCCCAGUGGGAGACUAUGGGAGCAGUCAGUAAUUUAGAGAGAGAGAGAAGAGUUGAAAUAUGGAAAUCUUUUAGAGGACCAUUGAGCCACAAAAAACAAAACAAAAACCUGUUGGCAUCACAUUGUGGGAUCCAUUGGUCCACUCAAAAAUAAUUGUUGCUUUUAAAUGACAAAACCACAUUGUUUCAAUGGUGUAUGGACUAAUUUGACUUGGAAAAACGUGCCUAGCCAUUUGGUUGGGGCACUGUUCUGUGGAGUAUAUAGAAUAAUGGUAAUCCAGCUCUAUGAUCAUAGAAUUGUAGAGUUGAAAGGGACCCUAAGAGGCAUCUAAUCCAGUCCUCUUCAGUGCCGUGAUUGGAUUUUUCUUUGUGACUGGCUUGGUUGACACAUUCCACUUAGCAAGUGGAGAAAGGCACCUGCUGGAUAGUCUUACCUCACCUGAAUAAAAGUGUUAUCCAAGUACUUCUGCCGGGACGUGGGUGGCUCUGUGGUCUAAACCACUGAGCCUAUUGGGCUUGCCAAUCAGAAGGUCGGCGGUUUGAAUCCCCGCGACGGGAUGAUUGCCCACAGCUCGGUCCCUGCUCCUGCUAACCUAGCAGGUCGAAAGCAUGAAGUACAAGUAGAUAAAUAGGUACCACUGCGGCGGGAAGGUAAACAGUGUUUCCAUGCGCUCUGGCUUCCGUCACGGUGUCCCAUUAUGCCAGAAGCAGUUUAGCCAUGCUGGCCACAUGAGCCGGAAAGCUGUCUGUGGACAAAUGCCGGCCUGAAAGCGAGAUGAGCGCUGCAACUCCAUAGUCAUUUUUGACUGGACUUAACUGUCCAGAGGUCCUUUACCUUACGUUUAGCAAGUACUUCUAGCUAUGGUGUGAGGGCAAAAUUAUCCUUGAGGGAGAAAUCAUCCUUAACUGACAAACCAUUUCUAAUCAGGUAUAGGGUUCAACUUGAUUAUUCUGUGGUUAUUUACUCUUUUUCUUCCCCAAGUAGAUAUAUGCAAAAAUAUUCCCUGAUUUCCCAGCUGCUUGUGUUUUAACCAGCAAUGGGAAGUGAACUAGGUGUAAAUACAGGAACCACCAACAGAUGGCAGCGCCAAGUCAGGAUUUGCACAGCCUUUCUCUCCAUGAGUACUAGUUGCUUAUAUUUCAUAGAAUGAUAGAGUUGAAAGAGUCCCAAAGGAUUCUCUCUAGUUCAACCCCUAUGUGGGCCACCAGCCAAAAUCGGACGCAAAAAUAAAGGACCUGGGAAGCCAUAUGCUCAACCAUAUGUGAAGGUUCACUAACACACGUUCCAUGCCCACCUGUUAAAAUGUGGGUACAAAAAGCCCAUCUACUCACACAUGCACAUAGUUAACUACAGCUGGCCACUUUUUACAUGCCUUUUGAUAAUGGGGCAAUCAACAUAUUAUGGAUGGUAAUACUAUAUUAAGGAAAGGCAGCACAGGAAGCAAGAUGCCCCUUUUUUACAACUGGGAAAUUCUAGACAAUUAGUAGGUUGUAACAGCCAAAGUGGGACGCGGGUGGCACUGUGGGUUAAACCACAGGGCCUAGGAGUUGCCGAUCAGAAGGUCGGCGGUUCAAAUCCCCACGACGGGGUGAGCUCCCGUUGCUCGGUCCCGGCUCCUGCCAACCUAGCAGUUUGAAAGCACGUCAAAGUGCAAGUAGAUAAAUAGGUACCGCUCCGGCGGGAAGGUAAACGACGUUUCCGUGCGCUGCUCUGGUUCACCAGAAGUGGCUUAGUCAUGCUGGCCACAUGACCCGGAAGCUGUACGCCGGCUCCCUCGGCCAAUAAAGCGAGAUGAGCACCGCAACCCCAGAGUCGGUCACGACUGGACCAAAUGGUCAGGGGUCCCUUUACCUUUAACAGCCAAAGUCACAUUUUGUCUGGGCCAUAUUCUGCUGGGUAUUUGGCAUGGUUAUUAAUCUUGACCUUGCCUAUAUUUGGUGUGAUGACCCUGAGGAAUCUGCCAUUUGAGCCCUUGUGCAUGGACACAAACUUAACUCAACACCAUACCCAAUGGAUUGAAAGACAGUGUGCUGGUGAUUGGCAAAAAGGAGUCUUUUGGUGCCUUAACAACUAACCGAUGUUAUUAUGGCAUAAAUUAUCAUAGUUCUUGUUUCUUUCAUCAGAUGCAUUAAAUAGAAUCUUCGGUUGCAGGUUUGCACUUCAUGCAUCUCAUGAAGCGGACUCUAAUUCACGAAAGCAUAAUUAAAUUUGCUGGCUCUUUAUGGCGCUACAGGGCUCUUUGCUGAUUUGGCUGCUACAACCUUAGAAUAGUAUAAUUGUAGAGUUGGAAGAAACCAUAAGGGUAAUCUCAUCCAACCCCUUGCGGUGCACGGAUCUUUUGCCCAAAGUGGGGCUCAAACCCACAACUCUGAGUCUCAGGUUCUACCUUGACAUGUUCUUCCCCCUGGUAAUCAGUGUUUUCCACCUGCUAGGAUAGGUAAAUAAUAAGUGAGCUGUGCAUCAUGUGAAGCAGGUGUCUCUCUUUUUCCUACCCACCUGGUUAAACUGCAGUUGUAAACUUAAUGAUUGGCAAUUUGCUAGCCUGUAGUGCUAAAAGCGUUGCAUAAGGGGGCCUGUCUUGUUCUACUUGCUAGGAGGGAAUCCCCACCCAGCUGCUACAGUGACACUGUCCUCAUUCAUGCUUCUAAAUCAUAUCUGUCUAGAUUUCUAAAUGAUAUCUGUCUAGACCAGAACCUCACCGUUGUGCUCCACUCCCAUUUUGGGCCUGGUUGCCCUCAGUUUCUCCUUGUAUGUUUGUAGUUCAAAUAUGCUUCCUUCUCUCAAGGAUGUGGAUCUGGGUCUUGCUUUUCCCCCCUUUUAAAGCUAAAUUUGUGCAUGGAUCGUGGCACUAGCAUUUGCACAUCAAGAAUUUUGCUUUGUAGAUCUUUUAGUUUUAUGAUGUAUUUUAAUUACAGUGGUGCCCCGCAAGACGAAUGCCUCGCAAGACGGAAAACCCGCUAGACGAAAGGGUUUUCCGUUUUUGAGUUGCUUCGCAGGACAAAUUUCCCUAUGGGCUUGCUUUGCAAGACGAAAAUGUCUUGCGAGUCUUGAGAUUUUUUUUCCGCUCCCCCCCCCUUUAUCUAAGCCGCUAAGCCUUUAAUAGCCUUUUAGCAGCUAAUCCGCUAAGCCGAUAAGCCUUUAAUAGCCGCUAAACUGCUAAUAGCGCUAAUCCGUUAAGCCGCUAAUAGGGUUGCUUCGCAAGACGAAAAAACCGCUAGACGAAGACACUUGCGGAACGGAUUAAUUUCGUCUUGCGAGGCACCACUGUAAUUGAUUGCCUAUUUUUCUGUUCUUAUCUUCUUUGUAUACUGUGUUUUAUGAUGUUAGCUGCCCUGGGCCUGGCUCUGGCUGGAGUGGGCGGGUACAAAUAAAUUAUUAUUAUUAUUAUUAUUAUUAUUAUUAUUAUUGAACAAAGCAGAGAAUUUUGACACGUGGUUGUGAAAUUGCUGGGGCUGUGCAAGGUAACAAACAACAACAACCCCUUUCUUCAACAAGAAAAUUAGAAAAGUGUCUAUAGUAAAGUUGGUAGAUAUAUGCAAAAUGUGUUCUAUAUUUUUUUUAAAGAUGAAAGAAAAUGGCUCUGAUAAUGGGCAGGAUGAGGGAAGUGCAAUACGUUUGUUUAAACAUAAUGCAGGAAGACUACUAAAUGUUUGGUGACCUACUAACUUUCCCCAUGAAGAAUAUGGAUGAGCUUUCUUUCCAGGCUGACCAUUCUCGGUACUCUUAUCCCUUUUCUGAAGGAAAAAAAAAAAGACCCAUGCUUUAAUAAUCUGUCCAUUAAUAUAUUGGGUAGCCCUCUGGGAAGGAAACAUGGUAGGGAGCAAGUCAACCAUUUAUUGGAAAGAGGUUUGAUCAAUGCCUUCUUUUUGUUUUUAGGGCAACCCUGGAACUGAUGGGAUCCCUGGUGCCAAAGGAUCAGCGGUGAGUGCCACAUUACUUGGGUGCGUGGAGAUGCAUUUGAAAGGUAGAACUGAUGUUGUCUGCAGAAGAUCUAGUGAAUGUUCAAUAACCUCUGCCCAUCCCAUGAACAGUAUCGACCAAGAACCUGUACAAUAGUUUGCCGAGUAAUGUGCUGUUUCUCAGACCGCCUGCACUUCCCCCUCCUGUCCUUAAUUGCUUUCUCGAUUCUGUCCAUAGGGUGCUCCUGGCAUUGCUGGCGCUCCGGGAUUUCCUGGCCCACGUGGACCACCUGGGCCUCAAGGUGCAACUGGGCCUUUGGGUCCCAAAGGCCAGGCGGUAAGAAACCCAAACCAAUGCAAAACUUCAAGGUGUCUGACUCUCCAGACUGAUGAUCCUGUGCUCAAAGUUACUAGGCAUAACCUCUGUCGGGGUCUCCGCUCGGCCAAGCUGAUAAAGCUCAUUUUCUUCCCCCGAGUCCUUCGGAAUCACCUCCCGACGUGUUUAACAACCUGAGCCUUUGAUAAGGCUCCAAGGCACGUUCCAUUCAGCAGAGUUUCCAGCACAGGAAAGAGACAAGAGGUUUGGGCUACAUUGCAAAGAGUUUUAUUAUCCUAACUACGCAGAGAGCAAAGACACAUCCUCUCUCUAUGAAAGCAGAGAGCAACUGAACAAAGGAAACAGGAAACCAGUAAUGUUACAUCCGUCUCUAGUCUCCCAUGAGACUUCCAAUAGCCUGGACUGUCUCUGGAAUGUAAACAGAGUCCUGUGACUCCACGCAGCUGCUCAGUGGCAAAACGGAAACUAACAACCUCUCCCCAAGGCUGAUAUUCACAUUUUAACUAAGCUUUGGGAAAGUGGAUAAUAAGAGGUGAAAGUAGCUAGGAACCCACAAAUUUUGCCUGGCUUUUGUAGCCAGUCAUUAUCGAUGAUCAGCCCUAACCCUGCCAGUCCCCUGAUUUUUUUGCCAUGUGGAGAGGUCAGUAUUUCAGUGCACAUGGGGCUUCAGAAACACUUGGGUUAAAGGACAUGGUUCAGUUGUAGAGUACCUGCUUUGCAUGCAGAAGUUCAGAUAGAGCUGGGAAUGUUCCCUGCCUUAAACCCUGGAUAACUACUACCAGUCAGUGUAGACAAUACUGAACUAGAUGGACCAACAGUCUGACUUGGUAUAAGGCAGCUUCCUAUGUUGGAUGUGGUGAGAAAUUAUUUUGGUGUAUCUGGCUAACUGCAUCCUUAGCCACAUGCCCAGCACAAAGGGAGAGUCCUUGAACCUCAGAGUUCUCUGUGAUACGCAGAGAAGCAGAGGCACCUUUCACUCUGUGCUGAGCAACGAAAAGCAAGCGGCUUCUAGAUAGAGAGUAUAUUAUGGAGGAGUUUGUGGGGGAGCCUCAGCUGAGAUGGAACCAAGCAGCCCCAGAGAUGGACUGUCCGUGUUGAGAAAAAGGUGUGACAACAGCAUGGAAGAAUUACGGUUGUACCUUGGUUUUCGAACGGAAUCCGUUCCAGAAGUCCGUUCGGAUGCCGAAAACGUUCAAAAACCAAGACACGGCUUCCGAUUGGCUGCGGGAGCUUGCUGCACUCAAUCAGAAGCUGUGGAAGCGGCGUCAGAUGUUCAGGUUCCAAAGAACUUUGGCAAAUCAGAACACUCACUUCCGGGUUUCCGGCGUUCGGGAGCCAAAAUGUUCAAGUCACAAGGCGUUCGAGAACCAAGGUACAACUGUACUAAAAUAACGUGAGGAGAUUGCAUAGAAGCUAAAUGAAUGCUUUGCAUUGCUCUUCACUUUGGAAGAUGUUAGAAAGAGACCUACAUCUGAACCGCGUUGGGGGCGUCUGAAGGACAAAUGCUUCUGUGCUAGACACAUAUACAGGAGCAGACUGCCAGCUGAACUCUGAAGGACUUAACUUCUGAGAAAACAUGCUGAGUAUUCGUAUACUGGUGACAAAGAGGUGCUUUGACAUCUAAAACCAAACAAGUCAUUGGGUCUUGGGUGGCAGAUGCCCAGGUAUUCUUAAAGAGUUCUCGUAUGUGAUGAUUGCUUGGCUUCUAGCAAAAACAUGUACAGUGGUACCUCGCAAGACGAAUGCCUGGCAAGACGAAAAACUCGCAAGACGAAAGAGUUUUUCGUUUUUUGAGUUGCUUCGCAAGACGAAUUUCCCUAUGGGCUUGCUUCGCAAGACGAAAACGUCUUACGAGUUUGUUUCCUUUUUCUUAAAACCGUUAAUACCGUUAAAACCGUGCCUCGCAAGACGAAAAAUUCGCAAGACGGAAAAACUCGCAGAACGAAUUAAUUUUGUCUUGCGAGGCACCAUUGUAUCUUGUCACUAAAAUCAGCUUCUUUGCCAUAAAAACAGGAAGAUAUUUAUCAGAACACCAGUUUUCAUGCAGGAUCCAAGAAAUUAGAAGCUCAUUAACCUAACUCCAGUCCUGGAAAAUUAGCAGAAAGCUUUAUUUAAAAAGAGAAUUAUAAACAUGAGAGAGAAUAAUCGUGGCUUCUACAAAGGGAAAUCCUACCUCAUCAGUCUCUUGCAGUUCUUUGGUAGUGUCCACAUGUAUGCAGUCAUGAGAUAAGAGGAGAUAUUUUCUUGCGCUGAUGGGAUCUGACCUUUCAGUGACUCCCCAGGCAGGGUAUCUUGAGGUCAUGGUGAAUAGCUCACUGCAAAUAUUGACAGUGUGAUGUGCCAGUGAAAAAAGACAAAUUAGGGAUUAUUAGCAAAGGGGUCGAAAUUUGAAUCGGAUAUGGUCACAUUGGGAAUUCUGUGUACGGCUCUGUUUACCCAAGUUCAGAAAGUCUGUCUGAUAGUGAGGAUAUCCAUUCUAAGGGAUGAGGUCAAUUCUGGAUUUUUGUGGUGUGUGUUUGAAGACUUAGACAUGUGGUUGAGAAACAGAAGUGAGCUUGAGUACAACAACAGAAUCCACCAGCUGUAGCACAUGCUGUUAGGAGACUUCGAAAGCUAAACUGGUGAUUCUUUCUAUUUAGAAUCUUCUCUUUCCCACGCCUCCCAAUUUUCAUUCAUCAGUGUUUCCCUUCCCAUACUCCGUAUCAUCCCAGUCCUUCUGCCACUUUUCCAGCCUGGUGUUCGGUCUCUGCCCUUCUAUUCAAAGGAAUGCACUGUUGAAACACCCUUUGGAUGUUUCAACAUGGAGGAUGCUGACUUGGAAGUUCUGCUGACCAGAUCAGCAAGUAGCUUGACAUGAUAAUAGGAGCUUGACUACUCUUAAUAUGUUUCCUUUUCUUUCUCUGUAGGGAGAACCUGGGAUUGCAGGCUUCAAAGGUGAACAAGGUCCCAAAGGUGAACCUGUAAGUAUUAGAUGACGUGCCUUUAUGCCUGACAUGCUGUCUCUUCUUUGAAUGUGCCAUAUUUACUCGAGUCUAAUGCGCCAUCGAAUCUAAUGUGCACCUCAAUUUUCAGAACUUUGAAAUAAAAAAAAAAAGUAUUUGCUGGCAAAUGUAAAUGUGCCAUCAAAUCUAUUGGGCACCUUAAUUGUCGCAACGUAAUUUGGCCAAAAAAGGUGAGCAUUAGAUUCAAGUAAAUACGGUAUCGGGAUGCAGGUGGCACUGUGGGUUAAACCACAGAGCCUGGGACUUACUGAUCAGAAGGUCGGCGGUUCGAAUCCCUGUGACGGGGUGAGCUCCCGUUGCUCGGUCCCUGCUCCUGCCAACCUAGCAGUUCGAAAGCACAUCGAAGUGCAAGUAGAUAAAUAGGUACCGCUCUGGCGGGAAAGUAAACGGUGUUUCCGUGCGCUGCUCUGGUUGGCCAGAAGCGGCUUAGUCAUUGUGGCCACGUGACCUGGAAGCUGUACGCCGGCUCCCUCGGCCAAUAAAGCAAGAUGAGCGCCGCAACCCCAGAGUCGGCCACGACUGGACCUAAUGGUCAGGGGUCCCUUUACCUUUAUCUAAAUACGGUAUCAAUUGCUCCCUGUUCAUCCUCUACACUAGGAGUGGCUAACCUUUUUUGAUCCAGGGGCCACAUUGACCCCUCCAAGGGCCAUAUGCCAGUUGUGGGUGUGGCUAUUUAUUUAUUUUAUUUAUUUAUUGAAUUUAUAUACCGCCUUAUAACUGGAGGUCUCAGGCAGUUCACAGAAAAAAAAAUCAAAACGAAAACAAUAAUCCAAUAACACCCCCCAAAAAACAAUAACACUUUCUUGCUAUCCCUGCUCUGGGCAUUAGGGUGGAUGCACUGAGCAAUCUGAUAUGAGUUUCAGGGCCAUCUGCCAGCUACUACCGGCAUGAACACUGUGGUAGCCUGCCAGUAACCCACGUCAUGGUAUGUGCACCCAGGGCUUCUGGUGGAGGCGGAAUUCUGCUGCGUCAUAAUCCCCUCCAGCUGCACGGUUCAGAAAUUAGAAUUCCUUUGCCCCCAGGCUACAUGUGGCAAGGGAGAAGGUUAAUGCCCACCUUUCCUCCUUCUGGGCUUUGUACUUUCAUGUAUGGGUUCCUUGUUCUAUGAAAUCUGAUAUAAAAAUCUGAAAAUGACUGCAGUUCAGUUGUACUCGUGGAUUUUCCAUGCUAUUCUCUGCUUACAUGUGGCUGUCUGGAAGAGCCAAACAUGGGACAGGACACCAGCAGAGGACACGUGGCCACAAGCUACCUACAUGUAGAUUGUAAAUUCAUUAGGGCCAGUUCAUUGUUAACUGUUUUACUGCUGCAGAGGUCAUCGGGGGGACGACGACACACAAUUGUAUCAUGUCACUUUGAAACGGCAUGCUGAUUUAAUUGGGUGCUACCGGGAGCUUGUGCCUUUGGCGAGGGCUUGGCUGAAUGGUGAAACAAAUGUGUUGCAUUCAGAUGGUCCCAGGCUCAGUCCCCACAUAUCCGUUUAAAUAGGUCUUGGGUAGCAGGGCUGAGAAAGAACUUUGCUUGAGUCCUUGCAGCGCCACUGAUGCUAGUCAAAGAGUAAACUUGACUAGGUAGAUCAUUGGUCUGGCGCUUCAUAUGGGCAAAUGCUUCCCCAUUUGUGCAGUGCUUCCCGAAACCUGGGUCUCCAGCUGUUUUCGGACUACAACUCCCAUCACCCUUAGGUAGCAAGACCAGCGGUCAGGGAUGAUGGGAAUUGCAGUCCGAAAACAGCUGGAGACCUAGGUUUGGUAAACACUAGUUUAUAGCCUUUGUUGUUGUUUAGUUGUUUAGUCAUGUCUGACUCUUCGUGACCCCAUGGACCAGAGCACGCCAGGCACUCCUGUCUUCCACUGCCUCCCACAGUUUGGUCAAACUCAUGCUGGCAGCUUCGAGAACAUUGUCCAACCAUCUCGUCCUCUGCCGUCCCCUUCUCCUUCUGCCCUCAAUAUUUCCCAAUAUCAGGGUCUUUUCCAGGGAGUCUUCUCUUUUCAUGAGGUGGCCAAAGUAUUGGAGCCUCAGCUUCAGGAUCUGUCCUUCCAGUGAGCACUCAGGGCUGAUUUCCUUAAGAAUGGAUAGGUUUGAUCUUCUUGCAGUCCGUGGGACUCUCAAGAGUCUCCUCCAGCACCAUAAUUCAAAAGCAUCAAUUCUUCGGCGAUCAGCCUUCUUUAUAGCCUAUCUUGUAUAAUAAAGGAUCUCUGUGCCCAUCUCCCCUGCUUGCUUUCCGGGAAGGAAUAAGGCUUGGCCACCUCCCCUGCCAGUCCCUUUGGCUGAAAAUUAUGUCCUAUGGGUGGCCUGGGGCUUGGCAAACAAUGGCUGCCCUGUUGCAUCUGGGUCCCCACUCUUUAAUGCUUGGCACUGAAGUCGUUCUGUGCUGAACACUGCUUCAUUUUCCAUUCCGAAAAUGAGGAGAUAAUGCUCAGCAGGUUGGCAUCAGAGGCCUUCAAAGAGUCCCUUACAGUAGUGUGUGUGCUUCAGCAGAAGGCCUGCUGGGUUUAGUGAAGCUAUGCCAGUGUACACAAACCAAGCGGUUCUCUGGCUCAUCAGCUUCUAUAGAUAUGAGACAGUUCAUCCAACAGAAAGUCAGGAGGGCUUCCACAUCCCAUGGCUGUGCAGAAUCAUGUAUAUUCAUUCAGCCUUUAUUGGCAUGAUGUAGACAAUAAAUUAACAUACCAAGGAACCAUCCAUAAACCAUUAUAUUAAAUACAUAAAAUGUCUAAAAGACAUAAUAGCCACCAUUAAGUAAAAUUAAGUAGCUUUAAAUUUGACUUUAAAAAUCUCGGCAAAAUAUCCUGAAACAAUCUCAGUAGUCUUGGGAAUAUCAUCCCUCAGUAGAUAUUGGAUUGCAAAUUCUUUGCAAGUAGAUAAUAUAAGCUUCAUGUAUAUCUUGGCCUAAAAUAAUUCAAUUGAUAAUCCUUUUGCACUCAGCAACACUUCAAGGUUGAAAUCUAAUCCCUUCUUGGGUUGAAACUUUGUCAGGAUAAAAUUUAAUGGAAUCGCCAUUAAUGGUCCCAGUUUAUUGGGCACUGAAAAAUCUCUGAAAGAGAGGCAGUGUUGGAGUAGUGGUUAGAGUUGUCAGGGUAGGGCUGAGGAGACCUGGGUUCAAAUCCACAGCCAGGAAACUUUGGAUCUCGCAUCGUAGCCCACCUCACAGGGUUGUUACGAGGAUAAAAUGGAGCAGACUGCCUUGAGGUCCUUGGAAGAAAGGUGGGCUAUAAAUGCAGCAAAUCAAUAAAUAGUUUGGAACAAGGAAAAACGGAUAGUGACCUCUGUUUGCUGCCUUGUAAGCCACUUGCCCAAAAUUACCUUUCUGUUGCCAUGGCUAUUUGCAUUGUUCUCUCAUCAGACUCUGAGGUCACUUCCUGGUGAUGCCUUAUUAUCUCUUUAAGACAGUAUAGUGGGCUGACCAUUGGUAGGGCUUGGCAUAAAAUGAUGAAGGGGCUCAAAGAGUGACUAAGCCUGUAUGUUAUGUUCCCCGCUGACCCCAGGGACCUUCAGGCCCACAAGGAGCUCCCGGACCAGCUGGAGAAGAAGGCAAGAGAGGCGGCCGUGGUGAGCCAGGAGCUGCAGGGCCCAUUGGACCACCUGGAGAGAGGGUAGGUGACAUCGUUGGGGGGGGGCAAGGAACCUUCCUACAUGAAGAGCAGAGGGCUGUCUUCUUUGUGGGGGAAAGCCAUUGAGCUAUAUGGCUCAAACCCUUGCCAAUAGGCUUACUUUGGAACUUGCAGUGUGCCCUGUGGGGUGCCCAGCAUAAUGCAGAAGGUGAUGGAAGAACUUUGCUUUACUGGCAUCUCUGUGGCAUACCAGGGGCAGGCUGCGACCUCUUGCUCAGCUUUAAGCAGGUGUGGUCAGGGGGAAGGUGAGUGGUCGUUGUAACGGAGUAUAGAGUAAGGUUACCAGACGUCCCUGUUUCCCGGGGACAGUCCCCAGAUUUACAAAUCAGUCCCCUGACAAAAUCCGUCGAAGUUGAAAAGUGCCCCUGGAUUCAUUGGGGGGGAAAUCUGGUAACCUUAGCAUAGAGCGGCAUUGAAGAAUUGCCUGUGGGCUCAAAGGACCAGGAAGAGCUAGAGAGUGUGCCAGGAAGCCAUUAGAGAGGCAGGGAUCACAAGUAGCAGGGGGCAGACUCUGAGACGUGCGGAGCUGAGCACAGAAUGGUGGGAUGCUGCUGAGAGAUGGAUGAGGGACUGUCCUGGGCUCUGGAAGUGGGAGGUGAGAUGGAGCACAAAUGAAGCUUGAAAGCCAAGCAAGGAAUGAGUACACUUUGAACAAUUUCUUCAUUAAGAUGCAUGGGGGCAGGUGAGUCCCGACCCUAAAAGUGCAGCGGUCCCUUGGGAACUGUAGCAUAGCCAUCACUGCAGUACACAGCCCAGGACCCAACCUGAUUAAACGCCCAAUGGCUUGCACAGUGGAUCUCAUUGUGCACCUUUUUGACACAGAGUUUAAGGGGACAUGGGUGGCGCUGUGGGUUAAACCGCAGAGCCUAGGACUUGCCGAUCAGUAGGUCGGCGGUUCAAAUCCCUGCGACGGGCUGAGCUCCCGUUGCUCGGUCCCUGCUCCUGCCAACCUAGCAGUUCGAAAGCACCUCAAAGUGCAAGUAGAUAAAUAGGUACUGCUCCGGUGGGAAGGUAAAUGGCGUUUCUGCACGCUCCUCUAUUUCGCCAGAAGCGGCUUAGUCAUGCUGGCCACAUGACCCAGAAGCUGUACGCCAGCUCCCUCGGCCAAUAAAGCAAGAUGAGCGUCGCAACCCCAGAGUCGGCCACGACUGGACCUAAUGGUCAGGGGUCCCUUUACCUUUAUACCCUCAACAGUUGAGUUGGAGCCAUUCACGGCUGUUUGAUGAGUGAAUCUCUCUAACACUGCUGUUUGCAAAUGUGUGUGUUGUGUUUACACUUCACAUUGACAAAGUGCACUUCCAGACUUUUGACGGUUUUGGGGUGACGUUUAGACGCAUACCGACAAAUUCAAGUUGUGCGAUUGCAGCUGAUUUGGUGCUCUUGUGCAACUCGCCUGCUUCCUCUUAAAACUGGACUUUGUGCAAGAAGGAAAGUGAUAGGGAAAUGCCCUGGGAAAGUGUGCCUAGUGCUCUGUUGUCUAACCUACCUGCAAACCUUGUGCAGACCAGGAUGAGUGCUCAAUAAACAGGAAGUGACCUUAUUUGAAGUGGACUUUAGAGUAUUAGGAAUUCUGUUGCACAAACCCUCUUUACCUAGAAUGCGUUAUAUUAUAUGCAUACAGGACAAGCCCCUGCAGAAGCUUAGCAAAUACUGCAGGACUGUGUCACCUGUCUAGUGGUUGUAUAAUAUUGGGUCACUUGGUGGCUAUAGCACCCCAGUAGUUCUUGUUUGUGCUGCCUCCUUGUGCUAAUUGAGCCAUGCUUUUUAAAUUGAAAAUGUCCACAGUUCCUGGUUUACUCCUUGCUAUUGGCAAUGCUUCCUAGUGUCCUUCCCAGCUUCCUAAACUGUAGCACUCCUUGACUUACUAGGUUAUGUUAUCAUUGCUUUCUUGUUUUUAGGGUGCUCCCGGAAACCGUGGCUUCCCAGGUCAGGAUGGAUUGGCCGGUCCCAAGGUGAGCAUUUGGGCCUGCUGUGCUUUCAUCUGAAUGAAAGGACAAAUUUGGGAGGGUUAAGAGUGAACUUAGAUGCCCUUUCCUGCUUCCUUUCUCUGUGUUGUAUAGGGUUCUUUGACUGCUUCUUUGAAGGAGCGAUGUUUUCCCCUGUGUGCUUUGCUCUAGAAUAGACAUAGGACACCUGUGACCCUCCAGUAUUUCUGGAUUACAACUCCCAUCAUCCCUGACUGUUAUCUGUGCUUGCUUGGACUGAUGAGAGUUGGGAGUCCAGAAACAUCGGAGGUGGGGCGGGACACAGGUUAAGUCAACUUUAUUCUGUAACAAAUGGAAUUUGGAGAUACUUGAUAAGAAAUUUUAAGGCCCUGAGUUGGGUCUCAGAGCAUAAGUUUCUGUGUUUACUAGAAGCUUUCUUUUAAAUGUUUUCGUAAUCUCAAAUAUUAUUUCAUCCAAGCCAUGUUGGAGCUCUAUUUUUUAAAAUUUUAUUUAUUUCAUAAAAAUUACAUACUUAUGAUAAUAAGUAUAAUAAAUUUAUUAUACCCUGUCCAUCUGACUGGCUUGCCCCAGCGAAACAUCUUACAUUAAAAACUGUCUUCAGAAAAUUGUGUAAUUGUUCAUCUCUUUGACAUCUGAUGGGAUUGAUUGUAGAAAAACUUCAAGUGGUUUACGAAAAUGAUUAAAUGAUCGCUAAAAAAUUUACAACUGUAAUUUAAAACAUACAGAAGCUUAAAACCACAGUGAAAUAGACUAAAAUAAAUUAAAGCUCCUACAAACUUUCUAAACAUCUGGGUAGUCUUGUCUGAGUAAGAAUGUCUUCAACGGGCACCAAAAGGAAUGCAUUGAAGGCACCUGCCUGAAAUCAAUAGGCAGGGAGUUCCAAAGUUAUGGUGCUACCACACUGUACAAUCAAGUUCUUACAGAUGUGGUGCGGGUAUUAUGUGGCACUUUUACCAGUUCCAAUUGAAGCAGUCAAGUGGGCACAUAUGGGGUAAAUGACUCACAGAAGUUAAAUUUGAAUGCUCUGCAAAUAGUCAGAGCAGCCAAAGUUAAUUGAAUGAAUCAAGAUCAGCUACAGCGUUGGUUUUUCCAUGAGAUGGGCAGCCCUAUAAUGAAAGUGCAGGGACACGGGUGGCGCUGUGGGUUAAACCACAGAGCCUAGGACUUGCCGAUCAGAAUGUCGCGGUUCGAAUCCUCGCGACGGGGUGAGCUUCCGUUGCUCGGUCUCUGCUCCUGCCAACCUAGCAGUUCGAAAGCACGUCAAAGUGCAAGUAGAUAAAUAGGUACCGCUCCGGCGGGAAGGUAAACGGCGUUUCCGUGUGCUGCUCUGGUUCGCCAGAAGUGGCUGAGUCAUGCUGAUCACAUGAUCCAGAAGCUGUACGUCGGCUCCCUCGGCCAAUAAAGCGAGAUGAGCGCCGCAACCCCAGAGUCGGUCACAACUGGACCUAAUGGUCAGGGGUCCCUUUACCUUUACCUUAUAAUGAAAGUGCAGACAAAGGACAGGUGUGUCUAAAUUACAUCUGAACUAGUUUUGAAAUCAGUCAUACAUGCCUGCUAAAGAAUUUUGGAAAUGUUAGUUUGGUCUGCAUUGUAUUAGUUGCUUCAGCCCCAACCCUUUCACAGAAGUUGCAAAGUUCACUGUUAAAACUGGUUUGAAAAUGGUUCAUCAAGUGUAUAGUUAUAGCCAUUUCCAGAGAUAACCAUUGGAUGGUAAACCAUUGACCCAAGCAUCACAGGGUCUAGCCCUCCUGAUUUCUCUGAGUUAAUGCAUUUCUUGCUUACUUUUUCCUGGGCAGGGUGCUCCCGGUGAACGUGGACCUCCUGGCCUUGGAGGUCCCAAAGGAGCCACUGGAGAUCCCGGCCGUCCUGGAGAACCUGGCUUGCCUGGCGCUAGGGUAAGACAUUGCACACACGAGGGUUAAAGUGGUUCUUGCUUCAAUCGCUUUGUAAAAAUCCCGCUUUGACUAGAAUGUUCAUUCUCAGUAUAAGGCCUCCCCUUCCUGUUAACAGAGAUCAGAAGUCUAUAUAAACAGUGUGAGACAGCCUCAAGGCUGCACACUUGUCAUCUGAGGCCCUUCUCUGUGUUCCCUAUCUCAGAUAGUGGCAACAUGAGAACGGGCCUUUUUUGUGGUGGCUCCCCAGUUGUGGAAUGCUCUCCCCAGAGAGGCUUGCCUGGCGCCAUCAAUACAUAUCUUUAGGCACCAGGCAAAAACAUUCCAGGCCUAUGACUAUUAAAUAACCUAUGGCCUGUGAAAGUGUGGGGGAGAGGACUGUUAUAUUAUAUUUUAGGCUGUCUUCCAGUAUCCUUUUUAUUAUGUUUUUAUCAUGGGUGUUCUGUAGUGUGUUUUUAACGUUGUACACUGCCCUGGGAACUUUUGAUGAAGGGCAAUAUAUAAACUGAACAAAUAAUGACAACAUGUUUAAGUGUCACAAAUCACUCCACCGUUAACACUGGUUGGGUAGCUGUCUUUCCUGCAAUUACGGGACAGUUUUUGAUGUCUAAAGGAGGGCGGAGUCCUUUUGAAAAAGCUUUACUUUAUUCUAAAGUCUCUUGAGAUUUCCUUCAUUUCACGCAGGCUCUUCAGCCUUCAUCACAGUACAGUGGUCUCUCGGGUUACAUACGCUUCAGGUUACAUACGCUUCAGGUUACAGACUCUGCUAACCCAGAAAUAGUGCUUCAGGUUAAGAACUUUGCUUCAGGAUGAGAACAGAAAUCGUGCUCCGGCAGCGCGGCGGCAGCGGGAAGCCCCAUUAGCUAAAGUGGUGCUUCGGGUUAAGAACAGUUUCAGGUUAAGUACAGACCUCCAGAACGAAUUAAGUACUUAACCCGAGGUACCACUGUAAUAGUAACAGGAAAGAGAUGCCACUGCUUCUCAGCUUAAUUCACAUUCUGUAAAAUGGGAAUAAUAAUGACAGACUGCAAGUAGGUUUUCCAACUCGCUUCUGUCAGGGUUCCUAUACCUUUAACAUACAUUUGGUAGAUAUUCUCCAGGUGAAUAUUUCCUCAUCACAGCACCUGCAUGCUGAGAGGAACCUCACCAGCUCAAUUUCUGCUUGCCACAUGCCAUUUACAGACUUGGAAGCCUGGCAGAAACAUUGGACCGCAACUGUACUGGACCAUGAGUAAACUCUGCUAGACUUUGGGGAGGGGGAAAGCGCUUGAUGCGUUUUGUACUCCCAACUCCCAUCAGCCCCAACUAGCAUCAGAGAGUAUGGGAAGGUACCACAUUGGUACUCUGCCUCUACUAUCUCUUAUUCUUAGGAUGCCCACAUUAAACUCUUUCUGCAUGCAGCUGUCCAUUCUCAACAGCAGAUGGCAGUAACAAUUUAAAGCACAUUUGUACAGGGAUGCGGGUGGCGCUGUGGGUUAAACCACAGAGCCUAGGACUUGCCGAUCAGAAGGUUGGCGGUUCGAAUCCCCGCGAUAGGGUGAGCUCCCGUUGCUCGGUCCCUGCUCCUGCCAACCUAGCAGUUUGAAAGCACGUCAAAGUGCAAGUAGAUCAAGUGGUACCGCUCCGACGGGAAGGUAAACGGCAUUUCUGUGUGCUGCUCUGGUUCGCCAGAAGCGGCUUAGUCAUGCUGGCCACAUGACCCGGAAGCUGUACACCGGCUCCCUCGGCCAAUAAAGUGGGAUGAGCACUGCAACCCCAGAGUUAUCCGUGACUGGACCUAAUGGUCAGGGGUCCUUUACCUCGGGUUACAUACGCUUCAGGUUACAGAUGCUUCAGGUUACAGACUUCGCUAACCCAGAAAUAGUACCUCGGGUUAACUUUGCUUCAGGAUGAGAACAGAAAUUGUGCAGCGGUGGCGCAGCAGCGGGAGGCCCCAUUAGCUAAAGUGAUGCUUCAGGUUAAGAACAGUUUCAGGUUAAGAGCAGGCUUCCGGAACGAAUUAAGUACCUAACCAGAGGUACCACUGUUCAAUCAUACCUCAGGUUAAAUAUGCUUCAAGUUGAGCGUUUUCAAGUUACACUCCAUGGUGACCCGGAAGUAACGGAGCGCGUUACUUCCAGGUUUUGCCGCUCACACAUGCGCAGACGCUCAAAAUGGCGUCACGCACUUGCACGGAAUUGGCGACCUGCGCACGCGCAGUUGCGUGUUACGUUCUACUCAGGAUGCGAACGGGGCUCCUGUAUUUGGCACUGUAUUUGGCAUGUCUAUCUUUAUUCCAUAAGACUGGAAGGGUUGGAGAGCACCUAACAGUCUUAGAAGGAAAGAACAAUCUUUUAGGAUAAUGUGUUGAAAGUUCCUCUUAUCUGCAAAAGUAAAGAGCCCCAUCACUGAGAACAAUAAGAACGGGCAGUUCUGUUACCUCCUGUGACCCAGGGCAGAGUACAAGUUUAGAGUAUCUGAGCCUGGGAGAUGUUCUACCAGUGGAGCUUCUCCGCACACAGACUUGCUACUAAUGGCAUUUUCUCCAUCUCAUGGAGUAAGCUGUAAAUCCAGUUAAAGGGUGGGAAAAGCAGUGGGCAGCUAGCUUGCAGUGUCACUGCUAGGAAGCCUUGAAUUUCCUUGGUUUCCCAAGGCUCAGUUCCUUAUACCUUAGCAUGGUGUGCAGUGAUUAUCUCCUUCAAAACUUUAUCAUACUUUUGCUCUUCUCUCUCUUUGAGGAGCUCAGAGUGGCUAAUAUAAUACUUCUUGGUAGUUUCUCAUCCAAACAACUUGUAGUACUUGUUAGCUUCUAUGGUGGUACUACAUCAUUGACCAUUUUAUUCUCUGAGCCCAUUCCGGGUGCUUCAAAUUCAGUUUAAAAGUGGUAUGUUUCAGAUUUAUUAAAUUUAGAUUAGGGAUAUCCUUUGAGGAGACUUUAUCAUGACCUAAGCCUCUUUAGUUUCUCUGGCCUGGGUUGAGCCUUUGAUCACAGCAAAGGUGUUAUAGCUGUCUCAAAGAAAGUAAAUAAGUUCAUGUUCAACUUUUACCCAUUGAAAUUAAUGGACUUAGUUUAGUCAUAUUCAUUAAUUUGAGUGGGUUUACUCUGAGUAAAACUUAGUUGUCUACCACCAUUAGGAUCUAAAACUUAUUUGGCUGACGGCUUCUAUUGAACCAAUAGCAGAACUGACUGUUGAACCAACAUCAAAAAAUAAAUUAGAUGAACCAUUUUGGAGAUAUGUGUGUAAAUUGUAUUGUUGACCGUUCAAGGAAAGAUAUUGGGAAAAGGUCUUAAUGGUCUGGCUUUUUCUUCUUGCAUCUAGGGUCUCACUGGUCGCCCUGGUGAUGCUGGUCCCCAAGGCAAAGUUGGCCCAUCUGUAAGUAUAUUCCAUCAUUGUCUUCUUGUGUCAUCCAAAAUAAUAGGGGUGCCGAGAGCUUUGAGAAAGGAGUGAUGGAUCUACUAUAUAUUUCGGAAAAUUGUUGGCAUCUUGGCUAUGCAUUUGGCCACCUCUAAAGAUCUUGUAACCAAAUUUUGCUUGAUGGUUCUUGAGAUGUAGCAGCAGGCUUUUCUUGAUGUUUGGAUACAGUUGGACACCAUUUUGAAUCAAGAUGAUGGACGGAACUUUUCAAAACUUUUCAAAGCCACAUAGUUUUUGUUUCGUUUCUUAGAAUUCCUGAGCAAUGCCAGGUAAAAGACUUCGAGUGGGUAAUAUGUAGAUGAGGGGAACAGUGGUCGAUAGACAAUUCGAAGAGAUGGGAUUCAGGAAGUAGGUGGGUGCUGACUUGCAGUAUUUCUGGGGUUCGUUUCAAAAGCAAAUAUGGAGUUUGCAAGAGAAGUGGAUGGUGGAGUCUUAGGGAUGCUCAAUGGAACCUUGGAUAUUGUAUGGGUACAGUAACACUGGAAGUCUGUGUUUGUUUAUAUGAGCAGCAUUACUGAAUGGCGAGUGGAUGUUAAUGCUGCAGUGGUGAGCUUUUUAAAAUCAAAAUCACACUUGGGAACUGGAAUUAUCUAAGGGCACAAAAAGUUCUAAUAUACACCAGUAUGCUGGUUUUCCACAUGGGAACAAACAGAAAAACUUGCUCACUAAUUUGUGACAUUUUGCUUGGCAUAAUAAAGGCAUUGCCCUACAAUAGAUUGUGGAUUUUUAUUAUGGGCUGAUGCCUUUCCUUUAUGAGGUUCUGAAAGACAUCCAGGAUGUCUGGGUGAAAGUGGCACUUCCAUAAAGUUGGGUCCACUCUAUAUGGGAUAUGUUACUUGUCUUCCCAGCAUCAUUAACAAAGCAUGCCUGUUUCUCUAUCUCUCAAUAGGGUGCCCCAGGUGAAGAUGGGCGACCUGGCCCACCUGGUCCACAAGGUGCCCGUGGCCAGCCUGGCGUCAUGGGUUUCCCAGGCCCGAAAGGUGCAAAUGUAAGUAAAUCUGCACUCAGCAAUCAUUGACACUAUGACCCAUGCAUUGUCACUAGGGAAGAUGUUUGAGGGGAAAUGGUACAAGGUUGUAACAUGGAAUAGUUCCACUUUGUAACUAGCACAGCAGGAAAGCCACUUAGUUAUUUUCCAGGCUGGGUAAUGUGCUUGCUCUGCUGGUCCCAAAAAAUCAUAUACCUAUACCCAGUGCUUUUUCUCUUUAAAAAAAUGUUUAGGGGUACUCUCAUUUUCCUACUCAUAUUGAAAUACUGCCCCUCAAUGAGGCCAAACUUAAAUUCACAAAAUGUUUAGGGGUAUGCGUUCCCCCAUGUGUCCCCCCUCCCAGAAAAAAGCACUGCCCAUACCUUGGUUAUAAGGGACGCGGUUGGCGCUGUGGGUUAAACCACUGAGCCUAGGACUUGCCGAUCAGAAGGUUGGCGGCUCGAAUCCCCGCGACGGGGUGAGCUCCCAUUGCUAGGUCCCUGCUCCUGCCAACCUAGCAGUUCGAAAGCACGUCAAAGUGCAAGUAGAUCAAGUGGUACCGCUCCGGCGGGAAGGUAAACGGCGUUUCCGUGUGCUGCUCUGGUUCGCCAGAAGCAGCUUAGUCAUGCUGGCCACAUGACCUGGAAGCUGUAUGCCAGCUCCCUCGGCCAAUAAAGCUAGAUGAGCACCGCAACCCCAGAGUCGGCCACGACUGGACCUAAUGGUCAGGGAUCCCUUUACCUUUACCUUUAUACCUUGGUUAUAACAACAGAGAAGGAGAGAGCUGGACAGGAGAUUGGAGGGCUCAGCUUUCUUCCAAAAGCACACCAGUGACGACUUCUGUUUUUUCUUUCCAUCUAGGGUGAACCUGGUAAAGCUGGUGAGAAAGGACUUCCUGGUGCUCCUGGCCUAAGAGUAAGUGGGGUUGAUUAUCGUUUCUUCCUCCCACUGCCAUUAUGAAGCCAUCUUCUCCCCACCCUGUCCUGCAGUGGAAAGAAACCCAGCCUCUCUCUGCCUGGCCUGAACAGGAUGCCAUGAUUUGGUUCCCUCCACCCAGCUAUUGGGGUACAGUCCAGAUGAUAUGGGGGUGGUGCUUUGGAAUGCGGAGUGCUCACAACCAACUGCGUGAAGAAGCCACUGAAGGCAGAUGCUUCAUAAAGUACCGUGUGACACCUUAGUCCCAGUUAAGGUCCCUCUCUGUUGCAUAAAGCCUGUUGAAUGACUGUGACUUAAUUUGCUGCAUUGCCACAGAAUGAUUGAAAUAAAAGGGUUUAAGCUCUGAGUCUCCUAACUUCAAUGCUGCUUUUGCAGAGAGCUCACCUCUGACAAACCUGACAUAGCUUCUAGUCUAAUUUCGAUGGGAACUAUUACACCUAUAAAGCAAUCAGACUUUCAGAAAUGUUAGGAAAAGAAUGCAGAGCUAUGAUGCAGAAUGGCAGAGGAAAAUUUACUUAAUAAUAACUCUGUGCAUGCAUUUUAGAGACCUCAGAAUUUAGCCAUGAGUCUUCCUGGAGGCUCCCAUCCCUCUUGAAAAAAACUGCACCUUCACAUGCAGUUUUGACGUACCCUGUGCAUUCCUGCAGCUUUUCUGUGAUCGGUAGCACAGGGAGUCCACACCAGAGACACCUGCUGUCCUCAGGGGAGGAGGAAGGAUUGCACCCUAGAAUUGUGCCACCCAGCAAUAAUUUCCUUCAUAAUGAGCACUUCGGGCAGAUACCCUUUAAACCUAGCUUAGUAAGAAACUAAUACAAAAAGAAAGCCCUUUCCUUCUGCCAGCUCCCUGUACUUGGGGGCAAUUUUUGGUCUGUGGGAGGGGAAAUUGCAUUGUUCAUCAAGACUUUCCGAUCCUGUCUCAAAUGUAUCACUUUUUCUCAUCAGGGUCUUCCUGGCAAAGAUGGCGAGACGGGAGCAGGUGGACCUCCAGGGCCUGCUGUGAGUAUGAGUGUUUUUCUCCUGGCAGGCAGGAGGUUGGCCGAAUCGAAAUCCUGCAUUUUCUUAGGCGUAAGGGAGGAACUGAAUAUGCCCCAAAGAUUCAGGUGUCUGGAGAAUUUUGGUGACAUUUUCUGGGGUCUUGGUUCUUCCUCUUGCUUUGUAACAGGGGUGGCCCAACUUCCAAGAGACAGUGAUCUACUCAGAGUUAAAAACUGGCAGUGAUCUACCCCCUUUUGGGGGGUUUCGGCCAAAGUUGUUGAGCAUUUUUAGGAAGGAAAGCCCUGUUUUUGGUGGUUCAGGUCAUUUUAGGGGUGCAGGGCAAAGAUGUUGAGCUUUUUUUAGGGGAGCCGAGCCAAAGUUCUUUGGGGGGAGCUACUGAUCUACCGGUGAUCUACUACAGACGUCCAGUGAUCUACCGGUAGAUCACAAUCUACCUGUUGGACAUGCCUGCUUUAUAAGAUCAUGCUUCUUUUUCUUCCACUAUACUUUUUUUAAUGCCUUGCACACACUCAUAGUAGCCUUCUGCUAGCCAUGGGUGGAUGUAAUGUCCUCCUGUAAGCAUUCCAGGAAGUAUGACCAGCCACUAGAAGUGAGUAGAGACAGCAGAGAGCCUCGUGCUGUUACAAGUGGAUGCAAACCUGGAUUGCAGCUCGUGGUUUGUCUGCAGCAAGAAAAAGCCAUGAGCCUAUUUUCAGGCAACAUUGAAGCAGCUCCAGUCUCCUCUCUGGGUUCUGGUACAUUCACACACUUGUACUAAGUCAUGGUUUGGCUUAGUGUCACAUACUAACUGAGCUGCAAAAUCAUUCUAAUAAUUGUGAUUUCUUUUGGAAUUUCUUUAAAGUUCAGAGCAGUUUUAGCAUUGCAUCUUUCCUGUGUGGAGAUAAUUGGUGUGUACUUAUCCUGCCAACCUAGCAGUUCGAAAGCACGUCAAAGUGCAAGUAGAUAAAUAGGUACCACUCUGGUGGGAAGGUAAACGGCGUUUCCGUGCGCUGCUCUGGUUCUCCAGAAGCGGCUUAGUCAUGCUGGCCACAUGACCCGGAAGCUGUACGCCGGCUCCCUUGGCCAAUAAAGCAAGAUGAGCACCGCAACCCCAGAGUCGGCCAUGACUGGACCUAAUGGUCAGCGGUCCCUUUACCUUUUACCUAUAAUGGCUAAACUGACCUGUGUGCAUUUCUUCAUGAGAUGCCCACACUUCCCCCACUCUGAAGUGACAUCUGCAACACUUAAUUUCAAAUAUAUUUAGAACCGAGGUGCUAUCUUACUAGCCUUUCCCCUUUAACUAUUGCUUCACUUUGCAUUUUAAAUACAAGUAACAGUGCUGUAACCUCCUAGUCUACCUAUCAAUCUGUAUUAGCGAGCCCUUUUCCUAAUUCCCUCUCCCAUAGAAAAGUUGCUCCCAUUGAGAACCAUAUAACACAUUACAUGGCCCAAAAAACCACCCCAAUGCAUCCUUGAAAACUGAAUGAAAAUGGAGAGUGCACUUGACAGAGCUGUAGGCAGUUCUAGCUCUCUGACUAGUUUUUUAAAAAAAACAAAACCCCUCAUUUAUACAUUAAAUCAAAAAAGGACCUAAAAGUUUAAUGCAUGAAUCAGCUCUGAGUUUGUACUCUAUGUUGGGGCCAGCAUAGAAACUUGUGAACGUGCUGGAAUGUGCAUCUUUUCAAGGUUUAGCAGGUAAAUGGAAGGGGGUCCUUUUUAUAGCUGCAGCUUAUUUGCUAACAGAGGAAAGUGUAGACUUAAGAAAUCUUGUACACGUUUGACUAGGUGAUGUUAGAUUUUUCAGGUGAGAGCUAUACUCUUUGCCCCAGGCAGCACAUCCCACUGUUAGGCCUGCCCUUAACCUAGUGUUUUCCCCUCUUCUUCUUAGGGGCCAGCAGGAGAGAGAGGCGAACAGGGUGCCCCGGGACCUUCUGGAUUCCAAGUAAGUAGAGCGAUUCUCUUGUGCCUCUUUAAGGGCAGUGCUCACCAUUGUUAAUUCUGCCUGUGCUGGGGAGUGUAACUGUUUGCACAAGUAACACGAACUGAAAAUGUGGAGAGAAGUUAGGGAAAGGACUGCCCGCCCCCCAUCCCAGAUGACUGUCUAGCUCCGUUGGAAGGAUAUGACAUGGAAGCACAGGGUUGUCAUAAACUCUUAACUGUCCAUGAAGAAUGAAUCCAUGUUCUCUAGUCUUGCAUGCCUUAGUGGUGAGUACCUGCUAAGCAAGACGCCCAGAUGAAGGUUUUCUGGCAGAGUGAUCCAUGAACCUGAAGGGGGUGGGUGAGUUGUUGUUGUUGUUUAGUCGUUUAGUCGUGUCCAACUCUUCGUGACCCCAUGGACCAGAGCAUGCCAGGCACUUCUGUCUUCCACUGCCUCCCGCAAUUUGGUCAAACUCAUGCUGGUAGCUUCGAGAACACUGUCCAGCCAUCUCGUCCUCCGUCAUCCCCUUCUCCUUGUGCCCUCCAUCUUUCCCAACUUCAGGGUCUUUUCCAGGGAGUCUUCUCUUCUCAUGAGGUGGCCAAAGUAUUGGAGCCUCAGCUUCAGGAUCUGUCCUUCCAGUGAGCACUCAGGGCUGAUUUCCUUCAGAAUGGAUAGGUUUGAUCUUCUUGCAGUCCAUGGGACUCUCAAGAGUCUCCUCCAGCACCAUAAUUCAAAAGCAUCGAUUCUUCGGUGAUCAGCCUUCUUUAUGGUCCAGCUCUCUGUCCCAACUACUUGGGUCUCAAGCUGCAUUGAGUUCCUCACACCUCCCAAGGUGCCUCACUUUAGGAGCUCCUCAAAAAGGUGUGCCUCAUUUGAGAUUUGCAGGGAUAGCAUAGGGCUGCUUGAGAUAUGUCGGCCUUCCCUAAGCUGCUGUCCCCCAGAUGUUGUUGGGCUGUAGCUCCCAUCAUCGCUGACCAUUGGUCAUGCCAGCUGGGGAUCCAUCAACAUCUGGAGGGCACCAGCUUGGAGAAGGUUCGUCUUGUCUUAAUCAGAGGUGCUUGGGUGGGCAGGCAUAAUUUUGUUGUAAAUGUCUAGGGGUUGGGGUAUUCAUUCCAGUAUUUUAUUUCCAGUUUCUCCAUUAUCUGAACUGUGGAAUCUGUUAUCUCCUUAAACACCCUUUGCCAAAAACAUGUCCAUAUUUACACCCCCACCACAUGUGAACAUAAUUCCCUGUUACCUAGCAUCCCUUCCAACAUAACACCGAAUAUCCUUUAUUUAUUUGAUUUAAUCUGACUGGUGUUAAAUGCCAUCUUCAAACUAAUUUAUAAUAAUUUUCUUUUAUUCUUAUAGACAGCAUUUGCAACGUACGUUUCUCCCAUAUUUCCCUCCAGCUUUGACUAUCUAUCUGCCCUGUUGUCUCCUUUUCCCACACUUCUUUUAAUUGAGCUUCUUUUUCCUCCAUUUCUACUAAUAUUUUAUAAAUUUCACUGGUUUCCCCUUUUAUAACUGUAUUUUCUUCUUUAUCUCCCCUUUUUAUAAUCAUUUUUUUUUUCAAAUUUUGUAUAUUCUUUGCAGUUCCUCUUUUCCCUUAACUACUUUUUUGCCUAUUGCUCCAGUUGUAUACAGUUAAACCAAGUUAUUUUACUUCCUGUCUGAUAAAAUCUAACGGCAAUCAAUUUGGCUCACAAGACUUCCCUUCCUGCCCUGGACACUAUUGGUGUUUCUGGACCGGCACUUCCCCGAGAGUGUCAUGCUAACACUAUAUUUCUUGUUUUCAGGGACUUCCAGGUCCCCCAGGUCCUCCGGGUGAAGGUGGAAAGCCAGGUGACCAGGUAAGUAAUGAGAAAGAGAGAGAUGGGCAUUGAGGAUCACCCUUGGAAUAAUCUGGACAGAAUGAGAACUCAAGUCUGCAGAGUGUUGACUUUCUAAGCUUAAGGGUGUCCUGCUGCAAAGGGACUUCCUUCUAGUCAAUAGUUUCUGUGUAUAUGAGGAAUAAAUCAGCCACAGGUGUUUUAUUCUGUGAAGCCCUGCUUGUUCCAGAUAGUAAUUCUUGGCAGCUGAACUGGGCAGGGAGGGUCAAUAUGUAUUCAGUGCAGCAAGCUAGAUAAACAAAUGUUGUUUUGAAGCAAAUGCAUGCUUGGGCUCAUUUAAUUGUUGGCAGUAAUGUUCACUGGAUGUGUGGAAUCAAUGUGCUGGACAUAACAGAGGGAAAACUGCAUGAGAUCUGCAACAGAGGGCCCACUUGAACAUUGAGAGUCUCUUUCUACCCCCCCCCCCUUUGCCCUUGUUCAUAGGUAUUUUUAGAUUAUUCUCUGCAAAUAUGAGCUUAGCAACACAGUAUAUUUAAGUAUAACGGUUGAGAAGUAUUGGAUCCAAGGGGGAAUCUUAAUGGUUGUUCAGGGGACUGUAGAUUAGCUAACCUCUCUCCUUCCCUCUUUCCCUGCUUCUAAAUAUAUAUGUAUAUCUUUCUUUCAGGGUGUUCCUGGAGAGGCUGGCGCCCCCGGUCUUGUUGGUCCCAGAGUGAGUAGCGUAAAUUUAAAAUCCAGGGCCUAGGGGUGGGUGAAUCAGUCUAAAUCCACUGUCACUUUCACAUUGUGGUUAAUUCAUAGAUACCCACUUGACCACACAGAUCUGCAGAACUGGCACUUUUACCACUGCCCCAUAUUAUCCAUUCCUCACUUGCAAGAAAUAAAAUCUUUAGUGUGGCAGCAGCCAUGCCCUUUGAAAUUAGUAAGCAGGUGUCUUCGCUCUAUUCUUUUUGGUGCCUGCUAAAAACAUUAUGGUUCCAGUAAGCCUACCCAGGCAUGUAAUUUUGGUGUGUUAUUUUAGUAAGCAAAAUUGUUUUUAAAUUAUUGAUUUUUUUAUGUUUUAAUUUAUUAAUGUAACUUGUUUCAAUGUUUGCUUUUAUUGCCAUUUUGGAUUGUCUUUUGUCAACCAUUUAGAGGUCUUUCGUUUGAGUCAGUGGUAUAUAAAUUUAGUUAAAUAAUACUAAAAUAAAUCGUAAGUCAUUUUAUUUUUGUAUCAGUUGUCGCAUAUUUUUUUUAAAAAAAGUGAGAAGCAUGCAUUGGUUUUUAAUAUAAUUUUCAUUUUAUCCUAAAAUACACACUUCUGUACCCUAUCAAAAAUACUCAAUUUUAUUUGUAUUUUGGUGUGUUUUUGAGCUGAAAACUCAAAAUUCAGAGGACUGUGAUAAAUGAAGGAUUCCAGGCUCCAUAUUAAGUACAGGGUGUUUGCUUUAAAAUGAGGAAAGUACAAAAUCCUCAACCAUUCCCAUCAACACCUUACCAUAAUCAUGCCACUCUAGAACAGAGUCUUCUACUCAUCCUGAGCACUAAAAUGAUCUCUUUCCUCUCUAGGGCGAGCGCGGCUUCCCAGGUGAGCGUGGAUCUCCAGGUGCCCAAGGCUUGCAGGGUCCUCGUGGUCUUCCCGGCACUCCUGGGACCGAUGGACCCAAGGUAGGUGGCGACUUAGCAUUACUUCCUGUUCUGCAGUGCAGCCUGUACACCUUUCUCCCACCUCCCAGCCCCGGUGGCUGCCAUACAGAAAGAGCCUCAUAGCAUCUGGACCGCCAGGUACAUUAUGAACUCAGUUUCUUUCAGAGAAAGAGGAUAAUAGGGAAAUCAGCUGAGGGACCGUUGGCGGGGAAGAUAUUGGCAAGCUUCCUUGUCAGGGCGCUGCUUUUUUGAAGAGACUUUGGGCAGCGGAGUUCAGCAGGGACUAGAUUAAUUGAAAGACCUACACUGCUUACAGUGGUACCUCGGGUUAAGAACUUAAUCCGUUCUUAACCUGAAACUGUUCUUAAGCUGAAGCACCACUUUAGCUAAUGGGGCCUCCUGCUGCCGCUGCGCCACCGGAGCACGAUUUCUGUUCUCAUCCGAAGUACUAUUUCUGGGUUAGCGGAGUCUGUAACCUGAAGCGUAUGUAACCCGAGGUACCACUGUAAAGGAAAGACCUACACUGGCUCCCAGUACGUUUCCAAGCACAAAUCAAAGUGUUGGUGCUGACAUUUAAAGCCCUAAACAGCCUCGGCCCAGUAUACCUGAAGGAGCGUCUCCACCUCCAUCGUUCUGCCCGGACACUGAGGUCCAGCGCCGAGGGCCUUCUGGUGGUUCCCUCAUUGCGAGGAGUGAGGUUACAGGGAACCAGGCAGAGGGCCUUCUCGGUAGUGGCACCCGCCCUGUGGAAUGCCUUCCCACCAGAUGUCAAAGAGAAAAAUAACUACCAAACUUUUAGAAGACAUCUGAAGGCAGCCCUGUUUAGGGAAGCUUUUAAUGUUUAAUAGGUUAUUGUGUUUUAGUGUUCUGCUGGAAGCUGCCCAGAGUGGCUGGGGAAACCCAGCUAGAUGGGCGGGGUAUAAAUAAUAAAUUAUUAUUAAUUGUGAAAGGGUGGCUCUAUAGAGAAGGUUGAGAGAGCGCUUGUCAUGCUUUCCUGGCUUUCCACUACCUCUUGUGUUUGUCUGACAUCCUGAAUUCCUUCUAUCAAGUUUGUUGAGUACGGUACAGUGGUGCCCCGCAAGACGAAUGCCUCGCAAGACGAAAAACGCGCAAGACGAAAGAGUUUUCCGUUUUUUGAGUCGUUCCGCAAGACGAAUUUCCCUAUGGGCUUGCUUCGCAAGAAGAAACGUCUUGCGAGUUCUUGCGAGUUUGUUUCCUUUUUCUUAAAGCCGCUAAGCCGUUAAUAGCCGCUAAGCCGCUAAUAGCCGUGCUUCGCAAGACGAAAAAACCGCUAGACGAAGAGACUUGCGGAACGGAUUAAUUUUGUCUUGCGAGGCACCACUGUACAUGACAAUCUCGUAAUGUGGGGGACAUCUUCUCCCAUAGAAGGGAGGUGUGCGUUCAGCUCAUCAAUCGCAUGUUGGUGAAAUAAUACAUGAUACAGUGGUGCCUCGCAAGACGAAAUUAAUCCGUUCCGCGAGUCUCUUCGUCUAGCGGUUUUUUCGUCUUGCGAAGCAACCCUAUUAGCGGCUUAGCGGAUUAGCGCUAUUAGCGGCUUAUCGGCUAUUAAAGGCUUAGCGGCUUAGCUGCUAAAAGGCUAUUAGCGGCUUAGCGGCUUAGAAAAGGGGGGGGGAAGCGGAAAAAAAAUCUCAAGACUCGCAAGACAUUUUCGUCUUGCGAAGCAAGUCCAUAGGGAAAUUCGUCCUGCGAAGCAACUCAAAAACGGAAAACCCUUUCGUCUAGCAGGUUUUCCGUCUUGCGAGGCAUUCAUCUUGCGGGGCACCACUGUAGUGCCUCUCUCUGUAAUCCUGCAAGUCUAUUGUGAUGAAUGCCCAAGCAGUUGCAUAGUGAUUGUGACUAGGGCUGGGCAAUACCUGGUUUUCAACACUAUGAUAUAUCGCCAGCUAAACAUUGCGAUAUUUCAGACAUGUGAUAUAUCAGUAUAAGGAUGUUGCUAUGUAGAGGCAUUGGCUGGCUUCACGGUUUUCCCCGCAUUGUGAUUUUUUGCACAACACACACACAUCAUGACUUGCCAUAUAUUGCCAGGUCAAAAAUUACGAAACGGAUACCACGAUAUGGAUUUCAAACCGAGUUUGGAAGAUACUUGGAAAUAUUGCCAAGCUUUAAUGGUGAGCCUUAUUUUUCUUUUCCAGGGCGCAACUGGUCCUGCUGGUGCCGUUGGAGCACAAGGCCCCCCAGGUCUUCAGGGAAUGCCUGGUGAGAGAGGAGCUGCAGGUAUUUCUGGACCAAAGGGAGACAGGGUAAGUCGUCACCUUCUCCUUCUCCUCCUCUUCAUGGAAUACUUGAAGGGCUGUUUUGUCAGGGAUUGGGUGCCACCUGCCAAUUAGCCGGGUGGAAUUGAAAAUCGCUUUUUUAGAUUGAUAGAAAGGACUGGCAGAAUCUGAGACCAGGGAGAAGAGACGGUGGAAGAAGAUUGGGAAAAAGUUUUAAAAAUUUAUUUAUAGAAACAUUGUAAAAUUAAUGAGUGUUAGAAAAAUGUUGGAAUGAAAUUACACGGCUUUAGUAGAAAUGUUAUAAGGAGUUAAGUACAAAUAAGUUUUAGGGUAUUAAUGGUAAGAUAAGGUUAAAAUAAAUUAUGAUAAUUAUAUGAUAGAAAAUAGUGAAAGAUGGAAAGGAUUUGCUGAAACAAUUAAUAACUAGAACACAAAAAAGGGAGGUGUGAGGAGGUCGAUGAAACAAGUUAAUGAAAGACAAAAAUAUGGAAAUAUUGGAAUGUGAUUUUAAUUGUUUUUGCUUUUGCUUUUGCUUUGAUGUAUUGUGUCUUUUGUUUUUUGUUUUUUUAUGUAUAGUAUUGAUUUGCAUUGUUUACUUUUUUUUCUCUUUCUGUAAUCUUUAAACCUUUAAUAAAUAUUAUUUUUUUAAAAAAAGAAAAUCACUUUUUUAAUCUUUUCACUCUGGGGCAAUUAUCAUAAACAAAGAGGGUUCUCAGAAUUGCCACCUACUUACUGUCUAUCCUUCUGCUGUCCUCCAACAGGGUGAUAUUGGUGAGAAGGGACCAGAAGGUGCUCCUGGCAAAGAUGGUGGCAGAGUAAGUGGCCAACUUGGCUUUUUCCUUUCUUAAGACAUCAAGCAACCGGUUUAGCCAACUAAGAGGUUGAUGGUGGGAAAAAACACAUCUACUGGGGUGGCGCUGUGGGACGCGGGUGGCGCUGUGAGUUAAACCACAGAGCCUAGGACUUGCCGAUCAGAAGGUCAGCAGUUCGAAUCCCCGUGACGCGGUGAGCUCCUGUUGCUCGGUCCUUGCUCCUGCCAGUCUAGCAGUUCGAAAGCACGUCAAAGUGCAAGUAGAUAAAUAGGUACCGCUCUGGCGGGAAGGUAAACAGCGUUUCCGUGUGCUGCUCUGGUUCGCCAGAAGUGGCUUAGUCAUGCUGUGCACCAGCUCCCUCGGCCAAUAAAGCGAGAUGAGCGCCACAACUCCAAAGUCGGCCACGACUGGACCUAAUGGUUAGGGGUCCCUUUACCUUUACCUCCUCUAUAGAAGAGAGGGAAAUGACUUGACCAUUGGAGAACUGUGAUCAAGGCAAAAGUGGGCUUUUGGUUAGAGCUGAGCCUCUGAAAACUUGGCAAGGCCAAAAGAGAGUUUAGGUCAAAGGCCUAAAGAAUAUUCUCAAGCUGUCAAGGUAAGAAAACAAGUACUGAUGAAUAAGUGUUAGGUGUUCCCGGCUACUCUUCCGAAAGUGAAUCCAGUCCCAUCUUCUAUGAGCUUCAGAAAGAGUGGGGGGUAACGUUUGUGCCCCAUUUUUAGUGCUAAUGUCUCAGUUCUGAAACUGCCAGUAAAGCAGGGAUGCCUUUGAUACAAAUGGGAUGCUUUUCACCAGUACACCUAAUUCUUUUUUUCCCUUUUGCCAGGGCUUGACUGGUCCCAUUGGUCCUCCUGGCCCUGCUGGCGCCAAUGGAGAGAAGGUAAGAAAGUCUUCUGCAAAUGAGUUGUCCUUGGUUAGGCUACGCAGCAGGCAGAGGUGGUUUCUAAGUCUUGUGGGUAUAUUUGUCUCGGUAACAGCCUGUUCCACAUUUUGUGUCAAAUUUGGGCGUAUUUCACUACAGACUAAAAAUGGUUUAAUGGUGACUUCCUGUCUGUUGUUGCUUCUAGCAUAUUUUACUGCUUUUCAUGAUGGAUCAGUCUAUUUCUGGUCCAUGGCGUUUCAUUCACGUCUAUUCCUAAUUCUGUUUUGUGGAAUAUCCCCACUGAUCUGCAAACAUGAAGAAAACUACAUUUUAAAGCAGAUAUUCACAAAAUAUGCAUUUUCCUACAUACUUGAUCCAAAAAAUGUACAUUUUUUAUGCAUUUUAAUCUUAAAAUACACAUUUUUAUCCUUUAAAAAAAAUCUAAGAAUUGUAUUUCAAAAUAAGAAAAAGUUUUAAAAAACAAAAGAUAAUUGCACCAGUUUGGUUUGAGGAAAAUGUGGAUCAUACAAAAUCCUUGAUCUUUUUCUCUUUUUUUAAUUCCACCAGGGUGAAUCUGGCCCCCCUGGCCCAGCUGGUGCUGCAGGUGCUCGUGGUGGCCCCGUAAGUUUGAUAUUACUAUGAAUUCUUUUGUAGAAGGGUAUCUGAAUGGGGGGACGCGGGUGGCACACUGGGUUAAACCACAGAGCCUAGGACUUGCCGAUCAGAAGGUCGGUGGUUCAAAUCCCCGCGACGGGGUGAGCUCCCGUUGCUCGGUCCCUGCUCCCGCCAACCUAGCAGUUCGAAAGCACGUUAAAGUGCAAGUAGAUAAAUAGGUACCGCUCCGGCGGGAAGGUAAACGGCAUUUCAGUGCGCUGCUAUGGUUCGCCAGAAGCGGCUUAGUAGUACGCCGGCUCCCUCGGCCAAUAAAGUGAGAUGAGUGCCGCAACCCCAGAGUCGGCCACGACUGGACCUAAUGGUCAGGGGUCCCUUUACCUUUAUCUGAAUGGGGAAAGAUUCAACUUGGCCUAUAAAAUCUUUGAAACCCUAACAGGGGUCUCCUUCAGCUCCUGUCAGUAGCACAGAGGGGCAAACAAGCACAUUUCUUGCUGUUUCCAUUCUGUGUGCUGCUGUGGUGUGUGAAUAUCAUCUCAAGAGAGGGACCUUUGUUGCUUUGACCGGCAUUUAGCAAAGCAGGCCUUAGCUGGAGUCACAUUUUCUUUAAAUAGAGCAAUUGUGAAUUAGUACCGCUUAACAUUUCACGAAUCUUUGACCUUACAUCUUUGGCAUAAACAGUUCUCAUUACUUGAGGAUGUGAGCCUCGCUAUGCUAAGUGUAGAAAAGACAGACCCCAACUUCAUGCGCCAACAAUGUAAGGUUGUGGGACUCAUUGGGCAGAGAAUGUGAGUUGGUGGCCUACAGGCAGUGCCAGAUUUCUGUAUAAGCUAAACAAGCUAUAGCUUAGGGCCCCACUCUCUUGGGGGCCCCAAAAAAAUUUAAAGGGGGAAAAACUGGAUGUACAUUUCCAAAUAUAAGAUAAAAAACAAAUAAAACCUACAUACAGCUACAGUGGCAAAUGGCUUUAGAUACCUAUUAGGUCCAUAAAUUACCAUAUAGCAUAUAUUCAACACAAAAAACAGCAGCAAUUUGUUGUUGACAAAGGACAGCUGGAUAUUUAAAGGGCCCCAUUACCUUCAGUAGCUUAGGGCCUCAUCAAACCUAAAUCCAGCCCUUCCUACAGGCCAGCCAUUUCUUUGGUGACCUUAGCAAACCUUAAUCAAGGUGUAGAAUUGGGCGGGGGGACACUGUUCACAGUUCUGCUUAUAAGGAAAAUCAGCAGUGAAUCCCCCAUGACUACUUCAUAUUCAAAGUGCCACUAGCAGUCAUUCUCUCUCCCCGUCUCUCUUGGGUGCCUUGGGGAGCAUGUUUGUUCCUAAGGCUCCCAGUUAAUGACCUCAUCCCAUUGGGUGGAAGGAAUCCUCUACCAGUGGGUGAUGCUGACUUAAUUACAGAUCACUAUGUGUGUGAGGCCUGGGGAGUUCCAGCCCUAGACUAGACUAGUUCCUGGAGAGUAAAACUGACCUUGAGAAUGCAGGUGUUGGCCAUACCUGGCAUAGGGCAUCCAGAUGACUGGGUGGAUGGUGUUUUCUUUAUCUCCAGCUCUUUCCUCAGCUGACGACUGUUUCUGUUUCAGGGUGACCGUGGUGAACCUGGUGCUCCCGGCCCUGCUGGAUUUGCUGGUCCUCCUGUGAGUAAUUCUCAGAAGCUUAAACCUCUUUCCUCCCAUAGCCUGCCCCUCUCUCUCUCUCUCUCUCUCUCUCUCUCUCUCUCUCUCUUUCUCUCUCACCAUGAAUGCUUUUGCCUUCCUCCCCAAUACAGGGUGCUGAUGGACAACCUGGUGCUAAAGGCGAGCAAGGGGAAACUGGCCAGAAGGGAGAUGCUGGGGCCCCAGGCCCACAAGGAUCAUCUGGUGCUCCUGGCCCACAGGUUGGUAAAUCCUUCAUUGCAGGGGGUGGGACUAGAUGACCACUGGGGUCCCUUCCAACUCUACAGUUCUAGGAUUCCUAUCCUGGGAUGGUAGCCAGUGACUAGCAAGAGCCAGGUGGGGGCUUUUUUUAAGAUGCUGGAGAAGACCUGUCUCCUCGUUGAAAGAAGAUUGGGGCUUAAGGGUCAUAUGAGGGAAGUAUUGGAGCAGAGUCAUAGGCUGGAUAGAACAUCAUUCAUAUGGGGCUUUGUCCCUCCCCUAAUAUAUAUAUUUUUAAUUAUUAGCAAUUUCAAUAUAACAAAUCAUCUUCAUUAUUUUGCCUCCAUUUUUCCCUCCCCCCUCCCCAACAAACCCUCCCUCCCUCCCCCCUAAGACUUCCCUCAGCUCCUCUCUCUGAUUUUUCAACCCAUGUUAACUUCUGCAUAUUGUAAAAUUGUAUACAUCCUUAUAUUAUCUGUCUACUAUGUUAACCUCCCCCCCAACUUAGUCAACUGGAAUUAAACACAUUCAUGGAGGACAAGUCUGCCAGAUGGCUACUGGCUGUGGUACCUCCAAGUUCAGGGGACGUGUACUUCUGAAUACUAGUUUCUGGGGUACAAACAACCAGGGCUUGUUGCACUGCACGAGAACUGGUAGGAAUGGCUUCUGUAGCAUGUUUUCAUGUGCCAGGGGCGUCGCUCCUAUUUUCAUGUACUCUUAGAAAGUCAAAAAACACCCAACCCUGUAAAGCAGAGAUUUUGCUCUGUGUGGCACACAUGAGUUCGCAUCGUGCAAGAGAGUGGCAGAGAGUAAACAUCAAAAGAGGAGGCAGAGGUCUGUCAGAAAGGAGGCUGGUUGCUUCUUUCAGAUCUGUGCUACAGAGAUCUCUGGCAGAAGCUCAGUGAGAAGGUUAACUGUUCCUAAUUCAGAUUUUGUUUUGUGUCUCUGUAGGGCCCAACUGGUGUGACUGGUCCAAAGGGAGCACGUGGUGCACAGGGACCUCCGGUAAGUAUUUUAUGGACAAUUUGCUUCAUUCCUUCCCUUACUGGCACCUCUGAUAACUGUGCUGUGAUAGUUUUUAAAAUAAUCAUACUUGACUUGAAGCUUCUUCUGUAGAUCACCCUGUUCAGUACCUUGGAGAGCAGAAGUCGGUGAUUACACCACUCGGAUAAAUACCAUAUUUACUCAAAUGUAAUGCGCACUUUUUUGGGCCAAAUUACAUCGUGAAAAUUAGGGUGCGCAUUAGAUUUGAUGGCGCAUUAGAUUCUAUCGCAAGCUUGUAAAACGCCGCUGACAUAGCAAACAGUUCCUGGGUUUCAAGGUUUUGAAAACUGAGGUGCACAUUGUUGUUGUUGUUUGGUCGUUUAGUCAUGUCCGACUCUUCGUGACCCCAUGGACCAGAGCACACCAGGCACUCCUGUCUUCCACUGUCUCCCGCAGUUUGGUCAGACUCAUGUUGGUAGCUUCAAGAACACUGUCCAACCAUCUUGUCCUCUGUCGUCCCCUUCUCCUUGUGCCCUCCAUCUUUCCCAACAUCAGGGUCUUUUCCAGGGAGUUUUCUCUUCUCAUGAGGUGGCCAAAGUAUUGGAGCCUCAGCUUCAGGAUCUGUCCUUCCAGUGAGCACUCAGGGCUGAUUUCCUUAAGAAUGGACAGGUUUGAUCUUCUUGCAGUCCAUGGGACUCUCAAGAGUCCCCUCCAGCACCAUAAUUCAAAAUCAUCAAUUCUUUGGCAAUCAGCCUUCUUGAUGGUCCAGCUCUAGAUUCAUGUAAAUAUGGUAGCUUCAAUCCAAAGACUACUGGCAAUGAACCUUAGCCUGCCACCCUCCCUCAGUUUCUCUGGUAACUGUAAAACCUCCCCAUGUAAGCACAUGCCAUAGCUACUUUCUCUUCACGAGCCUCAUCAACUCAAUGAGGGGAGAUGUGUUUUUAAAAGUAUGUGCACAGAAGGGAAUGUUGAGGUGUGUUUCUGUGUGAGAAAAGUGGCCGGUUUAAAAUUGGGAAUGUGGACCCGAGGCAAAAAAGGUUCCACACUCUGUUGUGGGCAAUUUACCGGGCUGUUUUGCUGCUUGAGGCAAAACAGGAAGUGCCAGUCCACCACAUGGUCCUCACCUGGGGUGGAGGGGGUGCAAAAUGGCAGCAACAAUGACAGGUUCCGGAAAGAUAUUGCUGGAAAUUGGCACCGAUGUGGGAGGCAGCAGGGCAGUCAGGAAGCCCAUGGGAGUACCGCCUUGGCGGCUGGUUCAUCCCUCAUGGGUGGGCCAGCCCUGGGCUGUUGUGUCUCACAUAGUAGUAGUAGUAGUAGUAGUAGUAAUAAUAAUAAUAAUAAUAAUAAUAAUUUAUUAUUUGUACCCCACCCAUCUGGCUGGGUUUCCCCAGCCACUCUGGGCGGCUCCCAAUCAAAUGUUAAAAACAGUACAGCAUUAAAUAUUAAAAACUGCGUUCAGAUGUCUUUUAAAGAUAGGAUAGCUGCUUAUUUCCUUCACAUCUGAAGGGAGAGUGUUCCACAGGGUGGGCGCCACUACCGAGAAGGCCCUCUGUCUGGUUCCCUGUAACCUCACUUCUCACAAUGAGGGAACUGUCAAAAGGCCCUCAGCGCUGGAUUUCAGUGUCCGGACUGAACGAUGGGGGUGGAGACGCUCCUUCAGGUAUACAGGACUGAGGCUGUUUAGGGCUUCCAACAAAGAUUAAAAAUACUUCGUCUACAAAAGGUCACAGGUUCAGCCUCUGCUGUUUCUGCUUAAGUCUCUUGGGUGGGAGACGUGGGAAGCCACUGCCAGUUAGUAUAAGAUUGGCCUUUUUCAACCUAGUGCCCUCUGUAUGCUGUUGGACUACAACUCCCAUCAGCCCCAACCAGCAUGCCCAGUGGUCAGGGAUGAUAAAACUUGUAGUCCAACAACACUUGGAAGGCUACAGGUUGGGGGAGACUGUCACUGUAAGACAGUACCUUAUUCUGUUGUUCAGUGGCACCAGCGCUGUGGAACGCCCUCCCAUCAGAUGUCAAGGAAAUACAGUGGUCCCUCUGGAUACGAACGGGAUCUGUUCCGGAGGCCUGUUCACAUCCUGAAGUGAACGCAACCUGCGUCCCCACGUCCGCGCAUGCGCGGGUCGCAAUUCACUGCUUCCGCGCAUGCACGUGACGUCAUUUUGACCGUCUGCACAUGAGCAAGCGGCGAAACCCGGAAGUAAUGCAUUCUGUUACUUCUGGGUCACCGCGGAGCGCAACCCGAAAGCGCUCAACCUGAAGCAACUUCAACCUGAUUGUUGUAAACAACAAUCUUACUUUUAAAAGACAUCUGAAGGCAGCCCUGUUUAGGGAAGUUUUUAAUGUUUGAUACUGUAUUGUUUUUAAUAUUCUGUUGGAAGCCGCCCAGAGUGGCUGGGGAGGCCCAGCCAGAUGGACGGGGUAUAAAUAAUAAGUUGUUGUUGUUAAAAAUAAUAAUAUAUAAAAGACAGGAGGAGCACAGUCUAGGCCAAGCUAGCUCCUGUCUUCAGAAAGGUUUUUCAAACUUGAUUAUUCUUUCAUGAUGGCCAAGAAGUGGAGAAGCUAAAGAGGAAGGGCUCUUUCAUAAACGGGUCUUCCAGGGAACCAUCGAGAUUUGCACUGCUUUAUUAGAGGCGAGGUAUCUGCAGCCUAGUCUCCUGGCCAUCUGUGGGCCAGCUAUCUCAUUUGAUGCUUUAAACAAGCUUGGAUGUUAUGGGUGCCAUGGGCAACCACGAGCUAGAACAAGACAUCGCCCCAAGAGAUGGUUGUGUGGUGAGCUGGGCUUUGAGAGCAUGGUCAGAUGGUGGAAUCAGUACCGACCAUGUUUUAGUGGAGGGUCCUUACCCCCAUGCCUGAAACGUAUCAGCACUGACACGCAGCAGGGGGAAAAAUAGAACGACUCCCUCAUUCAGUCUGGCCUCUUUUUUGACCUCAACAGGUAAUUCUCAAAGCCAAAGAGGGUUUCUUUUAUGCUUUCCAAACUUCACCAAAUUGAAACCUUUUUUUAGGUGGAAUCUACACACAUAUAAAAAAAUGUUCUGAAAAAAAUAUGCUUUUUUAAAAAGCGUUUUUGAAAAUACAUUGAAUUUUCCAUAAAGCUCACCAUCGCCAUCUGGUGUCACAUUGUAUAUUGCACUUAAAACACACUUGAAACAUUUUAUUUGCAGCUGUAUAGCUGAGCCUUCAGUGAAACAGGCUGAAAAUAAAGGGGGUGGUCCUGCAGUUUCCCCAACCACCCGCUGGUGCCUCAACUGUUCCUGGGUGCUCUAUUCAUAAUCCUUUUUAUUUCUUCCCAGGGUGCUACUGGAUUCCCUGGUGCAGCAGGAAGAGUUGGACCGCCAGGCCCUAACGUAAGUUGUUGGUCGUUCAUAGGCAUUUAUUUUAUUUUAAAUUUGUAUUAUAGGCAACCAAGAAUGUGUUUUAUGUGUUUAUAUCAAUUGUUUUAGGAAUAAAAGAGAGGAAAUCAUAAAUACAUGGAUGCUAAUAAGGGAUAACUUGAUAUAAAAUCCCACAGGAGAGGGAUAUAGAAGUGGCAGAAACUGAGGCUGCAGUCACCCACUUACGUGGAAGCAAGCCCUAUUGAACAGUUAGGCUUACUUUUACAGUGCAAGCCUACUCAAAAUUAAGACUCCGGUGGGUAGAAACAUCAAACACUUCUGUUGAGUUGCCUUGAUAAAAGCACUAAAACUUAAGUCACAUGAAAGUUCCUUCUUCCAUGGUCUAUUAUUUUACCUAGUUAAAAACAACAAAGAUCUGACCUUAACUUGAGUGGACUUCUUAACAAGUCUGGUUUAGUCACCUACAAACUCUGAUGCUGUUGAUCUGGAAUUAUGGAAGUAGUCCCUUGAACCUGACCAUUAUUAAUUGGUUAGAGGCCUUUUUUCCUCUGCCCCCUUUCCCCACAAUCUGGGACCUGCCAAGUUCUAAAUCACUUGACUUCUACUUGCACAACAACCAGUGGGGCUCUAACCUUGAAUACUUUCAACCCUAGGAGCUUACAAAAUGCAUUUAAGUUCUCCUUUCACUUCCUUUAAUAUGAGUCUGUAAGGGGGCGAGGACAACUCAAUUGGUCUUAAAUGACUGAUGUGAUAUUUGAUCUCCUGCAGUUGGAGUUUGUUUUUGACUCCAGGUGUCUGGUUUAGAUGCUUUCAGGUGGGAUCAUCAGGACAUUCUCUGAUUAAAUUGAUGACCAACCUGCUCAUGGAUUCAGGCUACAUUGUAAUUAGGGUUGCCACCUUUGGUCAGAUCAAAUAAAGGACAAGUCGGGGGGAAUUGGGGGGCUAAAAAUUACUUUACCUGGUUCAGAAUGAAAUGACUUCAAAGCCAUUUUGAUAUUGGUUGCAUGCAAGAUAAGCAUGUUUGGGUGAGCACACAAAUGCCUAUUUUUCUUUUUAUGACUUUGAAAACGGGACAAAUUGGGGGCCAAACGGGACAGGGUACUUUGUGCCCCAAAAUGGGACAGUCUCGUUUUUUGAGGGAUGGGUGGUAACCUUAGUCAUCGUGAAUGCAAGAAAAAGCAGUGUCUCAUGGAACAUCUUCAAAAAUGUAAACCUCUGGGGAGAUUUUUAACUUUUGGGAGGUAUACGUAAAUCUGGAGGCUGACAGGAAGCAUUUAUCUCAAUUUACGUUGCACCCAAAAGAAUCUUAUUGUGUCCUGAAGCCUAACAACUUGCCAUUCUCUUGCAGAUAAGGUGGAUUCAUGUUUUCUCUCAACAGUAUAACUUUCAAUGCAGAGAAUCAGUCUCUGGGGAUCUUACUGGCUCUCCCUUUUCCCCAUAGGGCAAUCCCGGUUCCGCAGGACCUCCCGGUGCCCCUGGUAAAGAUGGUCCCAAGGGUGCUCGUGGCGACGCAGGCCCCACUGGGCGUGCUGGCGAUCCUGGUUUGCAAGGUCCUGCUGGUCCCCCAGGCGAGAAGGGAGAAUCUGGAGAAGAUGGUCCUCCUGUACGUAUUCAUCCUGCCUUCUUUGCAUGUACAAUGGAUCUGGCUUGCUGCUUUGUCAUUUGCAAAUUAACACCCAUCUCUGCCCUUAUCUUUCCCCUCCAGGGUGCUGACGGCCCACCUGGACCUCAAGGCUUGGCAGGUCAGAGAGGGAUCGUUGGUCUCCCUGGUCAGCGCGGUGAGAGAGGCUUCCCUGGUCUGCCGGGUCCUUCUGUAAGUGAUCUGAGGAGCUUGUUGUUGUUGUUGUUUAGUCGUUUAGUCGUGUCCGACUCUUCGUGACCCCCUGGACCAGAGCACGCCAGGCACUUCUGUCUUCCACUGCCUCCCGCAGUUUGGUCAAACUCAUGCCGGUAGCUUCAAGAACACUGUCCAACCAUCUCGUCCUCUGUCGUCCCCUUCUCCUUGUGCCCCCAAUCUUUCCCAGCAUCAGGGUCUUUUCCAGGGAGUCUUCUCUUCUCAUGAGGUGGCCAAAGUAUUGGAGCCUCAGCUUCAGGAUCUGUCCUUCCAGUGAGCACUCAGGGCUGAUUUCCAUAAGAAUUGAUAGGUUUGAUCUUCUUGCAGUCCAUGGGACUCUCAAGAGUCUCCUCCAGCACCAUAAUUCAAAGGCAUCCAUUCUUUGGCGAUCAGCCUUCUUUAUGGUCCAGCUCUCACUUCCAUACGUCACUACUGGGAAAACCAUAGCUUUAACUAUACGGACCUUUGUUGGCAAGGUGAUGUCUCUGCUUUUUAAGAUGCUGUCUAGGUUUGCUGAGGAGCUUAAGUUAGCAAAAAUGUGGAGGGGCAGGCAGUACUUUUGGGCUUGAAGCACGAGGAGAUGUGUGUCUGUUUCUCAAGUAUAUACUAAGCCUGUGGCCUCAACACCAUCCAUCGGUGAUAGAACUACAAAACCUGUCAGGGGUGCAAUUUAUUGCAUUCUGAGUACUUGGGCUUUUGUGGAUCAGGGAAAUUUUUUUUUGUCGUAUUCUGAAACGCCGAAUGUGUUAGGAGAAUUUGUCUUACAGAUUCAUAAAUGAGCAGUUGGCAUCACAAAUAAGUCUCUUUAGCUUACCAAGUAUGAAAAUGGAAAGGGUUUGGGGGAAAUUGAUGUUUGGGCACCAAACCGGGGGGGGGGGGGGAGAUCUAGACCCGCAGAGAGUGAGACCUGAUUCCCAAUAUCCAGUCUCUACCAUCUCCAGUUAAAGGAGUUAAGAUUUCCUCCGUAGGAAAAGCCCUGAGGUCAUGGAGAGCUGCUAGCUGGCAGUACUCUGCUACGUGGACCAUCUGCUUUGCACUUGACACACAUUUUGUAGGCCUGGGUUGAGUGGCUUCCCCUCGCCCCACUCCUUUCCCAGGGAAAACCCACUCUUUCGGCUCUUCUGGAACAAACAGCAAUCUGUGGAAAAUCCAGGUUGCCAUUUGCUUCUAUUGAGCGCUAAAGAGUAGCUUUCCCUGGAUGAAAGCAGUGGGACAAGAGGAUAAGCCCAUAGUCGUGUACAGCAAACUCUCUGAUAUACUAUGCUCCAGUUGCUCAGUCCCAGCUCCUGCCAACCUAGCAGUUCGAAAGCAUGUCCAAGUGCAAGUAGAUAAAUAGGUACCGCUUCGGCGGGAAGGUAAACGGCGUUUCCAUGCGCUGCUCUGGUUCGCCAGAAGCGGCUUAGUCAUGCUGGCCACAUGACCCGGAAGCUGUACGCCGGCUCCCCCAGCCAAUAAAGCAAGAUGAGCGCCGCAACCCCAGAGUCGGCCACGACUGGACCCAAUGGUCAGGGGUUCCUUUACCUUUAGGUGACAGUCAAAAUACUGCCAAAAUACUGAGCAAAGUACCUGUUCUUUACCUGAGCUGAUAUUUUCUUCCCACCCUCCUCUUUUCAGGGUGAGCCUGGUAAACAAGGAGCUCCCGGGGGCCCUGGAGACAGAGGUCCGCCUGGCCCAGUUGGUCCACCGGGCCUGACUGGUCCCUCUGGCGAACCUGGACGUGAGGUAAGCGUACUCAACUUGUUCUAUGUGUGGCCUGGGGAAAAGAGUAACAUAUCCUAUUUUAAAACUGCAUUCCUACAGCAAAACAUGUCAAGGGCCAGAGGAUGAGGGGCGGGGUGGGGGGAUGAAAACUUUCUUUCAAUGCCCCAGAGUGGAACAAACUUUUAAAAAUGAAACACCCUGAUGAUAUUUUAAAUCAGCCUUCUCCCAACCUGUUGCUCUGCAGAUGUUGGACUCCAACUCCCAUCAGCUGGCAUAGUGAAUGGCCAGGGGUGAUGGGAAUUGUAGUCUAGCAAGGAAGCACUGGGUUAGAGAAGGUUGAUGUGAUAGCAUUUCCAAUACGGUAUUUGUAGCACUUCCCAUUACAGUGAUUGUUGGUUUUGAUUUAUGCUGCAGCAGCCUCAAUUUAGCGAUGCAUUUCCAGGAAUAUUCUAAAGAGCAUAUGCAUUCUUCUUAAACCCUGAUCCUAAACAUAAUUCCUUCUUAGCCUUUAGAGGGAAUUACUUCCUUUUGAUUAAAAUCAUAGCCAUUAAUGUAGUUAGAAGUCAUCGACUGCCUUGUAAGGGAUACAAUCUACAUUUUUCUUACAUGUGGACCCCUUUUGCUUUUAAGGGAUGGCUAUAUUUAGCAGCAGCCCAUGGGGGGGGGGUCAGGGAGGGUGCUAUUAAAUAAGCUUUAGAUUACCCCCACUCUCUUCUCCAAGUAGCCUUCCAAAAACUUUGUUGCUGAUCAGGAAUCUAAAGCUACGAUCCAUGUUGUAAUUUUCCUCCACUUAACACCCCACCGCUUCCUGAAAACAAACCCAGUGUUUCUAAAAUGCUGACAUCUGCCAAAAAAGUUACCAGCCGUUCAAGGAACUGAUUGCUUCCAGCCUAUAGUGGGCUGGGCUUUUCUGCAAGUGGGAUUCCACUGGGUAGAGGUGACGGGCAAUUAAUUGUAACUGCAACUUUAUAAGCAGUAUUUAAAAGAGGUGAAUUUGGGGAGUGCUGAAAGGUGGUUCCUCAGCAAUUCAAGAAAGCAGUUCUUCCAGUUCUGGGUUACUGUCUCCUCCUCCUUUGCCAGCCAGUGGUGCCUGGGCUUGGCUUGAGGGUUGGUUUUGCAAGAGGAGCUGCGGAGGAGCUCUUUCAAAUGCUUGGACUAGGGUCUGCUAAACCUGAUGCCCAAGUUUGCUGGGAGCAAGGUGUCAGUUUCCUGCAAAAGUAGGUUCCAAGAAGGAACGGUCUCCAGAUUACCUUGGAGGAGGGUCAUACAUGACUGCGAUGAGUGUAUAUUGGCAAAGGCUGCUUGUCAAGCCAAGGUUGUGAAUCGGGAAUGAUUUUAGGAAAUGCAACUCACUGGGGUGGUUGGCUAUGCCUUCUCAGAAAAGACACACAGCGCCACUUCCUUGGCUCCUAAGGAUAAACACCUAUCAUUCUUAUUCUCAGGGCAAUCCUGGCUCAGACGGUCCCCCAGGCAGAGAUGGUUCCCCUGGCGUGAAGGUGAGUGUCCCAUUUCAAAGGAGCAUUAACCACUGCUGUAUUUAAAUAUGAUUUGCUCAAGGAACGUGUGUCGCUCGAGUCAAAAAUCUAAUGCCAUGUGGGUAUAAUCGCAGGGCAUAAUCCAGGUGGGAGCAGCUCACCUGCUUAAUCUUUCUGUCCACGUUCUUAGCCCUUACCUUCCUUGUUCUUAGUCCCACAAUUUUCUCAGGCAUCUCUUCCACCUCUUUCCCUGAAAUCUGAGUAACGCAGCAACAUUUUGUGGAAUAAGCCAUUAACAUUACCCUUACUUACACAAUUUAUUCCAGCCACAUAAUAUGCAUUUUGGGAGGCUGGAAGAAAGGCUGCUCUCUCCCUCUACCCCCAUGUCCUAUGCCAGUGCCUUGUCUGUUCCUUGCUGUUCAACCAAAGGUUUUCCCACACCUCUUCACCAAAGUCUUCCAAGAUCCUUCUCAGAUUGCUCCUUCAGCCCCAGCACCUGCCAUAUCUUCUAAGAGCAUGGAACCAGCCAGGGGGGAAAAGAGAAGGGAGGGGGAGGAAAUGUCCCAUCAGUGGGGUUGCUGUCCCUCACCACAUCUCAUAUACAUAUUUGGUAUUUAAUGCUUCUACUUUGUCCCCCGACAGGGUGAUCGUGGUGAAACUGGUGCUGUUGGUGGUCCUGGAGCUCCUGGCCCACCUGGUUCUCCUGGUCCUGUUGGUCCAACUGGUAAACAAGGAGAUAGAGGUGAAGCGGUGAGUAUCCAGUAACCAUGCCCUAGGUGAUGGCGAGUGGGAAGCCAUUUAAUUACAAUUGUGUUGAUUUCGUAUUAAUUUGUAAUUAUUUGUGGGUGGUAAUUUGGAAAAUCAAUAAAAAAUAAUUGGCCAAAAAGAAAAACACACCGUGCACUAGGUGGGUCCCCAGAUGUUGUUGGACUACAAUGUCCAUAAUCCCCAGCCAGAAUGGCCAGUGUUCAGGGAUGAUGAGAUAUGUAGCCCAACAUCAUCUAAGGACCCAAGGUUGGGAACUGGUGCACCGGUUGCUAUUAGCCAUGAUAGCUUGUGAACUUCCUGAAACGUAAGGUUGGAACUGAAUGCUAGGCUAGAGGGGACUUCUUAAUGGAAUGCUAUAAGAGGUUGAUUGAAUUGCCCUGACUUGCUAGAUGGUUUUCCCUUUCCUAUGGCUUUGCUGAAUCCUAUCCUUCCAGACGUUUCCGUGCGCUGCUCUGGUUUCGCCAGAAGCUGCUUAGUCAUGCUGGCCACAUGACCCGGAAAAACUGUCUGCGGACAAACGUCGGCUCCCUCGGCCAGUAAAGUGAGAUGAGCGCCGCAAUCCCAGAGUCGUUCGCGACUGGACUUAACUAUCAGGGGUCCUUUACCUUUUUAUCCUUCCAGAAUAUUUAGAAUCUACAGGAUUUCCCAGUUUGGGCCAAACUUAGAAUCAUAGAUCAUCUCCGGGAUCAUCUAGUCCAAUCCCCUGAAAUGCAGGAAUAUACAGCUAUCCCGUAUGGGGAUUGAACCUGCAACCUUAGCAUUACCGACACCGUACUCUAACCAACUGAGCUAUCCAGCUACUUAGCUUGGGCCAAACAGCAUGUUGUGCUCAGUCACACUUAGUCCUUCACCCUUUGAAUGUCGUUUACAGUGCAUAAGUAGAAGAAUGAGGAAGGCACUUCUUAACCCUUUCCCGUCUAGUGGGACUUUCUGCUACAAAUAUCCAUACCUCAGCUGCUGUGUGGUUUGGGUCAGGCCUUGAAAGAGAGCGCUGAGCACGACUGUACCGUACUAGAUUCAAAUCCUGUUGGUCAACAUGGAGACCUGUGGCCUCUGGUCUCAUCUCAGCAUGGAGAAGGUGCCCAGUCAGCUUAUAAUUUUUGUUUUCAUCUUUCUCCAGGGUGCUCAAGGUCCAAUGGGUCCUGCUGGUCCUGCAGGAGCACGCGGCAUGCCCGUGAGUAUUUAUUUCUCCUUUACCCACUUUCAUUCUUCCUGGGCUCCCAAUAGAGGCUGUUGCAUUUACUGAGCAUCCCCCGAGUCACUGCUGUGUACAUCCAAAAGAGGAAAGCUUCCUUCCAAUUUGUGCUGUUGACACAAUGAAUGAGUGCUUGAAGUUCUCAAUCUUAGAAAAUGACCACCUGCCAUUUGAACGAAAAUGUUGUAUUCAUCGGACACAGCGGCAAACAGCAAUAAGUACUCUGUGUGUGGUCAUUCAGGAGCAGUUGCCUCUUACCUGUAGUAGUCACAGGAGUACUUUGCCCACCUUCCCUGAAAAGAGGAUCCUAGCUACAGUACGGUGAAGAUUUCCUCUGCUUUCUAUAAAGGAAGCAUAGUGAUCCUAGCAAUCGCAGCCCUAAGGAACAGGUAAAAGCCCUGGGGACUUCUGCUUUAUUUACUGCCUCCACCAGAGAGCAACAGAGAACAUCUUUCUCUGUAUUAGUCAGUGCCACUUCCCGACGCGCACACCCCUUCGAAGUGCCGAGUGUUAUAUGUCUGUUUCCGCAUAAAGGUUCUAAGAUCAACCAGUUCAUCUGCACAAGCAUAAUUCUUAAUCCCAUGGCGUAACUGCACUCUGCUUCAGCUCAAAGAUGCUCAUGGAUUCAGAACCAGAAAUUAACUGGUUUCCGCUAACUGGUCAGCUGCUGCCUCGAGGCUUGCACAAGACACCAGGCAAAGGAGUUAUAGGCAGUCACAGGGACUGUGUCCCCCUCAGGCCCUCUGAUGUCAUAGAGGGCCUUGCCAGCAUAGGACCGUGAAGUCAAGUCACUUGCAGGAGAAACAGAGGCCCUUUGUGACAUCAGAACAUAGCAACCAACAGGCUUGAGAGAUGUUGGCUAAGUGUAGGGCUGCCAGGAGGGAAGUUGUGUUCAGAUCUGCAGGCAGCAUCGCCACCCCGUACUAUGUUGCCAAACUUUGCGCAUGACUCUCUUGCCCUGAAUGCCGCUUGUGUUCUCUCCUCCUAGGGUCCACAAGGUCCUCGUGGCGACAAGGGUGAAGCUGGCGAGGCAGGAGAGAGAGGUCUGAAGGGUCACAGGGGAUUCACUGGCCUGCAGGGUCUUCCUGGGCCUCCCGUAAGUUUUGGUUUCCGUAUCUUUAGAGUACAAUUCGGUCCGUGGUGUUCUGUUCUAGGCUUGUCAUGGGCUCAGGGGAGUAUUGGGUUUGAGCCUAUCUGCUGCAGCAGGGAUGUGAAUCAACUUCUCCUUGCAGGGAUGCCUGUCUAAUUCAUAGCUGUCAACUUUUCCCUUUUCUUGCGAGGAAUCCUAUUCGGAAUAAGGGAAUUUCCCUUAAAAAAAGGGAAACAUUGACAGCUAUGGUCUAAUUAGUAUUUAUUUAUUGACUUCCCUUUAUAGUAUUUAUCCCUGGGUAGUUGGUUGGCUCUGUGGGUUAAACCACAGAGCCUAGGACUUGCUGAUCAGAAGGUCAGCGGUUCGAAUCCCCACGACGGGGUGAGCUCCCGUUGCUUGGUCCCUGCUCCUGCUAACCUAGCAGUUCAAAAGCACAUCCAAGUGCAAGUAGAUAAAUAGGUACCGCUCCGGCGGGAAGGUAAAGGGCGUUUCCGUGAGCUGCUCUGGUUUGCCAGUAGCAACUUAGUUAUGCUGGCCACAUGACCCGGAAGCUGUACGCCGGCUCCCUCGGCCAAUAAAGCGAGAUGAGCGCCGCAACCCCAGAGUCGGCCACGACUGGACCUAAUGGUCAGGGGUCCCUUUACCUUUACUAGUUGGUUAAAUGCAUCAUACAGUUGAAGAUAAAACAUCAUCGGCAAAGUACAGGUCUAGCAAUUAAAGCAGCAAAGUAAAAUCUUAAGGAGGUAGAAAAUAAUUCUGGCAUGGAACAUCCUUGAAGCCAUUCUCUACCACUCCUAAACUCUUUAGGUCCUUCUGCAGAGAGGCUGUGACAUGGCUGGUAUGUAACUAUGGCUUUGCUUUCCCCCAUCCCCUCACCUUUUUCCAUAGGGUCCUUCUGGCGAUCAAGGUGCAUCAGGUCCGGCUGGUCCUUCUGGUCCCAGGGUAAGUCCAAUCUCUCUGAUAAGAAGAGCUCCUUUCCUUGGCGAAAGACCAGGGAGUGUUGUGGCUGGAUGCUAGACUCUGCUGUGUACACUAACCUUAUUCACUAAGUGUCUUGCUCAGUUUUUUCAACUGGUAGAAUGUGGGGUUGUUAUAUCCAGGCCCCAAUUUCUGGAUGCCAGCUGAUUUGGGGAGAAAUUAAUUUAUUUGGAGGAGAGAACUUUAAGAGGGAGAGGACUGAUCUUCAGUAUUUUUGUAUUACAAAGAGAUUUUAGUGAUCAGAAAUCUGGGGAACUCUGCUUUUUUGUGUUGUGAUAUGGACAUUUGUUUUGGCCUGGUGGGUUUUGAAAUGUUGUCAGAGUGCAUACAUGGCUGAUAACUGAAGAAGGUUCUUGGUCGAUUAUAUGGUAAAUGUCAUACGCAGUGUGGGAUCUGGGGGACAGAGUCAGACACAAUUCUACUGCACUGCAAUACUACCACUUGCAGAUUUUACUAUGUGGUUCUUUUAAGAAGCCCAUCCCAGUGCACAUGGGCAGCCUGGUGUUAACUCAUGCACAUUGUCUCUCUCCUAGGGUCCCCCAGGUCCAGUUGGCCCCUCUGGCAAAGAUGGCUCUAACGGAAUGCCUGGCCCCAUUGGCCCUCCCGGUCCCCGUGGUCGUAGUGGGGAAACUGGCCAAGCUGUAAGUAACUGAGGAAAUGGCAUAAAUGAAGUACAAGAAGCUGCACCCCCCGUGUUAGAAACUAAGAUAUGAAAGCUAGGAGCUAAAUGUCACCUUAAGGUUAUGGGCGCAACGAUGGAAUGUCUCGGCUUGAUUUUUUAUAACAAUAAUUCAAAGCUGAAAAUGAAUGAACUGCAGCUAAAAUAUUAUGUUCAUUUUUCACAUGGUCUAGUCCUUCCCCUGCCCACCUUCCUAAUAUUCUUAAGAGGGUCUCUUCUCCAGUCUUCAGAGAGUAGCUGGAAGUGGGGAGGCAGAAAAAGGUCCUCCUUUCCUUCCACUCCGCAGUUUUAAUCUGAAAUCUUAGGCGCAGGACUGUGCCCAGAGCUCAGAAACUGCUAGAGCCAAUGAAAUUCCCUGUUGCAAAAUUCUGGGCACCCUCUGUCUAGGCAGUCCCCCGCCCUUGUGCCCUUUACCCAGCUGGUUUGACUGCCUCUGUGGAGCUUGCCUAGGUAUUAAUCAGUGGCUCAAACUUUUCUCUUUCUGAGGGUGGACUACAGCCCUCUGUGCUACGGAAGAGCUGUGCUUUGUCUCCCUGUGGGAAUUGCAUUGGGUUCUAUGAGCAGGAUCUAAUGUACAGCCCAGCACGGCUAAUUAAAUAUUUGAAAUCAAUGAGAAUUAUCAAAUAUAUACCACUCUCCUGUAAAAACAACAGAGCAGUGUACGGAAGAGCACCAUAAAAUAACAUCUAAACUAGUGUUUCCCAAACUUGGGUCUCCGGCUAUUUUUGGACUACACUUCCCAUCAUCCCUGACCACUGGUCCUGCUAGUUAUGGAUGAUGUGAGCUGUAGUCCAAAAACCGCUGGAGACCCAAGUUUGAGAAACACUGAUCUAAACCAUAUAAUCAAUCUCCAAAACAGCAGCAAGUAUGAUGAUGACAAUGAUGUUGUUUAGUCGUGUCCAGCUUCGUGACCCCAUGGACCAGAGCACGCCAGGCACUCCUGUCUUCCACUGCCUCCCGCAGUUUGGUCAAACUCAUGCUGGUAGCUUCGAGAACACUGUCCCACCAUUUUGUCCUCUGUCAUCCCCUUCUCCUUGUGCCUUCAAACUUUCCCAACAUCAGGGACUUUUCCAGGGAGUCUUCUCUUCUCAUGAGGUGGCCAAAGUAUUGGAGCCUCAGCUUCAGGAUCUGUCCUUCCAGUGAGCACUCAGGGCUGAUUUCCUUAAGAAUGGAUAGGUUUGAUCUUCUUGCAGUCCAUGGGACUCUCAAGAGUCUCCUCCAGACCAUAAUUCAAAAGCAUCCAUUCUUCGGCGAUCAGCCUUCUUUAUGGUCCAGCUCUCACUUCCAUACAUCACUAAUGGGAAAACCAUAGCUUUAACUAUCCGGACCUUUGUCGGCAAGGUGAUGUCUCUGCUGAUGUCUCAGCAAGUAUGAUAGCUUCUGUUAAGUCAUCUUCCAGCAGCAGAUGUACUACGGAGCUGGAAAGCAUGAAAAAGACUUCUGAUUCAGCCCCUUUUGCCCAAGAGUGGGACCAUCUGGAACUUAAACUGUAGGUCCUAUCAGCUUAACUUAGUCCCAUGUCAGUGAAAGAAAAUGGAACAUGAGGGCCCAGAUGAUGAGCUACCUCCAUAAAUGCACCUACCAUACAGCAGGGGGUUGCUUUCCUCCAACAGCAAGCAUUUCAGGGCUGUCUCCUUUCCUUUAACCCUGUAGGGUCCUCCUGGAAACCCCGGACCCCCUGGUCCUCCUGGCCCACCCGGACCUGGCAUUGACAUGUCUGCCUUUGCCGGCCUGGGUCAGACGGAGAAAGGCCCCGACCCCAUGCGCUACAUGCGAUCCGACCAGGCUUCUAGCAACCUGAGGCAGCAUGAUGCCGAGGUCGAUGCCACCCUGAAGUCGCUCAACAACCAGAUCGAAAGCAUCCGGAGCCCCGAGGGCAGUAGGAAGAACCCAGCUCGUACCUGCCGUGACUUAAAACUCUGCCACCCCGAAUGGAAGAGUGGUGAGUGUAUUGGGGCUUGCCACUGCCUGGGUUGUGGGCUCAGGAGCCUCGCUUCCUAUUCCGCAGCAUAACAAUCCCAGAGAGGUCUCUGCGUCUCACCACCCAGAGUAAGGUUGCCAGAUUUUUUUUAAUGAAUCCAGGGACACUUUUCAACUUCCUACUAAAUGGAUGGAUUUUGUCAGGGGACUGAUUUGUAAAUCCGGGGACUGUCCCCAGGAAACGGGGACGCCUGGUAACCUUAACCCAGAGCAUCUACAGGGACUGAGGCUACUGUUUCAGCACUUCUGAUUCCUGCCACCAAAACGCAUGGGAAACGUAGUCUCAUCCCCACAGCAGAAGGCAUGAAAGUGGCCUGUACAAUCUACACAGCUGACUGUGGAUACAUUUCCUCUCCCUGUGGAAGCCACAGAGACACCCAUCCACCCCUUCCCUUGGCAUCAAAUUCACAACCUUUUUUCUGACCCAAAGUCAUUAACAAGAGUUUAAGCUCCCAUCAAAAUAUUUUACGUGUUUAAUUAAACACAUCGGACCAUAGUAACUAAAUUGGUGUGUGUGUGUGUGUGUGUGUGUGAUAUUCAUGUUAUUGUAUCCUAAUAAAGUAAACAAAGCUUUUAGAUCAUGUUUGUUGAUCAGUGUUUCAGAAUGAAAAUUGCCUGAAUAAUGUUUUAACAACCUAGCGUUUGCAGAGGCUUUAAAGCUCCAAGAAUCGCACUUCCAAUCCUCAUAAUUUUCAGAGCAGGAUUACUGUGUGACUUGUUUAGCCUCAUUUUGCGAUUAUAUUUUAACACAUAGUUAACUUUCCAUUUGCAAUCUGACACUAAUAAAUUCCAUUCUCCUGUAGAUAUUAUAAUUGCUUAAGCUUCUGGUGUGCACAUGCUACCUAAGGGAUUGUGGGGUGGGGGUCACUGCAGGAAGUCUGCAGCAACACAGAACAGCAGUGUAGUGAGAGAAAGAAAGAAAGGAAAAACACUGCUUCUUUCUUAAUUUUGCAGGCGACUAUUGGAUUGACCCCAACCAAGGUUGCACUUUGGAUGCCAUAAAGGUUUUCUGCAAUAUGGAGACAGGAGAGAGCUGUGUUUACCCCAAGCCUAGCAGCAUUCCCAAGAAGAACUGGUGGACAAGCAAGAGCAAAGACAAGAAGCACAUCUGGUUUGGAGAGACAAUCAAUGGAGGUUUCCACGUAAGUGGGUCAAGCUAGAAUAAACUUUUGAUAUUUCAUCCAAACUAAUGUGCAAAUCCAAUGUGAACCCAUGCAAGUAAACAGUUGCAUUAGUGCAAGGCUUGGCGCUAGCAUAACAGGAUUACUUACACACACACACACACACACACACACACACACACACACGUACUAUGUCAUUCUCUGAAUCUGCUCUGGAAGGUUGCAGUGGGGAGAGAAACCCAGAACAGGGAGAAUAUUCUCCUUGCACUUAUGGAAUGUUCACCUUGCCACUUAAUGUUCUGUUUGCCCAUUAAUCGUUACGCUGACCCUCUGUUUUUAUACUUGCAUCUCACUAUUCUUGUCUUUGAAAUGUCUGUGUGGAGCUUAUUCUCCAACUUUGGGAGAAAUGAGAAGAAAUCAAGCAACACUUGAGUGUUGUGACCAGGCAGCAGAAAGGAAACAGGGAGACGUUAGAGUUAACAACAAUGAGAUUUGAUGAUUACCACUAGCUUAGAUUGCUUUUUAAAAGAUUUAGACAAAUUUGGGAAUGAUAAACCAAUCAUGACGGCUGAUGUUCAGAGGCAUCACCCUGAUAGCAAACUCAGCUGGUGAGUGCAGACAGGACGGUAGUCAAAGUAGGGUCACUGUGAGACAGGAGGGAGGUAUUGGCAUGGCCAAGGGAAACUCACAAUCUACAGAUGUACCAGUUUUUGCUUUCUGUGGUCUUUCUAAGAAAGGUGUCUCUCAACCUCUGUCUUCUUGGUCCCUUUCCAGUUUAGCUAUGGAGAUGAGAACCUGGCUCCUAACACGGCCAACAUCCAGAUGACCUUCCUGCGCCUCUUGUCUACUGAAGGCUCUCAAAAUAUCACCUACCACUGCAAGAACAGCAUUGCCUACAUGGACGAGGCUUCCGGGAACCUUAAGAAAGCUCUGCUGAUACAGGGAUCCAACGACGUGGAGAUCAGAGCCGAGGGCAAUAGCAGGUUCACAUAUAGCGCCUUGCAGGAUGGCUGCACGGUAAGUUUGAGGGGUUUGCCACAGCAAUAUGAUGUUGCUGGGUUAAAGGCACAGAACUAUGGCAGCUGACAGUAGCAGCCAGCCAGGCUGGGCACUUGCCAAGGCCCAGUCUGACCAUAAUGAGAGGAUCAGCAGAGAAGACUGUCAGGAAUACUUCCAUUCCAUGUGAGAAACCAGCUAGAUUGAAAAGUGCGGCCCUAGCCUGAGUGGGACCCACAAAAUCCUUUGUUUGGCCCUACUGCCACUAUUUGGGAGGGCACUGUAGGGCGAGAGCAGUGUUAAGAGACCCUGGAGCCAGCCCCACAGGGUUGCUUUUUUGCUUCACAUCAUUUGCUCAUCUCGUUUCACAGAAGUGAUCAAAGAGACAGUGAUUCUCUCUCCCUGGUCCCACUCGAAAUCAGCCAUAGUGUGGCACUUCUCAAAGUAGACAGGAUAUGGGUGUUUUAAAAUUAGACACACAGAGAGGAGACAUGGCUGUAGCAAGAAAACCACCAUUAUGCUCAAAAGUCGUAGGAAUCUCAAAACAGAUUCAGAGCAUCAUUCUGCUUCCUUUAGUUGGUUGAUGUGUAUGCUGGCAGCCACAGUCUACUCAUGCUGAAGCUGGCAUUCUGCACCCCCAUGCACAAUUUCAGCUUCUGCUCAUGGCACAUGAAAUCAGACAUGACCCUUUUUAAUGGCCAUGAGCGUGUGGGUUGUUAGUAAAGGUAAAGGCACCCCUGACCGUUAGGUCCAGUCACAGCCAACUCUGGGGUUGCGCGCUCAUCUCGCUCUAUAGGCCGAGGGGAGGGAGCCAUCAUUUGACCGCAGACAGCUUCCGGGUCAUGUGGCCAGCAUGGCUAAGCCGCUUCUGGCGAGCCAGAGCAGCGCACGGAAACACCAUUUACCUUCCCACCAGAGCGGUACCUAUUUAUCUACUUGCACUUUACGUGCUUUCAAACUUCUAGGUGGGCAGGAGCUGGGACCGAACAACGGGAGCUCACCCCGUGGCGGGGAUUUGAACUACCGACCUUCCGAUCGGCAAGCCCUAGGCCCUGUGGGUUGUUAGUACUAGCUUCCAAAGUUGCAUAGCAACCUGAGCAGGACAGAAUGCAGAUCUUAAGAUUCCCCAGAUAACAGCAACACAGUAAAAGCUCUUGUGUUUUAGUAUGUUUAGUACCAUGGUUAUUCCUGCCCUGCUUUCCAGAACUUUGAUUUGUUCCAGCCAGCCACCCCCAGCAACUGAUCCCAGCUGGAGAUCUUGUGGCACUUAAAAUAAUGCAUUCUUUUGUGGUUUUUUUCCUUCCAUUCCAGAAACACACUGGUAAAUGGGGGAAGACAAUCAUUGAAUACCGUUCUCAGAAGACCUCGCGUCUGCCCAUCAUUGACAUUGCACCUAUGGACAUUGGCGGAGCUGAUCAAGAAUUUGGUGUUGACAUUGGCCCGGUGUGCUUCUUGUAAAGAAAAAAAAGUUUCGAAAAUUAAUAUUUUUUUAAAAAACCAGUCCAUUACCAUACAAAACCAACCCAAGGAACCCAAGUGCUCCCCAAAUCACCUUGUAGGACUUUCUGCACUGAAGAGUUGAACCAAACCUUCUUCCCUUCCCAAAAUUCCAUCCGUUCCCCACGCUUACAUUUUGGACUCUGUCAGUUUCCGAGGCAACCAUCACUUGGGCAGACCAUGAAAGCAAGCAAAGGAGAAAAAGGAAAAAAAGGAACAACAAAUAAUGGUAUUAUUUAUUUAUUGUCUUCCUGUAAGACCUUUCUUGGAAGCUAACUAGCAUGCAGGAAGGGUCGUUCCCCUCCACGGUGCUGAUGCCUCAAAAUACAGGUUGUAGCCAAUUCUCCCCCCCCCCCCAUCCAUCCCUGGGUGUGUAUCACAAGCAAGAUUACUGUGUAUAAUACUAAAAAUGGUGCUAUUAUUAUUGUAAAACAAGUCUGUAUUUUUUAACAUCAAUUGAUUAUAAAAAACCUUCGUUGGAAAGUACAAGUUGAUCUGAUUUUUGUUGUUGUUCUUACUAUUUUUGCUUCUGUCCACCGUUCUGAAUUCUACCAAGCCUCAUCUACUCUCUCUCUACUCUCUCUUUACAAAAUGAAGGAAGUCAUAGGGUCAACUCUCAAACGUCCCUGGUUUUUAAGCUACCUCACACUUAAGGAAACAUUUGUCAGUAUGAUCUCACCGCCAGCCACAAAAGAGAUGAGGUGCAAGUUUGGGGACUACCACCCCUUCCCACUGAAACACAUGGUGCUUAAGACCCCCUUCAACAACCUGGUGCCUUUCUGAACUACAGCUCUCAGACACCAGGUUAUUGCUACUCCCUUGCAUAAGUGAGACUUGGCUGAUGGCAGAACGCUCCUUUACCAAUUCCUCUUCUUUUUGAGUAGACAAAACUAUCUUUUGUUAGCCAACUUUGGCUGAUUGUAAGCAUAAGUACACUUUUGAGUUACACAGAGCUCUGUUGGCCUAAUAAAGGAUAGCUUCUUACCUAUUUUAUAUUUCUGGGACCAACAUGGCAGUUACAACCUUUUUGUAAAGUUGGUCCCACUUUUACAUUCUCUCUCUCUCACCACCUCUUCUGCUUCGAUAUGUCUACUUUCAGAGUUAGUAAAUCAAGAGAAAGAAGGAGAGAGUUUCUGAAGUGCAAGGUAAAAACAAGAGCAGGUUGUUGUUCUCCUUUAAAAACUAAGGAGUGUAAAAUGGCUGAAACACAGUUAGGCCCAAGACAUCACACACCCCAUAUUCUAUCCUGAUCACCCCCAUCACCAUCAAUACCAGUUGCUUUCUUUAAUUUCUGCUCCCCCCACCCUUGCACUCAAGGUAGAAUGCUUUUCCUAUUCCAAAUAAAGACAUCUUUGUUGAAGU